AUGGAAACAGGUCCGGGUCCCUUCUUGGCAGACGUUGGCUGCAGGCAGUACAGGCGGAGCUGCUUCGCGUGGCACUCGGGCCGCUUUGAAGCGGGGGAAAGGAGGUUUUUUAUGCAAAGUACGUGCUCAAAGCGCCCCUGUUUCACAACUCUUGUUAUUGUAGCUAAGCUUAAUAUAGUUGUGGAAAGCCUUGCUGUAUGGCUACCUUGUAAUACAGGCGCACAAUCCCCUCCCCCAAAGUGUAUGUAUGUUUGUUUGUGUUUUUUGGGGUUUACUGGCAAACACAGGUUUUGAUAUAGAUUUAACAAUUCUGCUAGUUUUAUACAUUCCGGGGUGGGGUAGGGGAAAGGUAUUUGCAUGCCACACUCAAGUUUUCCUUCUUCAUGGUGGUGGCAUAUUGAUAACAGAAUUAUCUACAGUCGCUAGGUAACAGGAAAACGUGUGCUUUGAAAGCUAAGCUUUCCACAACAUUUUAGAGAAUGUGCCAGUUCCGCAGAAGUGGUUUUUUGACCCUUGGAUGCUGCUGUUUUGCAGUUGUUUUUUUUAAAAAAAGUGUCCCUGGCUUCCAACAGAUACAUAUUUCUUGUCAUAAUUCAGUUUCAUUCAGUGUUUAUGUAUGGAAUUGUUAAGAGCUGCCCUUGAAAGGUUCAGCUGUAAAAAAGAAUAACGUGCUGCAGCAGGGUGAUGCCUAAUUUUAGCAGCAGCAGGUUCUCCAUUCACUUAACUGUUCAUAAUUGAUACAUUAUUAAUGAUAAGUUAAAAAACAAAUGGUCACACAUAGUCUUGAGCCCACUGCCAAUUCAUUGAGCAAAGAGUCAAUUAAAUGCAUCUGUUUUAUUUAUUUUUUUAUUUAUCCAUCUGUUUUAUUAUGUUUCAGUGAUGGUUGGUCCCUGCACUUGCUUUUUCAGAAAACCAAAUGUAGUGGGGAGCACACAUACAUUCCCUUGCUCGUUAUGAUACAGGUUUGCUGCUGAGACAAGCCAUUUGAACACUAAAGCUAGCUGGCUCUCUGAUUCAGUGCUUUCUCAGUAAAUGUUUGCUUUUGAGUAAAAAUAUUCAAAUUACUGGAAUUGUCUUGGGAUGGCCAUGGUAUACCAGGUUAUUUUCAGGCUGUUAAUGUAAACUGGAAUGUGUUAACUUAAUUAAAUAUUUAAUUAUGAACAUAGUAACGGUUACUCUGUGGAGGGUCACAAACCACCCUGGUGUAAUGUUUGUAAGUAUGAAAGUAUGCUAUGUUUCUUUGACUGAAAAAUGAGUUCUUUAAAGUAAAUUUCCUUAAAUUUGUAGAUUUUCAUCGCAGAAGCUUUUCACUGUUUAUGAAGAUCUAAAGGGAAAAUUUAGAGGAUUCUAUUGCAGCUGACUUGAUGAAUCCCUCACUUGUUGCUUACGAAGAUUCAGACUCUGAGAGAGAGGAUGGGAAAUCUGAAGAUGCCACUGCCAGUGGAAUAAAUGUUAGAAAUUCUGCUAUGACUGCUGCUCAGUCUUGUGAUGGGACAGUCAAAAUUUCUGAUAGCACAUUCCAACCUGUGGAAUACAUUGACAGUUCCAGGAGUAACAUGUUUCAUGAAGAUACUCUUCUCCGGCACCUAAAACCUAAUAAAAACUAUAUGGCAACCACACUUCUUAAGAAAUUACAGCCUGAUACACCUAGACUAUUUUCUGCAAAUGAGAGUUGCUCUCAGAAGAGGCCCUGUGAUUACAGCGAAGUUACUAUACAAGGGCUGAGACCAUAUAUCCCUAAAAGACUGCGGCAAGAAAAAAAUCCACUUCUUUGUGAAGCUGAAGACAGUGGCCAGAGCACAAGUUGUGCAGCCAAACUUGAUACAGCAGGAGAACAGAUGUCCUUUAAUACUUCCCAAUAUAUUAUGCCAUACAUAGGUUCUAAGUAUGGGAUAACUGAAAUUCCUAGGAAACUGGUAUUUCAGAUGUCUGAUCACAGCGGUCCAGUUAAUGUGGUCCAGUGGUGCCCUGUGCAGAAGUGGAGCCACAUGUUGCUCUCUGCAUCUAUGGAUAAAACUGUCAAGGUAAUAUGUUGCAGAGUGAAUGUGUUUGUGUCUUUUUGAUGGAAAAUUAGCAUUUUCCCCUCAUAGGAAAAGAGGUGGGAAUCUAAUCAAUUUCAAAAGUCUCUAGUGUGUCCCUGUGAGCCUUUUUUCUGAACUGGCAGAUUCAUGUUGAAUUGUGUAGGCACCUGUCUGCUAUGCAGUGCAGUCUGCAUUUACUCUGACAGAGGUUAUGUACUGGUGGAAAUCAUGGACUUCUGUACUGUCUGUGAAAUUGGAUUUCUGCAAGUUGAGAGGGUGGGGGAAAGUGCAGAGUCUGCUGAACUCUUGACACUAGUUCUAGUAAGUCAGAGAGAAACUGUAGAUGGAGCUGGUGCAUUGUUCCUUUAAAAAACUAGAGGAUUCCCCCCCCCCCCUUUCUACCUUCUUAGUUGUGGGAAAAUGGGAGCAGCAGAAUUCUCAGUGCUCUUGCAGGAGACCAAGGAGAUCUAUAUUUAGAUUCAAAGGAAUCUAAAUAUAGCACCUGUGAUGCUGCUGAUGUCAGCAGGCGCAACAUGGCACACUAAAGUCCCUCCUUGCCCUCUGAUCCGGCCUCUGGUUGGCUAUAUGAGGGCGCCCUCAAAUACGUAUUUCCCCAGGUAUGGUAGUGGCUAAUUGGCAGGUGGUAAUGGUAGACCGGAACACCCACACAAGAGGAGCCAGCUUGUGUGUGUAGUAGACAGUGCCCCAUUGCUUGCAAAAAAUAAAAAAAUAAAUCCAAAGCUGUCAUUUGCUCUUUGAGACGGGGAAUCCAGGUGCAUGUGUUUCUUCCUGCCACCUGCAAGGAAAUAGUAGGUUGAAGAGGCAAGGCUUUCUAUGUCCCUGUCCUGGUUCUCCCAAGUAAAUUGGAGCCACUUGCUGUAAUUGCACUGUUUACUGAUAGGAAAGGACUGAGGGGUGAAAAAAUGAAGGAUAACCUCAGCUCUCCCAAUAACAUUUUGAUAUGUGCUGCAGGGAAACAAAAGGAGAAAUGAAGGGAGUCCUAUAAGGAGAAAUCAACAGGUGAUAAUUUUAGGAAUUUUCCAUUACGGACUUUCCGUGUAAUCGAUUUUGUGGCUUAAAAUUACCUUGUCUGGCAACCUGGUGCAAGAGAGGGCAUAAGCUGAAAUAGCUAAGACUGCAAUAUAUAUAUUUUAGGCAAGUGGAGUAGAGCCAGUGAUGGGAUCUUGAGGCUUCCCUGGAGUUUAGGUUUAUCACUACUGAUUAAUACAAGAAAAAGUGGGAUCAGAGCACAGGCAUAGGAUAUGAUUUUACAUAAAGAGCCUGCUGUAUUAGGCCAAAGACCUCUAAUCAAACAUUCAGUACUCACAGAUAACAACCAGAUGCCCACAGGCAGGACAUGAGUUCAAUAUUACACUCCCCACUUAUGACUCCUAGCAGUUGGUUCUCAUAGACAUACUAUCUCUGAUGCUGCAGGUAAUGUACUGUAUGGCUAUCAAGGCAAGUAGCUGUUGAUAACCUGAUUCCAUAUUUGUCUAGUCCUCUUUUUAAGCCUCACAAGUUGGUGGCCAUUACUACAUCUUGUGAUAGCAAAUUCCAUGAUUUAACUAUGCACUGUGUGAAGAAGAAGAACUACUUUUUGCCUGUUCUGAAUUUGAAUUUGUAGGAACAUGAUUCCCAAGCGCUGCAGCUGUCAUGCCUACUGUCAGACAUCCAGCCCAGUAAUGUCUGCUCUGAUUUGGCAGCAACUCUCCAAGGUCUUAAGUUGAGAUCUUUUUCAUACGGUUCAUCUGUUCCAUCCCUGAUAUCUGAGAUCCUUUAAUUAGAAAUGUCCUGGUUUAGUCCUUAACAUGCUGCAUGCAGACCAUCCCGAGAGGCUAUCCUGAAUUGCUCCCCAUAACUCUUCCCUUUCCACAGAUCUCACUGUACAAAGUUGGCUAGAACAGUUGUUGUUCAUUGCCCCAACCUGCAGCCGACGUUCCCUUUGCUAUUUCAGUGGCUUUUUCCAGACUCCAUAUCCUUGCACUGUACCCAUAGAAGUAAGCAUAGGCAGCUGUAACAACCCCUCCAUCCACUUUUGUGUUGAAACAACUGAGCCUCAAAUCCUAGAACAAAAUGAAUUAUUAAAGAAGAGGUGAGCCCCCCUGUGUCAUACAAAAUUUCUAAUUUGCCUCUGACUUUCUGAGACUUAUUCCGAGACUUAUAAUUUUCCUAAAAACUCCUUCCUUUGAAUGGAUACAAAUGACUACUCAUGUCAGCCUUAUAAUUUAAGUUCUUAGACGUUUCUUAGGUUUGCUGUAAUGACGCUUGCUUUGCAUUAUAAGGUUUUAGUGGAAAGCUUAUGUGGUGUCCUCCUGCUGCUAAUUCUAGCUCUUUACGUCAGCGGGUGAAUAAUCUGUGUUUUGCUGUCCUUAAUGCCUCAUUUCUAGCUUUUGCAAAAGUACUUAGGUUGUCACAAAGCGAUAUAUGUACGCACCACUUUUUCUUUGACUGACGUGAGACUUUGCUUUCUUGCACGGCUUUUCAAUUAACUAGAGGAGAUAACAGUGAGACUAGAAACCAUGAACACCAUCUACUUGGUAUAAACACAGAAGCAUUUAUUUUAUUGUAUGGCUUGAGUCCAGGCUACCUGAAGGACUAUGCCAGUGUGGUUUAGUGGUUAAGAGCAGUGGACUAGUAAUCUGGUGAACCGGGUUCGAUUCCCCGCUCCUCCACAUGCAGCUGCUGGGUGACCUUGGGCUAGUCACACUUCUCUGAAGUCUCUCAGCCUCACUCACCUCACAGAGUGUUUGUUGUGGGGGAGGAAAGGAAAGGAGAAUGUUAGCCGCUUUGAGACUCCUUAGGGUAGUGAUAAAGUAGGAUAUCAAAUCCAAACUCUUCUUCUCUUCUUCUCUUAUCUGUGAGCCUGCCUGGGCUUUGAGAUCUUCUGGGGAGACCUUUCUCUUGGCCCUACCACCUCACAAGCACAUUUGGUCAGGAUGCAAGAUAGGGAGUUCUUGGUGGCUGCUGCCAGAUUGUGGAACUCAUUCUAGUAUGAGGCUAAGCUGGCCUCCUCUCUGCUAUACUUUUUGUCAGUAGGUAAAUACUUUUUUGUUCCAACUAAUUGGCUGUUGUGUCAGGGUCUACUGAGGGUGGAUGUUCUACUUUGUGUGUAUGUAAAGCCAUCAGGUCCAGUCGUGACUGAUUCUGGGGUUGUGGCGCUCAUCUCGCUCUAUAGGCCGAGGGAGCCGGCGUUUGUCUGCAGUCAGCUUCUGGGUCAUGUGGCCAGCAUGACUAAGCCGCUUCUGGUGAACCAGAGCAGCGCACGGAAAUGCCGUUUACCUUCCCGCCAGAGGGUACCUAUUUAUCUACUUGCACUUGACAUGCUUUCGAACUGCUAGGUUAGCAGGAGCUGGGACCGAGCAACGGGAGCUCACCCCGUCGCGGGGAUUUGAACCGCCAACCUUCUGAUCGGCAAGUCCUAGGCUCUGUGGUUUAACCCACAGUGCCACCCGCAUCCCCUCCUUGUGUGUGUAUGCGCUUAUAAAUGUUUAAAUUCAUUUGCUGAGUUUUUAUGCCACUCUUCUGAGUUAUGGUCCCCUGAGUUGGCUCCCAUCAGUGACAGAGAGAGACAGGUUCUGCAGUCGGGCUUGCAAGCUAAACAGACAAGGCAUGCUGGGGAAGAAGUAUGGUUGUCUAUGGCUGAUGGUAAUCGUAUUAAGGUUCUGGAGCACAUUCAGGUGAUUUGUACCUUUAAAAGCUGGUGGUCUGUUGGCAAUAUAGUUUUGAUUUGGCAAAGUUAUUCACCGUGGUCUCUACAGUUCCCUCAUAGCAGUUAGCCAGCACUGUCCAGCCCCUCUCUGAAAUCGGAAGUGCAAAGUCAGCGGCAGCAAAGUCAUUCUCAUUGUAUCAAGGGUGUGGCCACUUCUUGCAUCACAGCCUGUGGGCUACAAACAUCCUAAUCACAAUUGCCCCAAAGUGCAAUUUCUAGACAAGAAAGAGCUUAAUAAUUUGUCAAAUGUACCAGGCAAUGAUUUGCAGCGACACUGUUUCAUUUCAAAGCUGCACUAAAGUGCUCUCUUGAACUGGUCCUCAGCCUCCUCUUUUAAAAUGCAGAUUGGUAAGUUCAGAUAUAUAGAACAUUCAUUUUAUUUUAGUGUGUUCCAAGGAGAGGCCGGCACUCACAAUUAAUCUCCUGCUGAGGAGGCAGAGAAUGGGAAUUAUUGGCUAAAACGAAUAAGCUCAAGUGGCAACCAGUGUUUAUGGUAUUGUAGAGUUUUAAAAAUCAGUAGUCAGUAGAGCUCUGAGUCCUAUUGUAUGCUAAACAGUCCUUGAGAGCUAUUUCAUUGUUUGGAGGAAUAAUCACACGUAUUUUUCUUUUUAGCUGUUAGUUCCUGCCCUCUUCGGAGUUCUUUUCAGGCCAGUAGAGGGCACAGUUAGAUUAAAGAUGAACACUGCAAGGGUGGGAUACCAACUGCAGUUAACUUCUCUGUUUGGUCAUUCAUUGCAGAAAGGAUGCUUUGCAAUACAGAUAGUAGCAAACAGCUUAAGGCAGAGUUUAUAAUUACCUCUAACCUCUUCUGGAGGCGGGGAUGGUGCUCCCAAUGUUAAACCUGCUCCCAAUAUUUAACUGUGCUUCAUUUUACUUAUUUAUAUUUAGAAAAGCAUUUAUAGACUGCCCCUCAUACAGAACACCAGGGUACUGUACAUCAAGAUCCACAGAAAGCACGCAGAAGAAUCAUAAAAACGACUGGCUAAUCUAAAUAGUUUAAACAGCUGAAUAGGCCUUAAAAAUCCCUCAAUAAGUAUCUGCGAUAUUAGUGUACUGCUGAAUUCCUCCCAAGGAGCAAGGAUGCAUGCCUUAUCUCUGCUGCGAGAGUAUUCCACAGCAUGGGACCAGUGACACUAAGUGCCCAACCUCUAGUUAAAGCUAGUUGGGCUUCUGAUACCCAGGGAACAAUGAGCAGUGCUCUUCCAGAGGAUCUCAGUGAUUGAGCUGGAAUAGGCCCAGGUGGUCCUUGCGUUGUCUGGGACCCAAGUUGCUCAGGGCCUUGUAUAUUAAUGCAAGAACUUUGAACCUGAUGCUGUCACCCAUCUGCCUUCAUCAGCAGUCUGGGUGCCGCAUUCUGCACUGGUUGGAGCUUCCAGGUCAGGUCCAUGGGCACCUCCACAUAGCAAACAUUGCAGUAGUCCAUCCUUGAUAUAACUAUUGCAUGGACCACAGUGCCCCAAGCUUUCCUGAUCCAGAUACAGCCAUAGCUGGCAUACCAGAUGGAGUUGGUAGAAGGCACUCCUAGCCACAGAGGUCACUUGCGUAUACAGGAGUACCCCCAAGCUACGUACCUGCUUCUUCAGAGGGAAUGCAACUUCUUCCAGAACAGGCAGUUGGCUUGUUUUAUGGACACAGGAACCACCUAUCCAGAAAGCCUUCAUCUUCCUAGAAUUCAGUCCUGACUUGUUCACUAACCAUAGUUUAAAACAGCUAAGGCUUCCUCCAGUAUUGAUGCAGAUAGUUCCAACCUCUUCCUUGCUGCUGCACCAGAGACAAGACAAGGCUCUCCUCUUCUUCUUCAUCUAAUGCUAGAUCAUAUUAUACCUCCUUGGGAAUAUGAUUGAAGAGUAGUAUAAAAAUACUUACAAUAAACAAAGUUAGUGUUGAGAGCCAGUGUGGUGUAGUGGUUAAGAGCGGUAGACUCCUAAUCUGGGGAACCGGGUUCGCGUCUCCGCUCCUCCACAUGCAGCUGCUGGGUGACCUUGGGCCAGUCACACUUCUUUGAAGUCUCUCAGCCCCACUCACCCCACAGAGUGUUUGUUGUGGGGGAGGAAGGGGGGAGGAAGGGAAAGGAGAAUGUUAGCCGCUUUGAGACUCCUUAAAGGGAGUGAAAGCGGGAUAUCAAAUCCAAACUCUUCUUCUUCUUCCUCUUCAUCCAAAGCGGGCCAUUACUUUCCUACCACUUUGAACAGCACCUUCAAUCUGCCUCUUUGCAACAUGGCAAAAUAAAAUCUGCACCCCCAUCACUCAGCCCAGACACUGAGGGUCUUCUGCUGGUUCCCUCACUGCAAGAAGCGAAGUUGCAGGGAACCAGGCAGAGGGCCUUCUCGGUAGUGACUCCCACCCUUUGGAACAUGUUCUCUUUAGAUGUCAAGGAAAUAAAAAACUAUCUGACUUUUAGAAGACAUCUGAAGGCAGCCCUGUUUAGGGAAGUUUUUAAGGAUUGAUGUUUUUAUUCUGUUCGAUGAUGAUGAUGAUGAUGACGACAACAACAACAACAACAACAACAACAAUAAUAAUAAUAAUAAUAAUUUAUUACUUAUACCCCGCUCAUCUGGCUGGGUUUCCUCAGCCACUCUGGGCAGCUUCCAACAAGAGAUUAAAAAUGCAUUAAAACAUCAGUCAUUAAAAACUUCCCUAAACAGGGCUGCCUUCAGAUGUCUUCUAAACAUCAGAUAGUUGUUUAUUUAUUUGACAUCUGAAGGGAGCAUGUUCUGCAGGGUGGGCGCCACCACCGAGAAGGCCCUCUGCCUGGUUCCCUGUAACUUUGCUUCUCGCUGUGAGGGAACCGCCAGAAGGCCCUCGGCACUGGACCUCAGUUGUAUGAUAUGUUGUAAGCCUCCCAGGGUGGCUGGGGAAACCCAGCCAGAUGGGCAGGGUAUAAAUAAAAUAAUAAUGAUUAUCAUCAUCUUCGACUUACAUUUUAAAUAUUUUCAUUUCUCUCAUUGAUGGAUUCCAAGGUGGUUGAGAAAAUAUAAGAGAACCCCAUGAAAACAAUAAGGCUGUCACACAUGACACAUUUGCUAUCUUUCAGACUAACCUUUCUUUGAAGGGUUAUUUUGAUGAUAAAAGGCCAUUUAUGCCGCACUAGACUCUUUGGAAGAAUGAGAUAAAAAAAUAUAAUAAAGAAAAUUAAAAACGAAAUGAAAUAAGGCUAGAUUUAAAAUAAAAACUAUUGUUACUAUUUAAUACUACUAUCUUUGGCUUUGGCGAUUAUUUCUUCUGCUGGAGCACCGUUAUCUUUUAAAGACAUGGAAAAAGAGCAUUUCUGUAUAAGUUUCUGGCUUUCAUUUGCAUUUUUGGGAAAUGGAACCUGGGCUGUCAAGGAGUAUGCAGGCUCUACAGUGGUGCCUCGCAAGACGAAAUUAAUUCGUUCUGCGAGUUUUUUCUUCUUGCAAGUUUUUUCGUCUUGCGAAGCACGGUUUCCAUUUUUUCAAAAAAGUCUUCAAAAACCUCAAAAAAGGCUACCACACCGCGUGCUAUGAGUUGCUCCUCGAAGUCAAGUCGCAACUGCACCUCUUCAAGCAAUGCACCCUGUAUUACUGUAACGGUUUUAAGAAAAAGGAAACAAACUUGCAAGACGUUUUUGUCUUGCGAAGCAAGCCCAUAGGGAAAUUCGUCUUGCGACGCAACUCAAAAAAACCAAAAACUCUUUCGUCUUGCGAGUUUUUCGUCUUGUGAGGCAUUCAUCUUGCGAGGUACCACUGUAUUUGGAAGGAUUGUGUGCGGGGGGGGGGAGACCACAAACCCUCCUCUGCAUGAAAUAAAUUGACUGAAUAACUGUGCUCCAAAUGGGAGCUUUUUCCAAGAAGACCUCCCUCCCGUCACCACUCUAAGAAAUUAAAUUGAGCCUCGUGGUGAAAAAGUACACUCUUUUACUAAUCAAUUCUGUUCCUGCUUUAUAGCUCAUUCCCUGCAUUGUCACCACAUUGUUCCCAAUAUUUCUUUUUUCAUUAGAAAAGAGUUGGCCUGACCCUUUUUCAGAGCACAUUCCCUUAGAAAUCCCUAGGUUUUCUUGUUCUGUGUUAGCCAGUCUGAGGAGAAAGUACAUGUGUGAUUGAAAUCUAGUAGUAAGCCAUGAUUUAUGAAUGAGCUACUUACUAUAAAACACUUUGCACACCAAAAAAGUGCUAGGAAAGGGAUGAAUAAUGCAUGGAUAGCUCCAGGGUUGCAGUUCUUUGUUUUACCAUCCACCUUCUCCACCAGUAGGUGAGUCUCUUCAGCACCUCGGAGAGUUGACUAUGAAGAAUCUCUCGUCUCUUAAAAAAAAGGCAUACAACAGUUGGUCCAUUUUAUGGUGAAGAAAAGAAACCCUCUCCAUUUUUAAAAAUGCUGUGUGCAAUCAAAUGGUGAAGCAUGGCUCAGAAAAGCCUUCAGGGAAAAAUAAUAGGCUUACGAGGAUGUGAUGGGAGGAACAUCACAGAAGAGAAAUUGUUUCAAAUCUGUGCAUAAUGAAAAGACCAGCCUUUGACACUCUGGGUGAAAACUGAAACGGCACUGCUUUCCAGAUUCUUGCAGGGCCUUCUUGCCUACAUCUCAGCAUCCUGUGGCUUACUGAGCUGCAUCAAAACUUUCUACACGCCCCCUGCUUCAUUCCUGCCCUAUGGCUGCACUUGCCAACCAUUCUCUUCUUGGGUCCACAAGCUCACACCUGCUGCUCUUCUAGUAGGGGUUUUUAGGAGGUCUGCAUGGACUGCCACACCUAUUUCAAACAUGUCUUGAGUUCUGGUCAGUGUUUUCUGUCCUUUUCCUGGUCCUUUCUUAUCUCUGCCUUUACUAAGCCCUUGUUGCGUGCAAGCAACGGAUGCAUGCCCAGUGGGCUGAGGCAAGGAAGAUUUCCUCCCAUUGUCUUCUGUAGCAACGCUGUUGGUCCUGACAGAAUGCUACCCUUGGGAAACUCCUAGGGUUGUCUAAUAGGGUUGUCUAAUAGCCUUGCAAGUUCCUUUUAAGUACUCCUCAGCAAUGGGCUUUCCUUUCUUUUAGUUAUCAUUUUCAGAAUGAAUAUUCCGUGCUGUUCUUGCUGUCACAGAGUGUGCAGAAAUGUAAUGGGGCUUUUAUCAGCAAAGGAAAACUAAGAGGAACAAGACAAAUUGGAAUGCAGGAGUCAGAGAACCAGAGAAAACUGAAUAUUUUUGCAGAUUGGCUUCUGAACAUCUUGGGGAACUAUUCCCAUGCCUUCCCCCCUGCAAAUAGGUACAUUUUAUCCUAGUUGUGCAGCUCUUGAGUGCAGUGAUAUAUAGAAUAUUAUUUAUUGUAUAUAUUACAGGGUUUUUUUUAAUAUUGUCUGUCAAAAAACAAACCAACAAACCAAGGGUGGUUUACAUAAAAAUAAACUGCAGAACAUAAUUUUUAAAGCACAAUUAUGCAAACUCAAAGAGUCCUGAAAAAUAGAAAAGCUAAAAGGCAUCAAGAUAUUAAGGCAAACAGAAACAAACACAGCUAAAACUAUGGGUUGCAUACCUAGAUUCAGAACAACAUCUUAUGGCAGCCAGAGCUGUCAUUCUUUAUGCUAAAAAAACCCCUUGCAGAAUGUUUCAUUGUCUUAAUGGCAAUCCAUCCAAGUGCACAUUGGUGAAUGAUCCCCAAACUCUUUUGACUGGCAUGAAUAAGUUCUCAUCUCAACUUGAGAUUACUUUCAGAAGAGAUCCAAAUGAUCACAGACCAAGAAUAAACAAACUCAGUUCAAUCAAGGAUGUGGAACAGAAGAAAAGUGGAAACUGCUUUUUCUUGGAUGAUUAAGUGAAAAGUUGAUCAUCAGUUUAUAAAAACGAAAACCUUGCUAUAUGAAAUGCAAUCAGGUUUUAAAAUAUUGCUCAUUCCGGAGGCAAAAAUAGAAUGUUACUAUCGUGUAACAUCUACUGCCCAGAAGCAGUGUCACAAGUACCACUUUUGUGCCGGACAAGGCUAUCUUUUGGAUGUAAUAUUUCAAAGCUGAAGUUAUCACACACAUGCUUUUUUACAACAGAGAUAUUUUGGUUUGGAUGUACCAAAUGCUAACAUGUUUCCAAUUCUACGUCUUUCAGCUGUCUUCUGUACAAGAUAGUAAACAAGAAGCCAAGAUAUUGAAAUUGGUAUUUUAAAAGAUCCUGACUUGCUGUAAACGAGGGUUUCAUAAGUAAAUGCCCAUUGAGUCUUAAAAAAACAAAAAAACCACCUCUAUGGGUGUUGAAUCCAGUCUAACCAUGGGCAGAAUUCCAACUAUGGGAUAUCCCUGUCACAACCGAUCACAGACUGUGCCUCAGGGCGUAAGCAUACUGAGCAGAGACAGAGCCACAUCCAAUAAGAUAGGGCCUUGAGAGGGAAGAGAAGUUCUUUCAGUACCCUGGAUAGCACACUGUGGAAGAUGCUCUCAGGAGGAGGGGUGUUGUCUCAGCAGAAUGCAGAGGCCUCACAAAGUCUGACAGGAUGGGUCCUGCCAUGGACCCACCUUCCCUGCGAAGCUGUAGGUGCUGUGAAAAAACUGCUGUCUGGUUCUGUAGUCAUUGGCUCCUAUGGCAUGGGGGCUGCACUGAAACAGCGACUUCUGAGUCUGUCAAAGCAAUACCCUCUGGUAUAGAAGCUGGGGAUUGUUGCUUCCCUGAGUGGUGCUCUUCCCUGUCUGCAUCUUCCUUCCAGGCUUGAAGGAGGGUUGAGGCUGGAGAACAUGACUUCCCCCACACCAGGAAAGGGGUUACUUUCAGCAAAUUCCCCCUCUCCCCCCGCCGUGGAUACUUUGUGAGCUCUUAUCCCUUGUGCUGUGCUUAUAUCCUUCCAUUGAGAGUUCCUCACAGCUUUUCAUCAUUUAGUGCUGCUGGCAAGAGCUGAGCAAGUUAUUAUACGGCGAUGACAUGGCGUAAAUAACAGGGCAUAGGAAUUCGUCUAAUUAUCCCCUCCUGCCCCAAUACCUAGGACAGUGGUACCUCGGGUUAAGUACUUAAUUCGUUCCGGAGGUCCGUUCUUAGCCUGAAACUGUACUUAACCUGAAGUACCACUUUAGCUAAUGGGGCCUCCCACUGCCACUGCGCCGCCGGAGCACGAUUUCUGUUCUCAUCCUGAACUUCUUAACCCGAGGUACUAUUUCUGGGUUAGCGGAGUGUAACCUGAAGCGUCUGUAACCUGAAGCGUCUGUAACCCGAGGUACCACUGUAUUUUGAAAUAUUUUGUCAACCAAAGGUUUGACUUGAAGCAGCUGCAAUUUGGGUCCUUCCUUUCCUGAACCCUCUUAUAUAGCAGCUCUGGUACUCAAAUCUUCUUGCUUUCCUUUCCCCUCCCGCUCCCCCUUUGUUUUUGUUGCAUCUCCAUCAUACUGUUGGUCAUUUUAAGCUGUGAACCGCCUUGAGUACUCUGCCAGAAAGACAGUAUAUAAACGUAGUAAACUGGUCGUAUUGGGGCAAGAGAGAAGCUGGAGGUGGCAACCACAGGAGAUUACAUGCCUUGUUCUUACCCAGGUAACUAAGAACGUAAGAACACAAGAAGAGCCUGCUGGAUUGGGCCAGAGGCCCAUUUAGUCCAGCAUCCUGUUUGCACUGUGUCCAGCCAGAUGCCUGCAGGAAACCAUGGAGCAGAACAUGAGCACAUGAGCACUCUUCCUCUUCUGUGGUUUCCAGCAACUGGUAUUCAAACCUAGGAUAUUGCUAGCCUAAUAUGGAUUGUUAAAGGUAAAGGUAAAGGUACCCCUGCCCGUACGGGCCAGUCUUGACAGACUCUAGGGUUGUGCGCCCAUCUCACUCAAGAGGCCGGGGGCCAGCGCUGUCUGGAGACACUUUCGGGUCACGUGGCCAGCGUGACAAAGCUGCAUCUGGCGAGCCAGCGCAGCACACGGAAACACCGUUUACCUUCCCGCCAGUAAGCGGUCCCUAUUUAUCUACUUGCACCCGGGGCUGCUUUCGAACUGCUAGGUUGGCAGGUGCUGGGACCGAGCAACGGGAGCGCAUCCCGCCGCGGGGAUUCGAACCGCCAACCUUUUGAUCGGCAAGCCCUAGGCGCUGAGGCUUUUACCCACAGCGCCACCCGCGUCCCUCAUUGGAUUGUUACAUAGCUAUAAUCACCCAGCGAAGUGUCGUUUCUGAAACCAGAUGCCUUGGGCUGCAAUCAUGUUCCCAUUGAACUCCUGAGCAGACGCAUAUAAGAUUGUGUUGUUAAGCUGCUGUUUUAUUUGCCUAAAGCUUGUGCAUCAUCCCACUUGGAGAAGACGUAGCUGAAUUUAGAUUUACCAAAUUGCCCUGUGAGGAUACACAUGUAGUAUUAUUUUUCCAGAUUUAUUUUUCUUGCAUAAUCUUUGGCAGUAAGUAGAUUUCAGGCUGCUUAAGAUGUUCCUUUGGUGCACAUAUUUUGUAGGUAUUUUCAGAAUUGACAGUUAGAAGCUUGGGAGGCAAUGUUGUGUUGAAAACAAUCAGCCGAACAAAUUUUUUCCCCCAUGGAGGUACCAUUGAAAUCAAUAGGAGUGGUGUAGAAGCAACUCUCGGUCAUAUUUCUUAUGAAGUGUUUUAAACAUUUUGUUUCCAGGCAUGCUGUUUCCAAGGAAACUGAAAGUAGUCCUUGCAAAGUGUAGUUCUAUAUUUUUUAGUGUCCCUCGGUGGAACAGAUUUUUUUUGUAACAGUAUUUAUCGUAGUACUGGGUAUUAAUGAUCUUCCCUUAAAUUUUUUUUCCUUACCCAAAAAAAGCUUGUAAACUUGCAUAAUAUCUAGCACCAUCUAAUUGUUACCCAGAAGAUAAGCGGCCAGUUGAAAGAGGUUCCCACACCCAUGUUACAGAACAUAGAUUCAGUCCUUGGCAUAUCUAUGCCUGUCUUAUUUGCGCUACGAUAUUUUAAUUAGUUUUGAGACAUCAUUUCAUGGAGAGUGUUCUUACCAGAAAUAGCAUGCAUAGUGUCAAGUUUCCCAGCGAGGAUUCUGGGGCGAAGUCUUAGGUCCCAGUGAGAAAAGAUGCUUUGUAACUAUGUGCUUAAGCUGUGCUAGUAGCUUGCUAAUGUGCUGUUUGAGAGUUGGGUCUUGCAAGACUCUCGUUUGAAUGGACAACACAUUUUUUAGUUGUGUGGAUCAUUGGCAGCCCUGUAACUGUCCAACACAGUUAGCUGUUUUCGGCCUAAGCAAAAAGACCUCCUUCGUGUUAUGCUCAAAGGAACAAUCCCUUCAUUUUGGACUUUUUAAACCAUGUCCUGUCUUCUUUCAGCUCUACCUGAGUUUUUGGCACUAUAGUCCAAUGGGGCCCCCUCUUCUUAUGCAAAGCACUGAAAGUUUAUUACACAGAAAUUUAGAAAGCCUUUGCACAUUACAGUGGUACCUCUGGUUACGUACUUAAUUCGUUUCAGAGGUCCGUUCUUAACCUGAAACUCUUCUUAACCUGAAGCACCACUUUAGCUAAUGGGGUCUCCCGCUGCUGCCGCGCCGCCACCGCGUGAUUUCUGUUCUCAACCUGAAGCAAAGUUCUUAACCCGAGGUAUUAUUUCUGCGUUAGCAGAGUCUGUAACCUGAAGCGUAUGUAACCCAAGGUACCACUGUAUCUCUCUCUCUCUCUCUCUCUCUCUCUCUCUCUAAUUGAAAGUUUUACAGUGAGUUAAAGAAAAAAAGAAAAAGGAAGUGGGGGGGAAGAAACAAAAGAAAACAGGAUUACAGCAAUAACAGUGUAACAUUAAAAUGUACUUAGGUCUAUGUUAUAUAUAUGUAAACAGACGACUUAUCUCCCUCAUGUAUACGUCAGUUCACGAUUCACUAUGGUUUCGUUAAAUACUUUCCAAAUAUGAUUAAAUUGGUCCAUACAUAAUCUUGGUCUGAAAGCGAUCCAUUCAAAGUUUGCAAGCGUCGUCACGUUGUCUGUCCAUUGAUCAAAGGAGGCCAUUUAUUUUUAUCCUUCCAAUGUAUCAAUAUCAAUAUUCUUGCAGAUGGUAAGGCCAGGAGAAUCCAUUUACGUUGACUGAUUUUCAAGCCCCAUAAAUUAGGUAUGUAGUUGAAAGUGAUGUUAUCUUCUGAAAUUUUUAAUUCUUUCCCCACAACUGUAUUAAUACAUCCUAGCAUCCCACCCCCCGCCAAAUAAAUAAAUGCUAACACCAGACACUGUAUAAACAUAUGUUUCAAAGAAGCAUUUUCCUUAUUGCACUUUUGUUUCCUGACAACAAAAUUGAGGGUCGGCCAGCGCAUUAUGCCAGCAAAGUAAAGGCUGGUGGAAACAUUUGUCCCUGGUGGCAGUGCAGAGGCUCUUCGCGUUGAACAAGAGAUGUGUGCCAUGAGCCAGACACUGUGCACAUUAAGUGGUUCCCAUGGGGAAGUUGCUUUCAUUCCGUCUCUGAAUCUUGGCAUAAAGUAGAGCCUAAUUUUAAGAAACGUAGCAGGAAAAAAGGUAUCAAGUAUCAUGUGAGGUUGGAACAGCCAUUUCCCAACGUACUUUAUUGGCAGAGCAUUUUUUUUUUGUUAAUUAGGUGACUUGAUUGUAUUACUUAGUUUCUUUUCUGCAUGAUCUGGCUUUUUGUUAAGUUGUGGGCGAACAUAUCAGAUGACACAGCGAUUCUUCCAAAGCAGCUCUUUAUUUGUAAGCUGGAACAGAACUAAGCUGAGGAGCUCAGUCAGCCUGCUUAUAUAGAGCUCCAGAACAAUGUAACUAUUGCCAUUUUCUAAAACUAUCCAAUCACUGAACGUCACUUUUCGAUCCUUCAUUUGCAUAACUAUCUACAGUAUCCCCCUGCUGGCCCAGGGUGAGAACUUCAGUACAUAACACCCCUCCCCACCGAGAUAAGGCGUUACUUACAAUCGUAAUGGUUUCCUUAUAUACAGCACUACACGUAAUGGUUCAAUUAGGCACAAAAGCAUAUCGGUUACAUUUCACAUACUUAGACCAACAGUGAUACAUGUCCAACAACAUAGUCCUUUAAAUAAGUUGGGCGCUUGGAAACUCUGCCAGACCGCCGGGGACUGGUAGCCAAGUCCGGGGGGCCACACAGUUCUUGCUGAGGCUGUGGUGCGACCCUAGGUGGCGUUGAAACCAAAUCCCCUGGAUCCGCUGCUGUGGGAGGAGCCUCCGCAAGUGGAGUGGUCUGAGCCUGUGGUAAGUCUGGCAGACCCUCUGAAGUGGCUUGGUUCGGCUCCACGCUGGCAGUUUGCGAGGGAGGUGUAGGUGGAGCCUUGCCGUCCGUAAGUGUCUGUUCCGGAGCCACGAGCGCAGUUGGGGGCACCAUGGUAGUGUCCAAGUCCCCAACCCUGCGCCUAAGCUGAUCUAUGUGCCGGCACCACAAGCGUCCGUCUUCGAGUGCCACCUGGUACGAGCGAGGUCCAGUGACUCCCACUACUGUGGCUGGCACCCAAGGAAUGUCCCCCACAUAGUUCCGGGCAAAGACCUGGUUUCCUGGAACAAAUGACCGUGGCGCGUUGGCACAGCCUGGGGGUUCGUCCACGGCAAAGUCCGGAUGCAGCCGGUCGAGCGGUGACCUGAGGUGGCGGCCCAUAAGCAGUUCAGCAGGACUCCGCCCUAUGCAGGCCUCGAUUCUUGGCAUGCUUGACAGGCGGACACCCAGGCAGUGAUGGCAUCGUCCAUCUUAGGCCACCAGACAUAACACCGAGCCAACGCCUUCAUUUUGACGAUUCCCAGGUGGCCAACGUGCAGAGCCUCCAGGACGCGUUGACGGAGUCUUUGGGGAAUCACGACGCGGUCUCCCCACAGCAGACAGCCACGAUGAGCUGAGAGUUCAUGUUGUUUGGUUGCGAACGGUUGGAACUCCAAUGCAAAAGGCCCUUGUGGCCACCCCCUCCACACCCAGUUGAGCACACGGCUGAUGGUGCGAUCCUGGGCAGAUGCAGAGGCCACAGUGGCAGCUGAUACAGGCGCUGCCGGAAGAUCCUCAAUCAGGAGGAGCGAUGAAGCUGGAGCCGGAUCUUCCACAAACGUUGGAAGAGGGCAACGGCUGAGGGCGUCGGCAUGGCCCAUCGAUUUCCCCGGGCGAUGGACGAGCCGGUAGUGGUAGGCAGCCAGGAAAACAGUCCAUCGCAGCAUGUGCGGCGAGAGGACCGGUGGAGUUGGACGAUCACCGGCGAGGAGGCCCAGGAGCGGCUUGUGGUCAGUGAUAAGGUCAAAAGUCCUGCCAUAGAGGUAUUCAUGGAACCUCUUCACUCCAGCCACAAGUGCCAGUGCCUCCUUGUCGAGCUGGCUGUAAUUCCGUUCAGUCAGAGAUAGCGUCCUGGAAAAGUAGGCGAGCGGUGCUUCUCUUCCGUUUGGAAAACGGUGACUAAGGACAGCGCCGAUGCCAAAAGGUGAGGUGUCGCAGGCAAGGACCAGCGGCCUGGCUUCACUGUACUGUACCAGCACACUGUCCGAUGAAAGGAGAGCCUUGACCGCGUUGAAGGCCACCGUCUCCCGAUGACCCCAAGACCAAGGUGUCUUUGUGCUGAGGAGCCUGUGAAGAGGCUCAGCCACUGUGGCUUUGUGGGGCAGAAACAUGUUAUAAAAGUUCAGCAGCCCCAGGAACGCCUGCAACUCUGUCUUGUUCUUUGGGAUGGGGGCCUGCUGGAUAGCACGGAUCUUGGAUGUGGUCGGGUGAAGGCCGGAGGCGUCAAUAAGAUAGCCCAGGAACUCCACCUGUGGAACAGCGAUCUGGCACUUCUCCCUCUUUACCUUGAGCCCGGCCUCUUGGAACCUGGUCAGCACGGCACGGAGGCGCUCGAACAGCUGCUGGUGUGAGUCUGCGGACACCAAGACGUCAUCAAAAUAUGGUACCACGCCCGGAAGCCCUUGCAGAAGACGCUCCAUAAGGCUUUGGAAGAUGCCAGGAGCCACACUCACCCCGAACUGCAACUGGCGGCAACGGAAUGCCCCUCGGUGGGUGACGAUCGUCUGGGCUUCAGCAGUGGCAUUGACGGGCAGUUGUUGAUAGGCUUUGGCAAGGUCGAGCUUAACGAAGACCUUACCCUCACCCAGGGAAUGCAGCAGGUGUUGGACAACAGGAACCGGAUAAGCGUGCUGCUGAAGUGCCUUGUUGAUCGUGCACUUGUAGUCAGCGCAGAUUCUCACCGACCUGUCUGGCUUGACAGGCGUGACGAUGGGGGUUUUCCACUUGGCGUGGUCAACUGGCUCCAAAACUCCCUGGGCGAUCAGCUUGUCCAGUUGUUCGUCCACCUUAGCCUUGAGAGCAAAGGGAACCCGGCGUGGCUUUAGCUUGAUGGGGGCGACUUGUGGAUCAAGGCUAAAGGGCGUACCUGUAUAUUGCCCCAAAGUGCCAUCAAAAACCUCAGCAAAGUCUUUGACCAGACCCUCAGUCUCUGCGUUAGAGAUGCAGUUGAUGCCGGUGACUUCCAGGCUGAGGGCAUCAAACCAGUCUACCCCUAGGAGGCUUGGCCGCUGACCUUCGACCACCACCAGUCGGAGCAGGCCCGAAAAAUCCUUGAAGGCGAUCCGGAACCAGCCAACGCCUACCACGGGAAUGUCGUUUCCCUGGUAGUCUCUCAGGUGUACUCGGUGAGAGUCGAGUUGCCUUUUGGACACUCUGGGUACCAGUCUUUUGAUGGUGCUCCAAGAUACGAUGGACAGGGCAGACCUGGUGUCGAUCUCCAUGUCACAUGGAGCUCCUUCAAUGAGCACUGUGACGUUCAGCUUGCGUCGCGUAGGCGAGUCGGUUUGGCCAAUCGUGAUUCCAGACGGGCAGCGGCAGUUGGUGAGAGCGAAACAGCUUUCCUUGGCAGACUGGAGUGAAGACGUGGACUUGCGAGUCGGUGAAGGGGGGGUGUCAGACGGAGCCGAUCGGCAGACCUUAGCGAUGUGGCCCCUUCUGGAACACGUCCGACAGAUGGCGUCUCUGAAUCGACACUUGGCACGGGAAUGGUUGCCUCCGCAGCCGGCACAUUCCGGUUGGCCCUUGGACUUCUGUUGGACCUUCCUGCGCUCCCGCUUUGUCUGGUGCACAUCAUCGUCUUCACCGGAGGAUGCCUCAUCACUGCUGGCCUCUUCGUGAUGCACUGGAACUGGCUUCCUAGCAAGGCGCGGGCUGCUGGACUUGCGGAUCUCCUGGGCAAGUUCAGCAGCUUCUGAGGCCACGGCCUCCUCAAUGGCUUUCUGUAGCGUGAGGUCUGGCUUGGCGAGGAGACGCCGUUGCAGAUGGAUGUCCCGGACCCCGCAGACGAUUCGAUCCAUCAGGGCAUCGUCUAAGUCUCGGAACUCGCAGUGCGUUGCAGCCUGUCGCAGGGCGGUGGUGUAGUUGUUGAUUGACUCCCCCUCUGCCUGGUUCCGGUGGUAGAACGCUUGGCGGGCAGCAAUCUUGGACGGCUUUGGCGCGUAGUGGUUACGGAGCUUCUCUUGAAUCGUGUCCCAUGGUGUUGCCUGGACUGCUUCAGCCGCAACCAAUGCUUGGGCCGUCUCAAACACCUCAGGCCCACAGAGGCUGAGGAAUAGGCCCCGCUUCCGUUCCUUUGAUACUGCUGUCAGCUCGUUGGCUUGGAGGUAGCAGUAGAACCGAGCGACGUAGGAGUCCCAUGAUUCAGAGGCUGGCGCAAACGGCGGUAGAGGCACAAGUGAAGCCAUGAUGCCGGCGUGGAGGGCGAUGGAUGGAACACAGUGCUCUAGCCAGAACAGUCAGCUCUGAAUUGGUUCUGUCCAGUGAUUUCGCUCAGUGAUUCAGCUCAGUUCAGAGGAUGGCCGCAUCUGGCUGUGCUCUGAUGUCCAUCGAUCCCAUCCUCGUCGCCAGCGUUAAGUUGUGGGCGAACAUAUCAGACGACACAACGAUUCUUCCAAAGCAGCUCUUUAUUUGUAAGCUGGAACAGAACUAAGCUGAGGAGCUCAGUCAGCCUGCUUAUAUAGAGCUCCAGAACAAUGUAACUGUUGCCAUUUUCUAAAACUAUCCAAUCACUGAACGUCACUUUUCGAUCCUUCAUUUGCAUACAAACUAUCCAAUCACUGAAUGUCACUUUUCGAUCCUUCAUUUGCAUAACUAUCUACAGUAUCCUCCUGCUGGCCCAGGGUGAGAACUUCAGUACAUAACACUUUUUUUGUGUGAGAUGGUUCUAGUCUAGUCUUAUAAGGUUGGCUGCUUUUGUACAGGUGUGUGUGUGUUACUAUAUUCAUAUUAUAAAACAAAUAAGUUGGGAAUCCGGAUCAUGAGAAGCAAGCUGUCAACUUUCUAGUUCAUAAGCCUAACGAUUAACGUUAUCUUUGGCUUGCAUACAUGCAAACAUGGCCAAUUUCAUUUCAGCUAACCAGUGGUAUCUCAACUUGAUUUCCCCUUGCUGAAGAACCUGAUACAGUGGUACCUCGGGUUACAUACGCUUCAGGUUACAUAUGCUUCAGGUUACACACUCUGCUAACCCAGAAAUACUGCUUCAGGUUAAAUACUUUGCUUCAGGAUAAGAACAGAAAUCGGGCUCCGGCGGCACGGCAGCAGCAGGAGGCCCCAUUAGCUAAAGUGGUGCUUCAGGUUAAGAACAGUUUCAGGUUAAGAACGGACCUCCGGAACGAAUUAAGUACUUAACCCGAGGUACCACUGUACAGGGCUGCCUUCAGAUGACUUCUGAAAGUCCUAUAGUUGUUUUAUUUCCUUGACAUCUGAUGGGAGGGUGUUCCACAUGGUGGCGCCACCACCAAGAAGGCCCUCUGCCUGGUUCCCUGUAGCCUCACUUGUCACAAUGAGGGAACUGCCAGAAGGCCCCCUGAGCUGGGUCUCAGGGUCUGGGCUGGUGGUAGAGACGCUCCUUCAGGUAUACAGUCUGACUGGGCAGCUACUAGGGUUGAAUGUUUAGUAGAGACAGUAUUUCCCCUCCUUUAGCUGCGUGUCCAUAAAAUUCGUUAAGUUAAACAGCUCUUAAAGAGAAACAGGAAUAAGCUUUUAAAUAACCUGUGCUAAAUCUUUUCCUCCCCAUUAAUCAGAGGUCAAUUCAUUUGUCUGUCUAUCACAAACCUAUUACGACAACCACUGAAUUUCAUUUUAGAUGGGGGGGGGGGGACAGAGGAAAGAAAAAUACAAAUAGGAAGAGCUUUCACUGAUAUUUGUUUUUGGGGGUGGAUCUUAGCUACAUCAUGAACGUCCUAGUUGAAAUUGAUCAUACGUUUUAAACUAGCCCUGGGAUUUUAAGUGAAAUAUUUUAAGCUCUUAAAAAGCAUCAUAUAAAUUAUAGAUGAUACCAUUAACAUAGGCUCAGUCACAUUUCAGUAGGACUAUUUUGAACUAAGUUCAGCAAGGGUAGUCAAGAAUUUUAUUUGUCUGUGGACUAAUAUGCAGAUCAGAACACUUCAUUUGUUUUCGCUUUUCUGAAAUAUGUGAUACGGUUUGUGACUCAAACAUUUACCAGAUUUGUGCAAAAAUGCAUGCAUUAGAUUUAAAGUUUUUCUCCCUCCUCUCUGCAUAUCCCCCAAAAUGGGUCUGGAGAGGGGAUCAGGGCAACCCCUGGAACAGCAUGCAGGGUGAGGAGAGCAGGGAAUUGUUCUAUCUGGUAAGCCAAAACGCCUGCCCUGCCGGAACAAUCCCUGUGGCGUAACAUUGCAUUCUUCCCACCAUUAAAAUGAAUGAGGAUCUCCCCAAGUGGGCAAGAGGUCAGUGCACAUAGUGAUUUCUGAAUUGGGUUGCUUGUCUAGAGAAAGCACUAAAGGGCUACUGCCUUGUAAAGAACAUGGCUAAUAAAUAAUAAUAGGGUUUUUGAAGCUUGCCUUGGCAGAAGUGAUGCAUUGAAGCAGGAUUCUUGUUUCUCUUGAUGAUCUUGCCGCAUGAUAAUGGGCCGCUGCUUUUCUUUUAAAGGAUUUUUCAAAAAUAAUAAUAAUAAUGCAGAGGAUAAAAUUGCGUCAUGUACCCUUAUAGUGAAUCCAAUUGUCUGUGUGUUAGUCCUUCCAUAUCCAGAACAGCACCAUCCAUGCACAAGAGGGAGGAAUCCACAUGCUUUAGGAAACCCAAAGAGGUAGAAGAACUUGUUAGGAAAAAAAUAAAUCUGGUAGGUUGGGAACCCAAAAACAGCCCAGUGAAGACUGAGCAUGCUCAGUGGACAUUAAACAUUGACUGACUAUUGUGGCGAAGGACGGGAGUAUGGAAUAGAGUUCCCUGGAGGGGGACAAGACUGGCUGGAACUAUGAACAGACGAAGAAGAAGAGUUUGGAUUUGAUAUCCCGCUUUAUCGCUACCUGAAGGAGUCUCAAAGCGGCUAACAUUCUCCUUUCCCUUCCUCCCCCACAACAAACACUCUGUGAGGUGAGUGGGGCUGAGAGACUUCAAAGAAGUGUGACUAGCCCAAGGUCACCCAGCAGCUGCUUGUGGAGGAGAGGAGACGCGAACCUGGUUCCCUAGAUUACGAAUCUACCGCUCUUAACCACUACACCACACUGGCUCUCAGGAGCACUCCACGCUGCAACAUUUUGUUAUAGGCCACAUGUUGUAUAGUCUUAGGUUUUCCAAGCAUGGGGGAAAUUUAUAUGGUAAACUAACCCUUGUGGCAAGGCAAAGUCAGUCCAAUUCUCCAGCGUGCAACUGUUCGGAAUGGGGGUGUUUAAGAUAGCAGCUUUCUUUUCCAUGUUUAGGAAGACGUGCAGCAGAUAUAAUAAUGCAUUCUGCACAGGCAAAAUGGUAUACAAAUGCCAGAUGGUGCUGACGUAAAUGAAGCUAGUAUAGAAAUGCUUCUACAAAACCCACCAGUAUUUUUUUUCCUUUACUUAAAAGGCUGACAUUCUUUUACCUUUUGUGAUCUGUCACUGCCGUUGUCAAGGCAAUCCGAAUCUUUGAGAAGCUUUGCUCUCCUUUUUUGGGUAUUCUCUAGCUCACCUUGAUGUUUAGCCAAGCAAGCAGGCCUUCCUGGAUUUCUGUAGUUUCUGUUAUGGAAAAUAAGUUCAUCUUCCUAAUUAAUGUUUUGUUUGGCGUUAGCUGCACACACAUACAUACACACACACACACACACACACACACACACACACGGCAGCUCUGUUGUAAAUGGUAGUUUGGGCUUGGAGUCAAAACACUUUGUGCCAGAGGGGUGGGAAAGCUUAAAGAUACUUGGUAGAUAGGGGAACAAGUGCAGAACACUUAACUCCACUCUAAAUACAAGCUGUCCAAUGUGGUUACAAUUAUUCCACAGUGUCAAAUAUGAAUAAAACAAAAUGUGCUUUGAUAAAAAUUUAAAAUAAGCACGUAAAAUGUUGGAUCCAGUCUAAGUUAGUUGACCUUAGUUCCGCUGAAGUUAGUGAUCACUGAAGUCCCAUUGAUUCCAGUGGCAGCCAAACUGAACUGAUGGGACGAAGGUGUGCAGGAUAGGACUGACAUGUACAGGGCACAUGAUUAAAUGAGUAUCCCAACAUUAAAGCCCAGCAUUCCAGCCCCUGCCCUAUAAGCAAUGUGAGAAAUGCCCUUGGGUGACUUUGACAUCUUUUUAAAAUAAUAGCACAAGGAGUGAGCAGGUGGAGGCGUGAGGAUAUUAUGGUUUUUUCCAGCUUCAGCAUAUCGCUGCCUCCUCUCCUCUCAGGAGCCCCUGUGUCGCUUUACUAGGCAGUGCAAGAGGUGGGAUUUGCCCAAUUUCUGUCAUGGACUGGUUGGAUGUAGAGGAAGCAGCCAGGGGUCUGAGGAACCAGCUGAGGAACCACCAAGGGAAGAAGGCUCAUAGCCAGGGGAUUGGUGGUAGGAUGAUGAUGAGUGGUCCAAGGGAGAAGAAUAGGAAGAGGAGGUAUUGGAAGCUGAAGAGGGAACAGGGCUUAAUGAGCCGGAAGAGUCCAUAGCAGAGACCAAUCCAGAAUCAGAACUAGAAGCUUCAGCAGGAGAGGAGGAUUAGGGAGGUCAGGGGGCAGAGAAGAGUCAGCCUGGUAAAGAGGCACUCCCUCCUGCUGUGAAAAGGUCCCCUCCUCACUGGUUUUUCAAGACCAGGGGAGGCAUGAAAUGGGAGGAGCAAAGGCAGGCACUCAGGCACAGCCUCAGAUUGCUGGGGGGGAAACCCUGGGGAGGGAUGUAGGCAGCUGUGGAAGGUGGGAACCUUCAGUCUCCGCAACUGCUUCAUAGGGGCAAGUGUUAAGUUGUGGGUGAACAUAUCAGAUGACACAGCGAUUCUUCAAACAGCUCUUGUUUAUUCACAGGCCAGAACAGAACUGAACUGAACUGAAGAGUUCAGCCAGCCUGCUUAUAUAGAGCUCCACUAGAACGCAACAGUAACCAUUUUCUGUAACUAUCCAAUCACUGAACGUCACUUUCAAUCCCUUAUUUGCAUAUGUGGACCUGAGUGAAAGCUAUCUACAGUAACCCCCUGCUGGCCCAGGGUGAGAACUUCAGUACAUAACAGCAAGACCAACUGAGGAAGAGUUGUUGUGCUCAUUAGGCCUGGCAUCCCUGUGCAGAUUCUGUUUUUCUGAUAAAGAGUUAACUUCACUUGGUCUGUGUGAUUUACUGCUAGCUCACUCCUGACAAUUUCAAUGAACACAUGGGUGCAAGAAAUCUGUAGAUGCAAGAAAUCUGCUGAAAUUAUGGUGGAAAAGGUGGUGGUGGGUUUGAAUGAAACAAGCCCUGCUCCCCUUGCCACCCCAUUUUAGGGGGGAAAAAUGUAAAGCAGUAGUUAAUGGAUCAGCUCUCUUUCUGGCUCCUCUGCCACUGGAGCACUGGUUCAAUUUCUUUUUUGGGUAGGGAUGCAGUGGCAUCGCUAUGCUUGCACAGCGCCGAAACGACCCUACUUUGCCGGAGAGAUAAACAACCAUCAAAACAGAUUGCCCCUGUUGGAAUGUUUGUCCCCAAAGAAUCCUACCUUUCCCAGCGUUUCUUGCCAAUGAAUAACAAUUUCCAUGCCCUGAAAAUGCAUAAUUGUAUGAGCUGAAUAGCCGUCGGAAGCAAAGUCUAGGUUUCUAACCAUAAUUGGUAGGUGAAGUCAGUUCCUCUGCUUUUAAGUGUUCCUUCGAAUGACAUUGUGCCAUAAUUGUAUGCGCGGGAGGGAGCCUGCUGGUGCCAUUGCUGCCAGUUGGGAUGUUAAAGGUGUGAUGCCAAAGCCAGGUCCAUUUUGUGUGCGUGGCCAUAACUGCUUCCUCUUUCAGCAAGUGGGUUUGAUUGAAAAUUGGAAGGUUAAUUGCCACUUGGUUGACUUAUUGUAUUGUGUAAAAAUGCUGCCCGGUGAGUUACUGUACUAGAGCUGAUGACGACUAAAUGCAUGGCAAGCCAGCACAGCUUGCUGUCGUUUGUGUGUAUGUGCAGCAUUCCCAUGUGGUCGCUGGGUUGCCAACAUUUGCUCAUAAUUUUCUCUGUUAUACUUUCAUUGAAUAAUAAGCGGGCAGCCCGAAAAACGCUCCUAAGGCUCCAAGCUGUUUGUUUGUUUGUACUCUGUACCUUCCUGGCAGGUCAUAUAUUAAUGUUUCUGCUAAAGCUUUAGCAGUCAAAUUGGAUAAUAACUGGUGCUGAGACUUGUAUCUUUGGGCUUGGGAGUCCUUGGGAGGCUUUUAAGGCUUGCUUCAAAUAUGAGGUGCACAUUAUGAUCUUGGAUCAUAAUGGUCAAUGGUGUGUCUGUAGGUGACUGUGGAGGCCAAUUCUGGAUCCUCACAUCCUUCCACAGUGGGGACAUCAGUUUCUGGGUGGGAGUUGAUCACGGUGAGGGUUUGCCAAACGUGCCUUCCUCUUAGCACAUUUCUCCCUUUCAUCCUGAGUUCGUGUUUCUUCAAAGUCCAUGAUGCCUUUGAAGUGCUCGCAGGCCAGUGUUUCCCAGUUGUCGGUGUUUAUACAACAUUUUUAAAGAUUUGCCUUGAUAGCGUCUUUAAACCUCUUUUGUUGUCCCACCAGCAUUGUGCUUUCCAUUCUUAAGUUGGGAAUACAGUAGUUCCUUUGGAAGACGAUAAUCAGGCAUCUGAACAACAUGGCCAGUCGAGCGAAGUUGAUGUUGAAGAAUCAUUGCUUUGACACUGGUGAUCUUUGCUUCUUCUAGUACACUGACAUUAGUUUGCCUGUCUUCCCAAGUGAUAUGUAAAAAUUAUCCUUCGCAUGUGCUCUUAUAUAACUGGUCAGGCUGUUAGCAAAUUCAUUUUCUUGUAUUCGUAUAAUGCUCAGUGAUGGAGAAACUACCAUUCUUUUGAAAAUCAUUCAUAGUAACAAGCUGGUGAUCGAUAACCCUCCAGAUACUCGUGUAAAAAUUACACCAAAUUCUCCUUACCAAAAUUCCGGCUUUCUACAGAUUUUGAUUCUGUAAUGAAUAACAAAGAUGUAUCACCUUAAAAUACCUCAGUCUUUUUUGCAGGAAUGUCAUAAGUGGAGCUAAAGCAGACUGAGAUUCCCUGUUUGUGUCAAAAAAGCUUUUUUUUCUGAACAAAAGCUUGGAAUCAAUGAACUUUGGUACACUGUUCAUUUGAGUAAGCCUUGGGUGAGUAGCCAUUUCGUCACACAUUUAGCUUUCAAAGAGGUUGGUUAUCUGGAGCCUCACUGAAAAUUUGAGCUCACAUUCCUGUUUUUUUUGUUGGUUUUUUCAGGUAAGCAAGCAUGCCUAAUUUUCUAGAGCAAGAAAAUACUUGAUUACAGCUUUAAUGAUAGCUUAAGUAGUGUUUUCAGAUGUUCAGGAAUCAAGGUCUUACAGCAGAUGAGCUGAAUUAUCCCUGUGACUGUUCACGAUCACAUUAAUGUGCUUUAAAUGUCACAUUUGGAAAUGCUGCCAUAUUGCUAGUUAAUUAACAGUAAUUACUGAAGACUGUACUUACGUUUUUGAUGUUUCUUACCUACUGGGUUUCAGCAAAUGUGUGUGUGUGUGUGUGUUUAAGUUUAACCCUUUCUCACAAUUGCUGUGGUUCCAUUGGCCAGGACUAUUUGUUUGGUGGCAAAAAUGCGCAAAGCUUGUGAUAGGUAAAGAGAAUUUUCUGCAUAGAAGAGAUGGGUCAGUAUGAAGAGCUGAGUCAAUAUCCGUUUUAUUUAUGCACCAUUUUUCAAUAUAUAUGAUGCCCAAGGCAAUUUAUAUCAAGCCUGACAGAUAUGUAGCAACAAUACAAACAUCAACAAGAAAAAUUAAUAAAUCCACAGUAUGUAUGGAACAUUCCACCAAACAAAUUAAUAAACCAAGUACAGUGGUGCCCCGCAAGACGAACGCCUCGCAAGACGGAAAACCCGCUAGACGAAAGGGUUUUCCGUUUUGAGGCGCUCAUAAAGCAAUUUCCCUAUGGGCUUGCUUCGCAAGACGAAGCCCAUAGGGAAAUCUCCGGGACCUCUUUUAAAUGCUAGCGGUGGGGAGCAAAGCCUUCCCCCCCCCGGCCUUCAGAAGAGGUCCAGGAAGGCUGGCGGGGGCCGAAAGGCUUUGCUCCCCACCGCCAGCAUUUUAAAAGCAGUCCGGGAUAGCAGGGAAGCGCUUCCCGCUAUCCCGGACGGCUUUUGAAGGCAGGAGAGGUCCGCGAAGCCUGGGCGCGCGGCUCUCAGCGCGCGCAGGCGGCGGCCUGCCGGCAACUCUCCGCAAGCAGCGGCAGCGCUGCCGCUGCUCGCGGAGAGGUCCGCGGAGCCUGGGCGCGCUGAUCUCAGCGCGCGCAGGCUCCGGCAUGCCGGCAACUCUCCGCAAGCAGCGGCAGUGCUGCCGCUGCUUGCGGAGAGGUCCGCGAAGCCUUGGCUGGACAGCUUUUGAAGGCAGGUGGGGGGACAAGACUUGCCCCCGCCAACCUACAGAAGAGGUCCAGGACCUCUUCUGAAGGCUGGCGGGGGGCAAAAGUCUUUGUCCCCCCUGCCUGCCUUCCCAGGGGCUUUUAAAUUGCCCCGGACAGCGGAGAAGCCCUCCGCUGUCCCGGGGUUUUUUAAAAUGCUGGGGUGGGUGGGAAGAAAAGCCCUUGUCCCCCCCCCCAGCCUUCAGAAGAGGUCGGGGGACAGACGGGCCCCGGACCUGGUCUGAAGUCGGUUUCCCUAGGAACGCAUUAAUUGAUUUUCAAUGCAUUCCUAUGGGAAACCGUGCAUCGCAAGACGAAAAACUCGCAAGAAGAAAAAACUUGCGGAACGAAUUAAUUUCGUCUUGCGAGGCACCACUGUAUAUAUAUAAACACUGGAACACUGAAUAAUAGCAAUCUGGUAAACAAGGUACAACUAUGUAUGAGGUCAGUAAAGUCAAUCGGAUAACAUCAGAUCAAUAUAAUUUACGUGCGUUUCAAAACCAGCAAAUCAUUGAGAAGCCUAAAACAAAAUCAGUCGAACACAAUAAUCACAUAGUAAUCAGGGUUCAAAAUCCGUAGGGUGCCAGGCACAUUUUGCAACUAAUGAUUCUCCAUUUCUGAGCCCCUCUGGAGAUGCCCCUUGCGACUUGUCUCCUUAGUGCUGCUGGGCCUCGGAGGUGAUCAGAAAACUAUCCGUGUUCCGUGUGACAUCAAUCCCUUGCCCCUCUCCAGUGCGGCAGGUUUAGUGCUGAGCACAAGUUUUAGCUAGGUACCAAAGCCAGCUAAAAAGGUUGACCACUGAAGGGGUGGGGUCAUGCCUGCUGGACUCUCACAGCUCCUCUAGGAUGGAUGUCAGCUGAGAAGUCUGAGAUCACAGGGGACUUUGGAUUGAAGACAUCCCCAGGUGAUUGGCAGUCACAAUGUGUUGGGUUACCUUGGGCUUGGCGGGUCUUGUGUUGUGUGCAGGCUUGACAUAAGUUAGAAGAACAAAAUCAAUAUUAUGCAUUAGGGCUAGGUGAUAUAUUGAUAUAUCAUCCAAAACUGGUUUGAAGUCCAUAUUGUGAUACCAGCUUCAUAAUUUUUGACCUGGUUAUGUAUUGCAUAUUGUCAGGGAACUGACAUCGGAGCGAGAGGCGAAGGGGAGGCUCCUAGAUGAUGCUGGCGAAGGACCCAGCAGCAGGGGGAGAAACAGCUCAGUAGAGGGGGGAAGCAUUUAAGCGCAACACCAGGGAUAAAGGGGGCAGAUGGGGAAUCGGAGAGAGGGCUCCAGGACUCUUCACUGGAACUCAGUGAGGAGGGGACAGGUCCUCCGCUACCCACGCCCUCCCUGCGCAGAAGACUCCCGCGCAGUGAGAGGAGGAGGAGACUGGGUGUCAAACAACUUUUAUGUUGGAAGAGGUUCAAGAAACGCCCACUGACGGAUUCUGCCAGCGACUGAGGCAGUCACCAUGAGAAAGGGCUGUGCAGUCAGAAAGGUUUAACAAGGCAAAUUAGCCUAGAGAGGCACCAGUUUACGCACGAGUAACUCAUACUCAUUACACAUAUCAUGGUGUGUGGGUGGGUGUGCUUUGCAAAAAUCAUGAUGAGGGAAAAACUGUGAAGCCAGCCAACGCCUCUACAUAGCUCCAUCCUUAUUUUAGAUGUCAUGAUAUAUCAGUAUAUUGCGAUGUUUAGCUGGGGGUGAUGUAUCACGGUGUUGGAGCCAGGUAUCGCCCAGCCCUAUUCCGCAUGCAAAAUAAAUGCAGCAGGGUGGUGUUUCCCUCCAAUAUCUCACAUGUCUGUGAUGAGAAAACAGGUGUGCUGCUUCUGAACUGGUUCCAUCUUGGCGUUUUCCUGCUUCCCUCAUAUGACAUUCUCAUAAAGGCGUUUGGAAGAAAAAGAAAAGAAGAAGUGGGUAUGUAACUAACUAACUUGUGGAAGGUUGCAUUCAAAGAUGGAUGCAUGGGGAGAUAUCAAACAUUAGUCAUACUCUGACUUAGCUGGAUAUCACCCACAGCAGUGAAUCAUGUUCAGCCAGAAGGAAGUAACAAUUAUAAGUAGACAGGGCAUGCAAUCCCUUGGUAAGAGACUGGAACAUACUCAUCAAAUGUGAAAAUAGGGCAGGGUCCCCUCCAUAUAUCCUUCUUAUUUAUGCAUUCAUGAUGAUUUGUGUUCAUGAUGAUAUUAGGGUAGUUAAACACAAUCCCACUGUCAAUACUAUUUGUACCUGUAAAAGUUUUGGAGUGGCCAUAUUGCUUCAUUUCCAAUCAGUGCUUGUGUGCCCCGUAACUUCCUGCUGAAAUCCUGUAUUUUUUUAUACCACAAAUGUUCUAUUGUGUGUGUCUGUCCCACUUUGUUGUGCUGUAGUACAAAAGUGCCCCUUCAAAUGGCACUAAUGAAAUAACACCAGAGAAGCAUCACAGAACAACUAAUAAAGUGGAAUGGAGAUGGUCCAGUUUAAACCCACCACCAAUGCACUAUUUUUGCAUCAGUGACAAGUUGCAGAAUACACCUGCCAGCUCCCCACAGACAGGUCUGUGCUACCUGUCCUGCUUUCAUACGUUUGAUAGAAUAAUAUCCAUUUACUUGUCUUUCGUCUUUGAUUUCAAAAAGUUGUUUUCUGCAUUAUUUCUGGAAACCUUGCUUGGAAAAUGUGUUUGCAGGUUCACUAUAUCCUGAUCUUAUGUUUGAUAAAUAAGUGUACUGCUGGGGGAAUUGCUGCGAAAAGACUUAGGAGGGAAGGAGCAGUAAAGGCAUUUUAUCACCCAGUCUGCUUUGCUAUGAAAGUAGCUCAGGAAGAAGUUUCAUAACAGGCAGGGGAACAUGAAUUUAUUCUAUUUAACCCCCGAGUCUAAUAGCUACCAUAACCCUUAGGCUGCGGUCCUGCAAAAAUUCAUAGAGAUUCCCAGAAAUAUUAUUAUAUUAAACAUCCGGGUACUUUAUUUUCUUUGUUUAUUCCAUCUCCUCUUGAUAGCAGCCUGGGCUCCCUUUCCAAAGCAUAGGUCAGGCCUUUCAUUCUCUUAUUCUUUUCUCUCUCCCCAUGUUCUUGUUGCCAGAGGCAAGCUCCCUUAAUGACUAUUCUAAAGCAGUGACUCCUGUCUCCCUUCCAUUCUUGUUCCUUGGCUGCCUGUUCUUCCAGACUGCCAGACUCCCUGUGCAACGUCCACAGUGUCAGUUUAAUCACGGCACGCCAAAGCUGCAAUAAACAUCCUCAGAAUUUUGCUGGGUCAGGGUAAAGCUCCAAAUCAGGGGUGGUGGAUCUCCAGCUUGUGUGGUUUAUUAGGCAUACUAGGCCUUCUCAUUUUGCCUGUGAGGCCAUUUCAUGUAUGACCUCAGGUGCAGGUUAGGUAAAAACCCGACUAGGCCAAAAGGGGGUUUGCAGGCACCACUGAUCAGAAAGCAUUGAACAGGAUAAUGCUUUUCUUGGGAAUCUGAGGUGAGAUGACCACGCAGUGAAAGUUGCCCCUAGUUCCAGUCACAACACACAGGGAGUUUAAGGUCCAAAAUACCAGUUCACUGCUGCAGAAUGUUAGGCUUCAGUAAUACAGUUCCGGACGUUGAAAUAUACAUAUAGCUUGUAGGCUUUACAGAUACAGAUAUAAAUACAGGUACAGGUAGAUACCUUCUGCCCACCUAGCAGUUCAAAAGCACGUCAGAGUGCAAGUAGAUAAAUAGGUACCGCUCCGGCGGGAAGGUAAACGACGUUUCCAUGCGCUGCUCUGGUUCGCCAGAAGCGACUUUGUCAUGCUGGCCACAUGACCCGGAAGCUGUACGCUGGCUCCCUCGGCCAAUAAAGUGAGAUGAGCGCCACAACCCCAGAGUCGGCCAUGACUGGACCUAAUGGUCAGGGGUCCCUUUACCUUUACCUUUUACAGGUAGAUACAGAUACAGAUACUCAGAAAGUAUUUCUGUUGCUCCAGCAUUUCAAGACGUAACACAGACUUUGACUCACGGACAGACUGUCAUACUGACAUACCUUAAUCACUUAUAUAGUUACUUAUAUAUCAAGCUGACAUACCUUAAUCACUUAUAUACUCAGCAUAUAGUCAGCCAUUAUCACCUUAGCAAUGGGCUUGGCUGACCUUGCACCUGCAGCUUAUCUCAUACAUGGGGUGAUUUGUGCCCAUGAAAGCAAUCAAUCCCUUCAUGUUCAGUUCCUCCAACAGCUCUGAGAGGGGCUUUGGCAUGAAUUUGUCCAGUUCUCAGCCAUAUAAGCUACUGGCUAUCACCACAUCUUGUGGCAGCAUUCAGUAGGGGUGGAAUCCGGUUGGCAUUUCUUGUGCUUUUGUUCCAGGGGUUUGUAUGAUUUUUGCCAACUUGCCCUUCCCCCUGCAGUUACCCAUGCCACCUUUCACCUUGCUGUGGAGGACCCCCCCCAAGCUCCCAGAGCAGAUUUUUUGGGUGUGGGUGUGUGGCAGGGGAUACAAUGAGACAGGGAAAUGGUCAAAAAAAGUGCUUUCCCCAUGGGAUCAAAAGCCAUUCCAUGAGUAAGAGGGCCCCAGAUACAACCCAGCCGGCUGCAUGAAGAGUACUUUGCUUUGUCCGUCUCCAAUCUGUUAUCUACCCCAAUCAAUUCCAUUUGGUUGCCUCCCAAGUUGUAGUAUUAUGGGGGAAGGAGGAAGAAACCUACCCUUUCUGCACAUGAUGUGUAGGUUUAUAAGCCUUGAUCAUGUCUCAAUCCCCUAAUUAUCUCCCUCCUCACCAACGAAGAAGCCCCAAACAGGCUCCCUCUUGAGCUCAUGGACUCUUCAAAACAAACAGGUAAUGCAGUAAGCCUCUGAAUGCUAGUGACUUUGCAAGUGGGUCGAGUGCUAUUGUGCUCAGGUUCUGCUUUUGGGCUUCCCACCAGCAUCUGGUUGGCCAAUGUGAGAACAGGAUGCUGGGCUAGAUGGACCAUUGGCAUGAUCCAUCAGGUCCUUCUUAUGAUCUUAAGUCGUUAUAAGAGUUUGGAUUUGGAUUUGAUAUCCCGCUUUAUCACUACCCUAAGGAGUCUCAAAGUGGCUAACAAUCUCUUUUCCCUUCCUCCCCCACAACAAACACUCUGUGAGGUGAGUGAGGCUGAGAGACGUCAGAGAAGUGUGACUAGCCCAAGGUCACCCAGCAGCCGCAUGUGGAGGAGCGGGGAAGCGAACCCGGUUCACCAGAUUACAAGUCCACCACUCUUAACCACUACACCACACUGGCUCUUAUGGUUUCUGUUUAUUUAUAUGCUGCCUUUGUACAGAGAAAAGGCUGACAAAGGAUGCAAUGCGCAAACUCAAGUCCAAAAGAUACAAAAAAUAAAAAUAAUCCCAUGCCAUUUCAAAAAAAUCUUAAAAACCAACCACAUUCACGCUCCUCUUAAGCAGAGCUGGAAGCAAUCAAUGGGGCUGGCUGCUGUAACUGUUCACCUUGGGAGGCAUAGGCUAAUGCUGAAUCUAUAAGUGAAGCGAAGUUUUCUGGAGUGAUUGAGCUGAAGGGCACGGAGGAAUAAAAAACUUCUAGCAAGGAGCACAUUUGAGUUAAAAUAAGGCAGCUGAGAAACACACCGUCUGGCACUCUACUUCCUAGCUGGAUUAAUAGACGUUUAAAAAGAAAAAGCUGUGAAGAGGAAAGGAGUCUAGGAGGAGAGGGGAGUUCAGGAAGGAAUACGUGCUCUAUCACCCGGCAAUUGCCUGCGCCUUUCAUUUUCAAGGCAAGCUUGAAAGUUGUACACUGUGUUGAGAAUCAUGGUGCACCUGUGUUUAAGCAUGCAUGCAUGCAUUCUUAAAUUUUGAAAGGAACAUUGCAGUUAAAUGACUUUGCGCAGAAAUCUGAAAAGAGAUUUUGCCACUGCAGUGCUAGGUGCUGUUUCGGUUCCAAUUAUGUCCCAUCUUACGCCUUUCCCCGGCGAAAGCUCUAAUGUAUUCCUAUUAAAAAAGGAAAUGUCAAAAUCCUCCUUCACUCCUUACCACAAAGAAUACGGAGGACGUUUUUAGUGGAAAGCGAGAGGCUGGAAGUCGGAGUACCUUUAGCCCUAAUGCAACUAGACGUGCUAGGCGUGAAAGUCGUUUUAUAAUCAGCUGUGUUUAAUAUGUAGAGAGCUGCCUUAUCUUAAGUGGAAAAAUACAGUGACCUUUGAAUAUGUAAAGUAGCUAUUUUUGAGAACAAUCUUCCACGUUAAAGAAAUCCCUCCAGAAGAAACAACUGAGAUAAUUUUAAGGUACUUGGAAAUGAAUGUCGUUUGGGUGAAGCAGCAGCCAUCCAGUAUCUUUGGGUUGUGCUGAAAGCUUUGAAUUAAAAGUAGCUUAGGUAAAGAGGUGAAUACUGGCAAUCAACAGAAGCAUUUAGAACAGAGGGCUGUAUCCAACAGACUUAGGUUAGUCAUACCUAACAAGUUCAUUGAUUUCACUGACUCUGCUCUGAAUAUGACUUAAGGCUCAUCCCCACUUCCUUUUGUGUCACACUUUCUAGACACAGGGAUUUCUAGGUCCGUGUCUGAGCGCUUUCUUUCUUUCUUUCUUUCUCUCUCUUUCUCUCUCUCUCUCUCUCUCUCUGACUGCUUUUCCCGGGAAAAUCCAUCUACCCUGACAGACAGGCACUCUCCAAGGAUCCAGGCAAGGAUCUUUGGCAACCCUGCUAUCUCAGAUCAUUUAACUUGUUGGCCUUCAAGUUAGAGAUGGAUGAAUCAAACCAUUCUGUUCUGUCACUUUCACAUGUGGUCACCCAUAAGACCAUUCUAUCCCAUUUCUGCAUUAAUCUGCAAAUCUCUCCCCGUCUCUUAAAUCUACACAAAAAAACUGCAUCUAAAUAUGAUUUUUUAUUUAUUUUUUAAAAAAUCUUCUCCCAACCUCCAGGUUUCUAAACCCAUUUUGACACAUCUUUUUUUGAACUAAGCACUCUGUUUGGAACAUUGGGAAGUGUGAAAGCUGGGGAACCACUAAGUUCUGGUCUCUACAUUCACCUGGGAGGUGAAGAUCAGGUCAGUUCAUAUUGGCAUAAACAAAGAUUCAUCAUGUUUCCCUGCCUCAAGUGGGUUGCAUCCUGACCUAAUGUGGAUCACAGCCACGAAACGCCCACAGUUUGUUCUUUGGUUUCAUUUUUAAAGAGAAAUACGAAGUGGUGGUUGUUGGAGGCCAAAGACAGAAGUUCUCCUGUACUUUUAAAUAUUUGGGUAGAAGAGGGAAUUUCAGCAGGCAAAGCUUUUCUCACCUCACUGCAUGAAAAGCGAGAUCUACCAAAAUUCUAUCUGACAUGUAGCUAUUAAAGGUAUGGGAGUCUUACUCCCCGCUCCCCACCUUACAUUUGGUCCGUUUGAGAAAGAAGCAGGGAGAUGGACUUGCAUAGUUGCAGAUAGAUAGAUAGAUAGAUAGAUAGAUAGAUAAAGAUAGAUGGAUCUCAUGUUGCAGCCUGUAGUUAAAGGUGGGUCCCUGAUCUGAAAAGGGCAAUUUAACUUGCAAUGAAACCUUGUGCAUGCAAAAAAUGUACUGCUCUGCUACUAAGCUAUGGUUUGCAGAGUGGGUGGGGGCUUGAAUGCCUCUUCUAACAGCGGCAACCUUCGCAAGAAACCCAACAGAGAGAAAAAAGCCUGUCCCCUUGCUACCUCCUUUGGAGAGACCAUUGUGACAGUAUGCCUUCCUGGUUGCUUUAUUCCGAUUGAGUGUGUUCACUGUAAAGAGAGAGAAAAUCUGAGGUUGUGUACCCAGAGCUUCUAGUAACAAAAAGGAAGCCACAAUUCUCUACAGCUCCACCUGGUACCCAGGCUGGGACCCUAUCUGCCCGCGGACUGUCUCGCCAGAGUGGUGCAUGCUCUAGUUAUCUCCCACUUGGACUACUGCAAUGCGCUCUACGUGGGGCUACCUUUGAAGGUGACCCAGAAACUGCAAUUAAUCCAGAAUGCGGCAGCUAGACUGGUGACUGGGACUGGCCACCGGGACCACAUAACACCGGUCCUGAGAGAUCUGCAUUGGCUCCCAGUACGUUUCUGAGCACAAUUCAAAGUGUUGGCGCUGACCUUUAAAGCCCUAAAUGGCCUCAGCCCAGUAUACCUGAAGGAGCGUCUCCACCCCCAUCGUUCAGCUCAGACACUGAGGUCCAGCGCCGAUGGCCUUCUGGCGGUUCACCUCACUGCAAAAAGUGAAGCUACAGGGAACCAGGCAGAGGGCCUUCUCGGUAGUGGCACCCUCCCUGUGGAAUGCCUUCCCAUCAGAUGUCAAGGAAAUAAACAACUAUUUGACUUUUAGAAGACAUCUGAAGGCAGCCCUGUUUAGGGAAGUUUUUAAUGUUUGAUGUUUUAUUGUGUUUUUAAUAUUCUGUUGGGAGCCUCCGAGAGUGGCUGGGGAAACCCAGCCAGAUUGGGAGGGGGUAUAAAUAAUAAAUUAUUAUUACUAUGGUGGUGGUGUCCAUUUCGUCCCUUUACAUCUCUGUGACGAAACUUCUAAAUACACUGCAAUCAAAACCAGAGUGACAACUUAGCACUCGGUUUAAUAGGUGCUAAUAAAGACAGCGGUGGGACUCUGCCCCCUUGGUGCUCGCACUGCCAAUAGGUUCUGAUAUCUGAAGAUCCCUAUUAUCAAGAUCAGGACCCAUCAACAGAAUGGAAUCUGAAAGCUUCUGCAGUGCCACAAUCUCUUCCUGUUAGAGAAUCAGAUUCUGUGGCUUGAUCUGUUGUGAUUUUGGGACUGAUGGGUUUUUCUGUUCUAAUGAGGGUUGUUGAACUGGAUUGAACCCUGACUCUUUAUAUGCAGUUUCUCUACAUUUCCCCCCAAGCUAAGAACUAGGAGAAUCUCACCUUCUGGCAUUUCCCUUAAGAUAGUGAUGCCUUACUGAGAAGGCAGGGAUGGAGCAUUCCCUGGCUGCUAAAGGCUACCGUAUUUUCAGCUGGGCAAAGGGCCAUUGAGGGGGCGACUGCUUCGCCUUCUGCCAGUGUGACAACAAUUGCAAUUCUAGGUGAUCUGAUGAGUGAUAUUGGGUGAUGGGGAGAAAGGGUGAUUAUCUCUUUCUCUUUCUCCAUUAAGCUGCUCACAAUUUUAGCAUUAGUAGGAUAUAGUGCAUCUAUGAGAUCCCAAAUUAGCAAUUGUUUAAACUAUUUAAUCACCCUAGAAACGUCUUCCUACGAACAUUAGAGACAGAAAUAUAAGUACCCUAUUAAUUGCAGGCAGUUUCCAUUCCAGUCUUUAAAUGGUGGUGGUAGUGGUGGGGUUUUGAAACCCUCCAUUAUUAGCUUUACUUUUAAAUCAAAUUAAAAGUAAUAUAAACUGAAUAAGAGCAGCAGAGGGAUUAUUUAUUAAAGCGCCUUGUUCAUUUUAUGUAUUAGCAGCUAUUCCCUAAGGCUUGAAUUACUUAGGAAUGGAAUAGUUUGUAGCCACUUGCAAUAUAAUGAAAUAGAGCAUUUAAAUUCAGUGCAGAACUUCCUUCAUUGCACACAGAGUCCCGGGUUUUGCUUUAGUGACCUUGGUUUUUAAUUUUCUUUCUUUCGUUCUCUCUCUCUCCCCACACCCCCAGUUGAUGCUUAUGCCUCUUGUCUUGCAUCCUCUAUUAUAGUUAAGAGGAUAUGCUGUACUUCUUCACUGAAUUGUCAGAUUUGCUCAUUGUUUGGGGGAAAAGGAAAGCAAGUUAGAUAUGGUUCAGCUUCCUUAUUUAAGUUUAAAUGAACUUGCCAGAGCUGGCUUUUCUUCUUCUUUUUUUAAUCUGCUGAAAACACAUGGGCCAGCCUUUCCUGACAUUUCUCUUAAGGCAGUGUUGGGGGACACACUGACUAAUAUUGUUUUGCUGGGCUUACGCAGCUUCCAAGCAUGCUUGCGGAAAUGUUAGCUCAUCAUAAACUUAGCAGAAUUAAAGUUAAUUAUUUUGUGGUUCUGAAGCAAUUGUUAUCUUCUGGAAAAAGGAUUUACAGAAGUGCUAUAGCAAGCAAAGAGAAUCGGGAAGAAUUGCAUAUGACAACCCCAUAUUUUUCAAUGUGUUUUUUAAGGAAAGAGAACAUGGAAAAGCUACACCAAGGUUAUCUGUAUCCUGAAUGCAAACAAUUUACCUAAAAACACACAUGCAAGAUUUUUAAAAAAAUGUUUUAUAGGUAGAUCUUCUUAUACUUCAUAAAUCGUUUAAACCAGUGUUUUCCAAACUUGGGUCUCCAGCUGUUUUUGGACUACAGUCACCAGCAUCCCUGACCACUGGUCUUGCUAGCUAGGGACAAUGGGAGUUGUAGUCCAAAAACAGCUGGAGACCCAAGUUUGGGAAACACUGGUUUAAACCAAUAAGCCAUUCCAGCUGUUUCUGUGAGACUCAAAGGUCUUGCCCAUCUUGACACUCUAGAGCAGGGGUAGCCAACGUGUUGCCUUCUAGAUAAUUGUUGGACUACAGCUCACAUCAUCCCUGACUAUUGACCAUUUUAGCUGUGGUUGAUGGGAGCUGGAGUCCAGCCACAUCUGGAAGGCAUUCUGUUGGAUCCUGUGCUCUAGAACCUCUCAAAGCUUCAUAGAAAUUUGCCUUCCACGAGGUCAGACUAUUAUGUAUUCUGAGCUCUCCAAGGUCUCCUAUAACCUGCUACUUGAGCCUUUUAUACUGGGAGCUAGGAGGGACUGAGUAAGGGGACGCAGGUGGCGCUGUGGUCUAAACCAGUGUUCCCCAACCUUGGGCCUCCAGCUGUUUUUGGACUACAACUCCCAUCAUCCCUCGCUAGCAAGACCAGUGGUCAAGGAUGAUGGGAAUUGUAGUCCAAAAACAGCUGGAGGCCCAAGGUUGGGGAACACUGGUCUAAACCACUGAGCCUCUUAGUAUUGCCGAGCAGAAGGUCGGUGGUUCGAAUCCCUGCGACAGGGUGAGCUCCCGUUGCUCGGUCCCAGCUCCUGCCAACCUAGCAGUUCCAAAGCACACCAAAAAAGUGCAAGUAGAUAAAUAGGUACCGCUCCGGCGGGAAGGUAAAAUGCCGUUUCCGUGUGCUGCUCUGGUCUCAGCGUUCUGUUGCGCCAGAAGUGGUUUAGUCAUGCAGGCCACAUGACCUGGAAAAACUGUCUGCGGACAAACGCCGGCUCCCUUGGCCUGUAAAGCGAGAUGAGCACCGCAACCCUAGAGUUGUCUGCGACUGGAGUUAACUGUCAGGGGUCCUUUACCUUUAGCUUUAGGAGGGACUGAAACUACUUUUUAUGCAGAGGAAAACCUGCUCCUUGAUCUUAGGAACCAUCAUGCAAACAUUAGUUUGUGGCAUCUUAAGAAGUGUCUGAAUGCAUAGUGAACAAACAGCUUUUCAAAAGAUGUAGAACAAUUUAUUCCAUAACAGUGAAUGGUAUUUCCCCCAGUCUACCAACAUGUAAAAUAAUGGUUAUUUUCACAAUUUGACAUAUGGCACCUUGUAUCAGGCCUUCACUUCUCUGCUCUGCUAAGUCAUCAAUAAAUCACCAGUUACAUAGACUUGCUUCCUAAGUGGUAGGUGCCUGCCUCCCCCCUCCUUGUCCAAUGCAUGCAUCUCUCAGAGGAAUAUUCUUGGCAGAUAUGAUGGCUGGGGUAUUGAAUGUAAAAUGAAUGUCAAUUUAUGUUAAGCAGUCAUGAUAAAUAUAUAGAACCUCCUGAGAUGGCUCAGUUUGCAGUUGCUGUAGAAAAAAGCUGAAUUGCGCAUUUUCUGCAAGCAAAUGUGGUGAACUGCCAAGAGGAUUUGCUGUCUUAACAGUCUGUGUAUAAGCUUCCUAUUUUAAGGAUUGUAUUAGUAGUUCGGUUUGCUCUUUUAGCAGCCCAGAAUGAUUACUGUAAUGACUUUUGUUUGAGUGGCAAGCUAUUUAUUGGAAGUAAGAAAGGGGGAUAUGGGGCAAGGGUCCACAAAUCCACUAGCUGUGCUUAUCAUGGUGAGAGUUAAUCACUCUCCACUGGCAAGUCGUGGGAGGAGCCACCGCCUUCCUCUCAUUCAUGGAGCUAGAGAGAGGGAAGAUUCUCAUCCUUGCAGUUGUAUUGUCCUCCCUAUGUUUUCCAAGUGCCUUGGAAACGCGGUGAGACCAGCCAAAACCUAGCCCUUUUUCCUGAGCUCGGGAGCUGGAGACUGGUCAUUCCAGAAGUUCUGUUGCUGUUUAUCUGCAGGCAUAGCACAACUGUGGGGAUGAUAAGCUCGGCAGAAGGGAGACAGACCUGUGGACUGUUUUCACAGGAGUGCAUGUCUAGUUUCUCCAGGCAAAUGCCCUCUCUGCCCCAGGUUUGAAAGAGGGAUUUCAAAGCACUUGCUUUGCCAAGUUAGUGGGUCGUUGGGUGUAAGCCCCACAGGACUCGGUGAAAUUUAAUUCUGAGUAAAUGUGCAUUGGGUCAAGCUUCCUUAGAAUUUCAUUAAAAGGGGUUGUUCAUCUUGUAGUGAGGUACCUGGAAUCGCCACUGGAAUUACAAUGUUGGCUUUUUCAAAGUUCACCAGCUUCUUGCAGGGGUUUGGCUGCAGCUUCAGUUAGUCACUACUGUCCUAUUCUUGUGACGCAGCAACAAGUACCAAUUUCUUGCUUGUUUCUAGAAUAGCGGCUUCAUUUUAUUUAGUCCCUGGGCUUGUUGUUCCAGCAAUGAAAAUGGUGCUGUGGAGCAGGGGGACAGCACAGCAAUUUGUUUUGGUGCCCUUAGCUGGAGGGCCGCAGCUUGAGAAAAGGAAGCGGAGCUGGCUUUGCCAUUUCCAAUUUUUGUGAGCUUCAUUCUACCAGAGUUCCCACGCCCCGUAUUCCAGCAGAUCCUGCAUGACUCCUGCUAUAACUACUGCUAUAGCGUUGUUGUUGAAAUCUCUGUUUAGUGCACAGUGUUCUCCAGCUUGUAAUGCUCAACUUUAUUACCGUUUGAGUUCCAUUUCCCUGAAGUGCUUCUCCUCCUCAGAAUGGUAAAUGAGAUUAUUUUUACUUCAAUAACAUUGCAAAAACAUGACCCUUAUUUUCUGUUCCCUAUACAGAACCCAUGCCUGGUUAUUUUUCAUUUUGACCAAUGCAGUCUUCUUCUCUCUGGUCUCCUAAUGUCUCGCCGCUCAUGUCCAUCUUGUGCUAUGCUGUCAAAAUUAUUCACCUGAUUCUUUGCUCUGACCGUGUGACACCUCCUCCUUAAAUCCCUGCACUGCUUUCUGUCCACUCUUGGAUCCUGCAGAAGCUUCUUGUCUUUAACGUCAAAACUUUCCUUGGCUUUCCUCACCCAUCCAUUAGUUCUUGGACCUUAUAUCCCGAUAUAGAUGACACUAUUUCACUAUUAAUUAUUUUGAGCUUGCACGAUCUGCAUUCAGUAGACUACGUGCCCAAAGUCAGCUUCCUUCCAAAUGCAUGCUCGGAUGUUCCUCAGCGUUAACCCCUAAUUUCCAUUGCAACGUUUUAGUACCACCAGUACAUAAACGGUAACAUUAUGAAAAGGAAGAGAACUCAUGGAAACCAGAGAAGCCUUUUCUGAAUUAUCACUGAUAACGGAGUGAUCACAUUUUCUGAAUUCGCAUUUUUCAGAAGUGACAUGGGCUCUACUUAGAAAACUUAACAUUUAAGAUAUGGGCAAGACAGGGUGGUGUGGUAAGUGUAGGGUUCAGAGUAUGUGGGCAAAUAAUGGGCACUAGAGGAGCAGGUAAUGUGGGGCUUAGGUGAUUUACGUAAAGGUAAAGCGAUGCCUGACUGUUAGGUCCAGUCGUGACCGACUCUGGGGUUGCAGCGCUCAUCUCGCUUUAUUUGCCGAGGGAGCCGGCGUACAGCUUCCGGGUCAUGUGGCCAGCAUGACUAAGCCGCUUCUGGCGAACCAGAGCAGCACACAGAAACUCCGUUUACCUUCCUGCUGGAGUGGUACCUAUUUAUCUACUUGCACUUUGACAUGCUUUUGAACUGCUAGGUUGGUAGGAACUGGGACUGAGCAAUGGGAGCUCACCCCGUCGCGGGGAUUCGAACCACUGGCCUUCUGAUCAGUAAGCCCAAGAGGCUUUGUGGUUUAGACCACAGCGCCACCCGCGUCAAUUGGCAAAUGUAACAUAACUUUGGUUCAGGGGGAGUGGUGACUGGUGGUUUUUUUGGGUUUUUUUUUACGAAAAAGACUGAAACAGUCACCAGGAAAGGGUAAAAGGGUCCUUUUACCUUUGUUGUUGUUGUUUAGUCGUUUAGCCGUGUCCGACUCUUCAUGACCCCAUGGACCAGAGCACCUCAGGUACUCCUGUCUUCCACUGCCUCCCGCAGUUUGGUCAAACUCAUGCUGGUAGCUUCGAGAACACUAUCCAACCAUCUCAUCCUCUGUCGUCCCCUUCCCCUUGUGCCCUCCAUCUUUCCCAACAUCAGGGUCUUUCCCAGGGAGUCUUCUCUUCUCAUGAGGAGGCCAAAGUAUUGGAGCCUCAGCUUCAGGAUCUGUCCUUCCAGUGAGCACUCAGGGCUGAUUUCCUUAAGAAUUGAUAAGUUUUGACUUCUGGGGUGACGCCAUCGGCAAUGGCGGAUUCCCUCUGAUCUGGAGGGACUAGCUCCACGCGAAACGGGUCUUUUCCACUACGGCGAAGCCGGGACCCAUUCAAAAAUCACAGGCGGAUGAAGCCUGUGACCAUGGGACUCGGCGGGCACCCUUAGCGCCCCCCCCAACCCGCAAAGGAACCCACUAACAGGCUCCAGAGCGAAGAGGGGGAAGUGGCGCGGUGCUGAGAGUCAACUGCUUCUUCCGUGGAGCGAAGCCGCACAGCCGUUGCCGGAGAGCGCUGCCUUUUUACUGGGACAAUUUGGCUUCUAAAAUAAUCACCCGUGAGUACCUAAACUCGGACAAUUGGACUUUAAAUAAGGACUUGUGAGCAGAAAGGAAAAUUGGACUUUUUUACCUCAAUUUGGCACUGAAACGGGAAGGUCUAAACAGGAAGUCAGCCUUCCGUUUCUUUGUAGAUAGAUUAAAGCAAAGACAUGGCAAACUAGAGCUCAGAAAAUCGCCUGUAAAAGAUUAACUUUCAUCAUUUAAAAUUGUUGAACCCCCCUUCGGAAGCAGGAGAAGAGGGGGGAUCUUUUCGGACUGUUUAAACCUGCAGAAGUGAGGGUAAAGUAAAGUAACUUUCCACCGUCCUGAUCCUGGAGCGGGGUGUUAGGACUGAUGUUUUUUGAAGCUCAUUGACCAGAGACAACGUUUUUGACAGAUAGCCAUAAGAAGAGAAACAUUGAUUCCAUUGUUCCCCCUCGCUUUUUAAAGGAACAAAUAUUGACAAGAUAUCUGAAAAAGGAAACUUUGUUACUAGACUUGUUUUUAAAAGAAAGAACAAAUAGAAGUUUUCCCCCUAGAGGGAGACUGUGAAACUGUAACCAACUCCGGGGAGCUUGCAGCUGUCACAGAUUACAAUCGUGGGAAUAGACUUCUGACUUUGCAGGACAAUGUAUUCAGAAGCUCUGUUGUGUGCUUUCUAUAAAACAAAUGCCCUACUGGAACAGUUACAUGAGAAGAUGAAUUUGAUGACUGAUUCGAUCAGAAAUUGUAAACAGGCAGUGCGAAAUUUUGAACAGGCAGUGGGAAAAUAUAUGGAGCCCACCCAGGAAUUAAAUCAGGAGUGUGCCCUGACAGAACAGAUGAGGGAAGAGGAUGUUGCUGAAUCUUGGGCGCCAGAGAUGGAGGGAGCUGUGGCCCAACAGGAACAUGAGCUUUUGGAUUUGACAAAUGAACUUGGAAAAAGCCAGAUUUGGAAAGAAAAAGUUUGGUUUGGUUUGGAAAUGGGGGGCUGGAUAGACCCCCCUAUGCAGGGAUGUUUGGACUUUUCAAGUCUGGCAAUGGGCCGUGAGAUGUUUGGGGUUGUGGGGGCUCCUAAUUUUGGAGGGAUUUUGAAACAUGUUCUUAAAUACCACAUGGAGUUUAGUGUGGGUUAUGGAAAAGGGGCUGAUCUGUCGAGAAGGGUCAAAAACAUUGUUAAGCUGGAGUUCCCACGAGUGAAACGAGCAGGAGACAAGGGAAAAUACAGUUAUAAAUAUGAAGAAGAGCUGCGGAAGGGACAUGGAAGAGACUUAAGGGCCUCGGAUAUAAGGUUACCAGGUUAAUGCGCUAGAUCGAUGGGAUAAUAAGGACUGACAAAACCCGGGACCAGGAGGAAGGGACACUGGAUGAAGAUUGGAUUGUUUUUAUUUCUUUUUUACUACUAGGAUUGUUUUAUAAAAUUGAUGAAUGUUAGAAAAAUGUUGGAAUGAAAUUACUUGGCUUUAGUAAAAAUGCGUAAAGAAUAACGUAAGAAUAUUAUGGUUAUGAGAAGUUGGUAAAAAUAAGAUUUAAGUUUUAAGGUUUUUUAUAGUACGAUAAGAUUAAAAUAGUUUAAGGUAAUGUAAUGACAGAAUAUUAUGAAAUAUGGAAAGGAUUUGCUGCGACAAUUAAUAACUAGGAUACAAAAAAAGGGAGGAGGAGGAGGUCAAAGAAAGAAGGUAAUGACAGUUGAGGAUUUGAGAAUAAUGGAUUUGUUUUUAAAUGUUUGUGGUGUAUUUUUGAAUUUGUAUUGUCUGAUGUGGUUUGUUUUUUUUCUUUGCUCUUUCUUUUUUCUUUUUCUACCUUGUUCUCUUCUGUAAUUAAAAAAAUUUUUUUUUCCAAUAAAUAUCAUUUAAAAGAAAAAAAGAAUUGAUAAGUUUGAUCUUCUUGCAGUCCGUGGGACUCUUGAGUCUCCUCCAGCACCAUAAUUCAAAAGCAUCCAUUCUUCGGCAAUCAGCCUUCUUUAUGGUCCAGCUCUCACUUCCAUACGUCACUACUGGGAAAACCAUAGCUUUAACUAUAAGGACCUUUGUUGGCAAGGUGAUGUCUCUGCUUUUUAAGGUGUUGUCUAGGUUUGUCAUUGCUUUUCUCCCAAGAAGCAGGCGUCUUUUAAUUUCGUGACUGCUGUCACCAUCUGCAGUGAUCCUGGAGCCCAAGAAAGUAAAAUCUCUCACUGCCUCCAUUUCUUCCCCUUCUAUUUGCCAGGAGGUGAUGGGACCAGUGGCCAUGAUCUUAGUUUUUUUGAUGUUGAGCUUCAGACCAUAUUUUGUGCUUUCCUCUUUCACCCUCAUUCACCUUUUACCUUACCUGUUACCAAAUCAAUUGGUUCAUGCAGACAAAUGGUGCUUUACCGAAUGGCCUUUUGUGUGACAAUUUGCACCAAUGCUAACCUGUACCAGUGGACAAGAUUUUGAAGUAGCAGCACUAAGCUUUAAAGAAGGCUCAGUUAUAAAUUCUGUUACGCACCAAUGCAUCCAAUUUAGGUUAGGUUCGGAACUUUCCAACCUGGUGUCAAAGCUCAAAUUUUGCUAGCCUAAACUUGCUGUUUAGUCAUGCUGUACAAGACAAGGCUGCUCAUCCCUCCCCUUCCAGUAUCCAUGGCGAUUGCCUUCUGGGCUCAUUUCAAAUUUGUGAUGAUAACACCCGGCAUCCCUAAGAGAUGGCCUCAAUCCUUAUACAGUCUUUAAGAUUGGCUAGGGAUGCUUCCCCUUGAUUUCCAACCAAGUCAGAACAUGUGUGACUUUCAGAAGAAGUACAAGGCUGAAAAUGAAUAAUUAGGACAAUCAGCACAUUGUUAAGCUAAGGGUACCCUUCCAAUUAAGUACAUAAAUUGCAGAUGUUUUCAUAGGUGUGGGUGGGUGGUGGUGUUGUUUUGUUUGUUAUUAUGUUAGGCAUUUUUUUGUUUUUAUAUUGUAAACCACCCUGUGAUUCUCUGAUGAAGGAGUGGUAGAAAAAUAUAAUAAUGGUAAUGAUAAUGAUGAUGAUGAUGAUGAUAAUAAUAAUAAUAAUAAGUGUGCUUGGAGCAUUUGGAGUUCUUUGGCUGCAAUAUCCUUUUUUCAAAAACGCUCUCACCGCAAAAUGAUUCUGGACAAAGCCAUACCUGCAGAGUAGAAUUAUUGUGUUUGGAAUUACCUUGGUAUUUCUUCUGAAAGCAAUCCAUUGCGCUUUGUUAACAGGUAACACAGCUUUCAGUUUGAGGAAGGCCAAACUUAACAAAUACUUAUAUGUACCAGCUGAAACCUAAUCUAUAUUAGAAAUCUCUAUAUAAGAUUUCAGUCAUUUCUCUGUAAUGUUGCCCACUGCCUAGAUGUCUGAAACGGGCUGGGGGGGGGGGAAUCACUGAAGCUGAAUGUUCUGUGCUUCAGCUGAGACAAACAAAUGUUAUAUAUAUGUAUGUAUGUGGUGCCACUGAUGCAUUAUGAUGUGGUAAUGAUUUUUAGUGGCAGAAAGACUGCUGGCUCUGUACAUUUGAAGUUGAUUUGUGCUUUCAAUUUAAGUUUGCUGAGAGAUUUUUCUCUUUGUUGAGUUUCAGGUUAGGUUAAGACUGAUGAAUUAUUAGAUACUUUAUAGUUUCCCUGAACAGAUGGCCAACAGCAAGCAUUUUAAGUUUAAUAGUUAUAUUAAUUAAAGCUUCACUACGAACACUGCGGUUGUCACAUGAAUCAGGAAGUAUGGUUUGUCCUGUACUGGAGAUCCUUAUGAAAUCCUUGUUUGUUUGGUAUUUUGACUUAAAGAUGUGGAGCCUUUUUGCUCGUGAAGUUUUAUAUGAAUGAAUUCCUUCCCUUUAAAGAGCAACACAGCUCCAUUUUGGGAUUUGGAAAACAGCUUUAUUCUGCUGAAUUAAAUUGGGCUUCCGAACAAGUGUGGUUCAGAGUUGUUUAAUCAGUAAGCCACUUAGAGACCUGGGUGAUCCUUGAACACUUGGAGGUUGGGGAUGGGGUCAGUGGUUGCAGCCCCAACCACCCAUUCCUUAAUCCGUUUACACCCAAAUAAAAUUUGAAGAUUUUACUUCCUGAUGCGCCAGCUUAAAAAGCAAGAGAAAAGAAAAGGAAAAAACCUAGGAUUUUCCCUUGUCUCCUUCUGUUAUUAUGUAUUAAAUGUCAGGAGCUCAUCCUACUCUCGAGUAGGACCCUGGCAGAGACACACGCCUGACUGGCAUGUUCCCUCCCUCCUGGUUGAUCGUUUGGGAGCUUCAAAAGAUUUCUUCUGCCUGAACAUCACAGCGACCGAUGGCAACAGACAUCGGCACACUUAGGGAUCCGCAGAGUUUGCGCAUCAUGCGUAACAGACCUCAGCAACUCAGCAUUUUGGCUAAUCUACUUUAUUUACAUAUAAACACACACACAGCACUGCAACAGUGCUCCCUCUCUCUCUAGCAUCAGACAACAAAGAGAGAAAACAAAGGACAAUAGUCCCACUUCACAGAACACAGUAACACAAACAUCCUGUCUCCGUCACUUCCCACUCUGUUGAGUCAAAACAUAAACCGUCAUGUGAAAGACAACAAUCCCAUGACUGCAAUCAUGGAGCAGGAAUUCUAACAUUAAACCCCUGAUAUGCAUGCUUUAUUGCUUGAUGUAGUUCCCACAUUUUCUUUUCAGUCCAACACUGGCGAUCUUGAAGUCUUGCCAAAACAAAAGUGUUGGGAAUUGCGAAAAGCUUAAAUUAAGCAAGCCUAGAGCCUACAAAUCUUGUUGGUGUAAAACCAAAGGUGGGGGAGCUGCUGUACUUUGGGAUGGAUGCACCCUUCCCCCUCCACAUCCCACCCUUCCUCUCCUGCAGCUCGUCUUGGGGGAAAAGCAUUCUGUUUGAGGUAACCAAAGACUUUUCUCAAGCCUGAAGGCAGCCUGGGAUGUGUUGGGCAGAUGGGAGAAUUACAUUUGGAGAGGGAAGGGUUAACCUAAUAGCUGUUGUGGGGGGUUGGACUGUCUGUGUUUAUCUGGAUCAUGUCCCUCCGUAGGUCUGCGUGGAUAGAUAGACAGACAGACAGACAGAUAAAUAAACACAUAAACAGAUUAGAGAUCGAUAGAUAGACAUAUAGAUAGAUGGGAAGCUUUACCAAGAGAUCAAGGUAAAAGUCAGAUCCAGUAGAAUUAAUUUGAGCCUUGAAAAGCUGAAAGAGGAAGUGGGAAAGAGUGUCACGCUCCUAGCUUUCUCCUUCAGCUCCAUGUACUUUUCAUGGCCAAGGGGGCAGGGAGUGGAGAGAGCUUGAAGUCUUUGUGGGCACCAGGGAAAGACCUCAGGGGCACCAUUGCACUCACGGGCACCGCCUUGGUGACCCCUGGACUACAUUUAGGGGUGACUUAUCCAUUAAGCCCAAAUUGGUUUGGCUGAGCAAAAAACUAUGCAGAAAAUAAACAUCACAAGAUUGUAUUGUGAGCACUUCAUUAAAAACGACAACUACUCUUUUUUCUGUAUGCUUGCUUCUGCGGCAGCAUCACACUCGCUCCAGUGCUGGGAAAAUAGGGAGAUGCUUGUAACACCCCAAUUCUCACAGCAAAGGAAAGCACCUGAGCUUGUUUUCUACCUUGCUACUGCACAUUCCGGAAGGUUUCUCUCCUUGCGCCCCCACUGCCCACUUGCACUUGUUUAUCUUGCCUAAAUAUCAUCUGGCCUUUGUAGUUGUUUAGUCGUAUCCGACUCUUCGUGACCCCAUGAACCAGAGCACGCCAGGCACUCCUGUCUUCCACUGCCUCCCGCAGUUUGGUCAAACUCACACUGGUAGCUUCGAGAACACUGUCCAACCAUCUCAUCCUCUGUUGUCCCCUUCUCCUUGUGCCCUCCAUCUUUCCCAACAUCAGGGUCUUUUCCAGGGAGUCUUCUCUUCUCAUGAGGUGGCCAAACUAUUGGAGCCUCAGCUUCACGAUUUGUCCUUGCAGUGAGCACUCAGGGCUGAUUUCCUUCAGAAUGGAGAGGUUUGAUCUACUUGCAGUCCAUGGGACUCUCAAGAGUCUCCUCCAGCACCAUAAUUCAAAAGCAUCAAUUCUUCGGCAAUCAGCCUUCUUUAUGGUCCAGCUCUCACUUCCAUAUCAUUUAGCCUAUCCUAUAACAAUUUAGAGUAUAAGAGAAUGUUUGUUGUUUGGGAUUAAAUAUAUUGCCGUACAGUAUGUUUACAGUAGUUUGUAGGGCAUGAAAUGGAAGGCUGCACCGUGCCCUAGUGUUUGUGUGCAAGCAUGCGGAUGAUUUUACAUAGAUCGCCAACGUGGUGCCCACAGGUGCACAUGAACUCUCAGAGUUGCUUCCCCCCCCUUUCUUCCACUGAAGGAGGCCAUCUUUAGCCAAUAGACUUUCCCCCAAGCCUACUUGUGAUGUAGGAGACUAUUUUGGGCAAGCUACAUUUGGGGAUGGGAAAGUUGUGGUGUUCACAACAGUUUCUCAAUUUCUCAGCUUUUCAAAUAUGCUCACAGGUCCCAAAAGGUUAGUAACAUGAAUCUGAGAUGUCUAAUCCCUGCAGUAUAAAUAAGGUUGCUUUCCUAAAUUUCACUUGGUCAGAAGUUUUUGCUUCAAAGUUCUAGUUACAAAAGUCAUACAUUCCCAUCUCAAGAAUGAGCACCUUCAAUAUUUCCUUUAAACUGCUCUGUUGGAGUUUCUUUAUUCGCUAACAUUUUAGUAUAUUCAGUUUUGAUCAUAGAAAUAUCCCACUAACUUUUAUUUUGUCUCUGGGCCAUUGAAUUAUCCCACUAUAAUAUCCUGUAUGUGCUUUGCUUUUAACUGAUUUGACCCAUUUAAUGUUCUUCACUGCAUGGAUAAAAUUGAGUACAUGGAGGUUUUUCCUUUUUCUUUUUUUAACUCUCUUAGCCUUUUGCAGCACACUAUGAGGGAAGCAACUUCUGAAAUAACGUGCAUUAUUGUUGCCUUAAAAAAAAAAAGUACUGUUGAAAAAUUAAACAACUGUUUUCAACUGCAGCUGUUAACUGUUUCUUUUCCUGUAAAAAUGAUCAUUCAGUUGGCAGCCUGAAAUGCAUAUAUUUUAAGCUGUUAACUUUAUCCAAUCUGGGUUUUCAGAGAAUAAAAAGGCAAGCCAAGUUGUUUUUGAAACUAGCAAAAAACUAGUCUUGAAUUUUUUUUUCUAUAUGCAACUUUGGAAUUCUAGGACGUAUUGUAUGAUAUGACAAGGUUUGUUCUAUGGUUUGUCGGGGAGAGCUAAAACACAACCACUGGUCUGGACUACACACAUGGCUUAGCUCAGUGCAGCAAUAAAGUGACAGAAGAUGCCUCGAUCUCUCCAGGAGCUCAAACAUUUGCUCGUUGCCACUGUGCCAUGGGCUGGCUAAGUGUUACUUGUGAAGAAGGACAUUGUGUAGAUGAAAACAAUGUAUGUAUGCAAGUAUUGCAGUAGAGCAGGCACUUCCAACUCACAAGAGAAUGUGAUCUGCUCCUAAUAUAAAAGAAAUGGCAGUGAUCUACCCAUUGUCAUUGGAGGGAGGAGGAGCGUGCAUUUUUUCAGGGGGUGCCAAGAGUAGAGCUUUUUUUUAUUUUUAUUUUUUUAAAAAUAAUUUUUAUUAAAGUUUUAAACAAAAAAGAAAAAAGAAAAAACAACACACACAAAAAAAACAAUACAAAAUUUAACAGUAGAAACACAAAAUAUAACAAUUAAAAACAAACUCUCUUUUCCAUUCCCAAUUUUAAAUUACUUAUUUUCUGGACUUCCUCAUACCUCCCUCUUUUGUAUUCCAAUCUACAUUAUUUGUCCAGCAGUUUCUUUUCCACUUUUUUAAACCUAAUCUUUAAUUUAAUAAAAUAUUAAAAUAUAUAGCUUCAACUUUUUUUUUUUUUAAACAUAAUCCUUGUUCUUAGUGUCAUAUACCUUUAGAUUUUUCCCUUUUAUUAUCAAAUUUCCAUUUCUUUAAACAUCUUUAAUCUUGAUCUUUAAUCUUAAUCUAUCCUUAACUUUAACCUGUACAGCUGGAAACCACUUAUUUUCAAUCCAACAUCACUCUAACAUUCCUUAAUUUUGCAGUGUUUCUGAAGAUAGUCUUUGAAUUUCUUCCAGUCUUCCUCCAUCGACUCUUCUCCCUGGUCACGGAUUCUGCCAGUCAUUUCCGAGUUGAGCUUUUUUUUAGGGGGGAGUACCCUGAGUUUUUGAGCUAUUUUGGAGUGGAAAUCCUUAAGUUGGUGAGCUUUUUUGGGGGGGGGGGUGUGUCCCUUACGUUGUUGAGCUUUUAUGGAGCGGGGAUGACAAUAAAACAAUCUCCUGAAAGUACAGCGCUGACAAUGGCACACAGCGCUAAAGCCAACAUUGCUUCCGCUGGCCACCUUGACCUGCGCUCAAUGCUACUGCGCAGCUGGUGGAAGAAACUUCCGGGGUGGCGCCAUUGGCAACGGUGGAUUCCCUCUGAACUGAAGGGACCAGCUCCACGGGAAACGGGUCUUUUCCGCUACGGCGAAGCGGGGACCCAUUUAAAAAUCACAGGCGGAUGAAGCCUGUGACCAUGGGACUCGGCAGGCACCUUUAGCGCCCCCCCAACCCGCAAAGGAACCCAUCAACAGACUCCGGAGCGAAGAGGGGGAAGUGGCGUGGUGCUGAGAGUCAACUGCUUCUUCCGUGGAGCGAAGCCGCACAGCCGUUGCCGGAGAGUGCUGCCUUUUUACUGGGACAAUUUGGCUUUUAAAACAACCACCCGUGAGUAUUUAAGUUUUGGACAAUUGGACUCUAAAUAAGGAUUUGCGAGCAGAAAGGAAAACUGGACUUAAAGUUUAAUUUAAUUUGGCACUGAAACAGGAAGGUCUAAACAGGAAGUCAGCCUUCCGUUUCUUUGUAGAUAGAUUAAAGCAAAGACGCGGCAAACUAAAGUUCUGAAAAUCGCUUCUAAAGGAUUAACUUUCAUCAUUUAAAAUUGUUGAACCCCCUUCGGAAGCAGGUGAAGAGGGGGGUCUUUUUUUUCUGGACUGUUUAAACCUGCAGAAGUGAGUGUAAAGUAAAGUAACUUUCCACCGUCUUGAUCCUGGAGCGGGGUGUCAGGACUGACGUUUUUUUGAAGCUCAUUGACCAGAGACAAACGUUUCUGACAGAUAGCUAAAGGAAGAGAUACAUAGUGAUUCCAUUGUUCCCCUUCGCAUUUUAAAGGAACAAAUACUGACAAAAUAUCUGAAUAAGGAAACUUUGUUGUUAGAUCUGUUUUUAAAAGAAAAGAACAAACAGAAGUUCUUCCCCUAGAGGGAGCCUGUGAAACUGUAACCAAUUUUGAAUCGGGGAGCUUGCAGCUGUUACAGAUUACGAUUGUGGGAAUAGACUUCUGACCUUGCAGGACAAUGUAUUCAGAAGCUCUGUUGUGUGCUUUCUGUAAAACAAGUGCCCUAUUGGAACAGCUGCAUGAGAAGACGGAUUUUAUGACUGAUGCGAUUAGAAAUUUUGAACAGGCAGUGGGAAAUUAUAUAGAGCCCACCCAGGAAUCAGAUCAGGAGUGUGCCCUGACAGAACAGAUGAGGGAAGAGGACGUUGCUGAAUCUUGGGCGCCAGAGAUGGAGGGAGCUGUGGCCCAACAGGAACAUGAAUUCUUGGAUUUGACAAAUGAACUUGGAAAAAGCCAGAUUUGGAAAGAUAAAGUUUGGUUUGGCUUGGAAAUGGGGGGUUGGAUAGACCCCCCUAUGCAGGGAGGUUUGGACUUUUCGAGUCUGGCAAUGGGCCGGGAGAUGUUUUGGGUUGUGGGGGCUCUCAAUUUUGGAGGGACUUUGAAACAUGUUCUUAAAUACCACAUGGAGCUUAGUGUGGACUAUGGAAAAGGGGCUGAUUUGUCGAGAAGGGUCAAAAGCAUUCUCAAGCUGGAGUUCCCAAGAGUGAAAGAAAUAGGAGAUAAAGGAAAAUACAGUUAUAAAUAUGAAGAAGAGCUGCGGAAGGGACAUGGAAGGGACUUAAGGGCCUCGGACAUAAGGUUACCAGGUUAAUGUGCUAGAUUGAUGGGAUAGAAAGGACUGACAAAACCCGGGUCCAGGAGGAAGAGAUGCUGGAUGAAGAUUGGAUUGUUAUUUCUUUUAUUAUGAUUGUUUUAUAAAAUUGAUGAAUGUUAGAAAGAUGUUGGAACGAAAUUAUUUGGCUUUAGCAAAAAUGUUUAAAGAAUUAUGUAAGAAUAUUAUGGUUAUGAGAAAUUGAUAAAAAUAAGAUUUAAGUUUUAAGUUAUAAGGUUUUCAUAGUAAGAUAAGAUUAAAAUAGAUUAAGGUAAAGUAAUGACAGAAUAUUAUGAAAUAUGGAAAGGAUUUGCUGCGAUAAUUAACAACUAGGAUACAAAGAAGGGAGGAGGAGGAGGUCAAAGAAAGAAGGUAAUGACAGUUAAAGAUUUGAGAAUAUUGGAUUUGUUUUUAAAUGUUUGUGAUAUAUUUUUGUUUUUUGUGGUUUGUCUUUUCUCUGUUUUUUCUUUCUUUUUUUUCUUCUUUGUUUUCUUUUGUAAUUCAAAAAUUUUCAAUAAAUAUCAUUAAAAUUAAAAAAAGAAACUAGGGAGCGGCGACAUUACUUGCCGAUGAAUGACCGCAAUCAACCAAGAUCACCCGGCGUUCUACCUGUUGAUUGCGGUCAGCCGGUUGGACAUGUCUGCAGUAGAGUAUAUAAUGAAUCCUAUCCUAUCCUAGGCUUUCUGUCUCCUUCCUUAUCAUGUAUAUUUUUCAGACCUGCAGCCGCACAAAAGUCUACAGAUGUGCCCUCAUGCUUCUCCUUCCAGGUGAGCAAGAUGCAUUUCCAGGGUUUCUAGCCAGGAAAAAGGGCACAAUGCAGAGCCCAGUGGCCUGGGGAGUGAGGGCCGGAGAGUGGGAGCCGGAUGGCCAUGUUUGACCUCAGAGCUAUGAGGUUCCCUACCCUUUGCCUGCCAUGAGCUGGCUAUCACAAAAGUUUUUGCUAAGGCACUGCACUUAAAACCUGUCCCCAGGUGGUAGAUUUCACUGAGAUUUGUUGCAUGUGCCUCACUCAGCAGCCACAGAUAAUUUUCUGUUGCCGACAGUUAUUAAAGCGCUCGCAUCCUGCAUUCCAGUUCCGCAAGGUGGUUACCACUAUUAUUAAAACUACAAAUCUAGAAACAAUAAAAAAUUCAAAACGGCAACUAACAUGAUUUGAUCCGCGGCAUCAAAAAACCCCAUCAGGAAUUUUUUUUAAAAAGACUUUAAAAUGCUUUCCUUGUGAUCAGACGCAUUUGUUGGUUUACAGCUGAUAUGUGGAAGGAAUUGAGGUUUGUUUGAAUUAGCUCACGGAAAGUUAGGCAUGAGCCAGACCAGAGUCUGGUGAUGCAGUUCCUCCUGAAAUUCCACCAGAGUGCCAGGGCCUCUCUCUCUGAUUGGCUAAAGAGUCAGCUAGUCACACAAGGGGGGAGGAGCAGCACUUUGGGAGGGAGAAUAAAAGGAGCAGUUUCUGAGGGAGAGAGUUAGAGAGGGCUAAGGUUCAGGUUAUGAGAUAGGGCUUGAUUUAAGAGGAGAGAUGGGGCUGAAUAUGAGAAGAUGGAUAGGGCUUGUUUUGAGAUGGGGGUUAAGGAGUGAGGUAGGGAGUAGGAUAGGCUCUGACUGAGGGAGAACUGGUUCUGAGUUCAGUUAAACAUCCAAACUGAGGAGAAUAUUCAUAGCAAGAGGACAGAGACUCACAGCUUAGAUAGGGAGACCGGGUUGAGGGUCUGGGAAACGUAGACAGACAGGAGCGUCCCCUGGGUCUGUUAUGCAAUUUUGGAAUACCUCAGGAGUGAGAUUGUUAAGUGAGUGGGUAACUGGGGAAAAGUGCCCCUCGCUCCUGAACCAGGGUAAUAAAUCUGUGAAGGAAGCUGUUCUGCAAUAAAGAUAUUUAACGGAACCACCUGUCACAGCUAAGUAACAGAAAGUGAUUUAAGCAUCUUACCAACUGAUUAAUAGUGACUGGAGUUUAAGUAGAGCUGUGCCUAUAUUUAAGCCUGUGACAUCUUUUUUGCCCACUUCUAGUACUAAACUAAGUUCUCUUUGUUGAAAACACUUUUCUUGUUUGUUUGAUCAACUCCUGCCUGGGACUCUAAAUCAUUCAAUUUUCCCUCACACAAGUCCCCCCCCUCCCCCCCGCGGCAUCCUGUGGUAAAUUUGCAAAACUUCCUAUUAAUUGGUGGACAAUGAGGAUUGUGCGCUGUAUUUAAUAGGGGGCAGUUAGCGGGGCAAAUCUGCCGCAUUAUUAAUUGGUGAUAGGUGGUUGGAUCCGCUACAUCAGGCACCCUUUGGUUUUAAAUAGAAUAUGAGCUUGCAGGUGCUGGAAAUACAAAUGGAAAGCAGCAGGGCUGGGGGGGGGGAAGGGACAAGUGAUGGCAAUCUCUGAUCUGUCUCAACAGACUAGAACACAUUCAUUAAUUGCCUUUAUAUCCUGCCUUUCCUCCAAGGAGCUCAAAGUGGUGUACAUGGUUCUCUCACAUUUUAUCCUCACUGCAGCCUUCUGCGGUAGGCUGUGCGGAGCCCAAGGUAGUUCUCCCCCCCCCCCGAUGAUCUUUAUUGAAUUUUUAGUUACAUACUGUACAUAAACAUACAUUAUAUUUCACAUUUGUUCUUGCUCUCCUGAGCUGACUUCCCUCCUUCCUUCUUCUGGCUUUUUUGUGUCCUCUUUAACUUUUCGCAUUGUCUUUGUCCAUUUUCCACAAGAUUGUUCUUCUUUAUUUUUUCCAUUAAAUGUCCGUAAACAAAUAAAUCUUUCUAUAUAUACAAAUUCUUGCUGUCUGUCUAUAUUCAUUUACAAAUAUUGUUCAGUAAUAAUCCUAAUAUACAUUUUUAAUUCAUUUUGAUAUUAUUAUCCAGUAAAUUUCUUGUAUUUUCCCGUUAUGAGAUAUUAUUUUAAUUCUACUGGUUUCCUUAUUUCACAUCAUCUUCUCUAUAUAUAACAUAAAUUUUCCCCAUUCUUUUUGAUAUGUUUCAUCCCCCUGAUGUCAAAUUUUUGCUGUUAAUUUGGCUAUUUCUGCAUACUCCAUAACCAUAAUAGAAGAAUGGCAGUACAAGGUUACAAGAGCCCAAGGUAGUUCAGUGAGCUUCAUGUCUGAAUAAGAUUUUGAACCCGGGUCUUCCCAUUCCUGUUGCUGAUGCCAUAACUACUGCACCAGUUUCUUAUCAAGAUACAGUCUUGCAUGUGUUUCAGCCUGUGCCAGUCAUUAUCCAACUCCUGUUUAGCACAGGAACCUCUGGUGUGGUUUCUUGGCAAGUGUGAAUCUUGUUUAGACUCUGACCCUGAGCACCGCGCUGGCCUCUUGGUGUCCCCUUGCUGAUCAGCAGAUUACCCUUCUGUGUAUCUUUUGCUACAUACCCUUGAUCUUUAUAAUUGGCUUCUGAAGGGUCUGUUUCAUCUAAUCUCUUUGACAAUCGCAAACGCCAUUGAUUACCUUUAAGUCUGAAGAAAAAGAGAACUUGCCUUUUAUUGCUCAGUUGCCUCUGAGGCCAACACAGGGCAAGCUCUUUUAAGAGUAUGGAGUAAAUAUACUGGUGUCAGACCAAUUACGGUAAACGAGACUUCUGCAACUUGGGGCCCUCCACAUGCCCCAGCCAGCCUGGCCAACAUUCAGGGGUGAUGGGAGUUGUAGUCCAACAAUAUCUGGAGGGCACCAGGUUGUGGGUGGGCAGUUUAAAGCCUUGUCUCUUGGGGCCCAGAGACAAACAGUGUUGUGAAAGCCAGCCAGCUCAACCAGCAUCUGCUCUGCAUGCAGAAGGUUCAGUCCUCGGCAUCCCCAGGUAGAGCCAGAAACCCUGGGGAGCCACUACCAGUCCGUGCAGACAGUACUGAGCUAGUUGUACCAGUGGCCUGGCUCUGUAUAAGGUAACUGUUGGGAAACUGUAUAUGUGCAGCUACUCACACAGAGUCAAUUAAGGUUUGGCAGACAGCCAGAAGGUCAUGUCUGCCUGGUGAUAACAGAGACAUGGAGACAGCUCCCUGAUUGGUCAAGCUCUCUCAAGGGAGUGAUAAUUAAUGGCCUACUAACUGGAAUGUGUUGGUUCGUAGUUCAGAGUUCAGUAGUUCAGAUGUUCUGUGUCAGUGUAGGAGUUGUGAAUCGUGUAUGAGAGAGCUAGCUAAAGAUCUGUGUUCUGUUCCUAUAAAUAGUCCACUGUACAGUGGUGCCUCGCAAGACGAAAAGAAUCCGUUCUGGGAGUCUCUUCGUCUAGCGGUUUUUUCGUCUUGCGAAGCAAGCCCAUUGAUGGGAUUAGCGGAUUAGCGCUAUUAGCGGCUUUUAGCGGCUUUUAGCAGCUUAUCAGCUUAUCUGAUAAGCAGAUAAGCGGCUUAGCGACUUAGAAAAAGAGGGGGGAAAGGGGAAAAAAAACCCAGGAACUCGCAAGACAUUUUCGUCUUGCGAAGCAAGCCCAUAGCAGAUUCGUUUUGCGAGGCACCUCCAAAACGGAAAACUCUUUCGUCUAGCGAGUUUUCCAUCUUGCGAGGCAUUCGUCUUGCGGGGCACCACUGUAUAUAAUAAACACCUAACUACAAGUUCCUGGUUCCUGCUUUGUCUAUCCUGUCUGCAGCCAAGUUGCCAAUUGCUUCUGUGGAUUCUGUGUGUACUCUGCUAGGUCUGGCUAAGGUCCUGCAACUAGUCGGAAAGUUGCGAAACACCAAAUAGGUUUUGCCAAUAGUCACUUCUUAUGCUCCUAUGAAAUUAUAUCUUCCUCCUGUGUCAGCGGCACCGACUCACUGGCUUCGAAAAAGAGAGGAAGGCAGCUGAGUGAAGAGGAGAGGUUUGGUGUGCAGAGAGAGCUAUCAGAGCAGACAGAUGAUUCAUAAGCAGGAUUGGGCCUUCUGACGGAUAGUGGAGCCCAUCCCUUGGCAGAGGAGAAGUGAUUAGGUCUUGAGGAGUGAGAAAAUGAGCAUGGUCUGAACGAAUCUUAUGUGCUCUGUAGAGAAUAUCUCAUGCAGUCUUGGUAUCUCAUUAGAAAAAAUACCUGCUUACAAGUUGGGGUGCUGGGUGUAAAAUACUGAACUUUGUGACUUUCUUAUGUGGUCAGUCUUUAAUGGGAUAUUUGUUUGUCUACUUUGAAAGAACAGAGAAGAGUGUGCACCACAGCCUCCCCCCUCUCUUAUACACACACACACACACAAAUACACUUCUUGCGAAAAUUGCCUUUUUAUAGUUAAUCGUUUAAGUACACCAAAUAUCUUCUAAGUAAUUUACAGCCUGUCUUUUCAACUUUACUCAACCAUCAGCUCUCUCAAAAACUCCCCUUUUCCAGAUUCCACCUGGGUAUGAUUUACUCUUUAUUAGUCUAGUAAAAUGUGACAGGAUCAUCAAGUCUUUCUGAAGAGUUAUUUCCAACAGCAUUUUUUAACACUUCUCCGCAAAUAGGGCAAAAUAAACUAUAUUGACAGCGUGACUUGCCUUGAAUCUAUUCUCAAAGACUUUGCAAUGCCUGAUUGCUCAAUAUAGCAUCUUUUUGAAGGUACAGAAAUAGAGCAAAGGCCCAUCAGUUGCCAUGUCAAAGAAUGAUUUUUGUGUCCUAAGAAAGAAUUAAGUUGCACCAUGGGGAGCCCAAAUUGAAGUUGUGUUGAUUCAUUGAGACAGCAUGCAGUCAGGGUCUGGUUCAUGCAGUUUCCUGCUCAGCACAUACCCUCUUAGCAUUCCCCAGAGAUGUGCAUGUGUGAUAAAAAAUAAGGCAUGAUUCAGACAUUCAGAGAUUUGAUGGGGACUAACUUCUAUGGUUAUCUUCCCACCCCCCAAGCUACUGGAUCACAGAAAAUUACUCUUGGCCAAUACACUUUGGUGUUUGCAUUAUAUGAUAUGUUUGUCCAUGACAGCCUCUCCCAACCCAAUGUUGAGUGUUGUGUAUGUGCCACAGAAGUUCAGUCAAGCGCUUAAGUUCACCACAGGAAACAACUGUGUAGCAGAGAUAGCUUUUACUUAGCAUACACACACACUAUAGAUGCACACUACAGUCGCUGCAAGAAGUCUUCACUCUCUGAGCCCAGAGAGGGUUCCAGCUUAUAAAAUUCUUGCUGGGACAAAGUCUACACAGCAAGCGCAAAACCCAGUUGCUAACAAAGUCCUACAACUGCUAGAAUUCUCUCAAUCCAGAAGUCUUGCAGGUUGUCCAACUUUUCUCAGAUAAGCUCUUCACAAAGGCUUCCACACUUUCACAAGAUUGUUCCAACAAUCUCCACAUCUCCAAAAGAUUCUCCUGUACUUCCCAACAAUGGAUGCUGUAACUUGAGCCUUGUCUACCCAAUGCUACAUGAUAGGUUGCCCAGCAGCUCAGAUAAGACAGUCACAAGACACCUGUAGUUAUACUUUUCUUAACACCCCAUUCCUUUCAGAUGUUUUAGACUACAACUCCCACCAUCCCAGCCAGCAAGCUGGUGUAGACUGGUUCUCCCCAAUUCAGGAAUUUGAACACUAAUUUAUUAGGUAUGCUAACUCUGAUAGUAAUUUUAAGGUGACCUGAAAAACCAAUUGUACUAUGCAGCUUGAAAGCUAAAUAGCCAAAAAGUGAUCAAAAACCAAGUAGAAGAUAGUAAUCCUGCAUGUUAAUCCAACAUUUUUAUUGCCAUGGGAUAUUAGCAUUACGCUCUUAAUACAAAACAGUAAAUCAACAUAAUGUCUCGUAAAGAGACCCAUUAGCAUGUUAGCUGGGUAUUACUGUUCUGAUAAACUUUGGAGAUAUAUUUGUUAUUAAAAUGUGCUAAAAAUAAUGACUAUAAAGCUGAUAGCUUUUGAUUAAUGGGAUAUCUUGAUUAUCCUGAAACCCAAAGUAUAAUUACAAGUUGUAAUUCCCACCGUCUAUUCAAAUGUUGUGGAAAUUAAAUCUCUUAUUAUUUCCGACCUUUAUUACAAUGAUUUGUUAUUGUUGUCUUAUAUGAACUAGCCAGAGAAGGGGAACCUCUGGCUCUACAGAUUUUCCCAUCAACCACAGCCAAAAUGGCCAAUGGUCAAUGGACUUUCCAUACCUCUAAGGAUGGAUGGAUCAGUCUAUUUGUGCUCUGUGUCACUUUUGCAUGUGUUGAUUCGUGAUUCUCUUCCAUACCCUUUCCACAUUCAUUUGCAGUUUAUAAAAAAUAUGUAUGAAGGUUUUCAAAGUAUUUCUUAUCAAAAUUAAAAUAGGCAUUUCUAAAUGUAUUUUAUCGAAGCAAGCAUUUCUAAAUGUAUUUUAUCUCAAAGUAUGCAUUUUAAAACAUAUUCCUGCUUUUUGUUGAGCUGAGAACUACACUGCGACAUUUGCUGAAGUGUGAUAUACGAUGGGCAGCACUGUUGUGAUCUGUGCACCAUUGUGAAAUGUGCAGAUCAAGUCAGUUCUUAUUGAAGUUUGCAAAGGUCUGUUUCUUCCAGCCUUCCUAUAUGCUUCUGAUAGCAAUUCACUUCAUGGGAGCCUGUCUUAACUCUUGAACACUGUGGUUUGCAAACCAGCCACUUGGAUUCAGACCUACGCAGACUGAUUGUGACCAUCUGAACUCUGAUUUUCACUAAAGUAAAGCUAGGCUGAGAUUUAAACUAAACAGAUACUCUAUGUCACAUAGAGGAGGGAGAAAGGUUGUUUUCUGCUGCUCCAGAGAAGCGGACACGGAGCAAUGGAUCCAAACUACAAGAAAGAAGAUUCCACCUAAACAUUAGGAAGAACUUCCUGACAGUAAGAGCUGUUUGACAGUGGAAUUUGCUGCCAAGGAGUGUGGUGGAGUCUCCUUCUUUGGAGGUCUUUAAGCAGAGGCUUGACAACCAUAUGUCAGGAGUGCUCUGAUGGUGUUUCCUGCUUGGCAGGGGGUUGGACUCGAUGGCCCUUGUGGUCUCUUCCAACUCUAUGAUUCUAUGUGGUUUAGGAGCGAGGGGCACCCUGUAAAUAAAAGAUGUCCUCUAAAAACUCUGCUGGGUUCACUGAUUGCCUUAUAUAUAUAUAAAACUAAUGCCUUGCUAUGUGUGAAUCUUACUUCCAAUUUCAGUCCACAGAGUCACCGUCAUAAUUCCAUAGCAAAGUUAUUUAAUAGUAAGGGCAUCAGGCAACUACUAAAGCUGCAUUGCUUUUGUGGAGAUGAAAUAUAAAGUAUAGAUGGCUGAUAAGUGAUAAGAUUGUUUCUUGAACUAGCCGAGGAUGAUAAAUGUGGCAACAGAAAUCUUUCAUGAUCAGUUCCAACGUUUUCAGGAAAUUUUCAGGAAAUUGUGCCUGCCACACACUAAUUUAUUGCCUUUAAUAUAGUUUCAGAAUGCAAGGUUCUCUCCUUUUACUUUAAAUCCAGUCUUGCAAGCUAGUAUAGACAAGAUGUUUGGAACACUUAGCCUGUCCAAAUUUGAAAUACAAGCUUAAACUGCCGUUGCCGAAGGAAUAAGACAAGGUGAUUGGAAGCCCGAGGCCAAUUAUUUGGGUUCCCUUGACUCUUGCCCCUUGUGACCAAUGAAACCUGCCUGGUCCAGGUUAUGUGUGCUCUUCAGAACACCAUAUCAGGGCACCAUAUUGGUGAACCCUCCUCUACACUGGUUCUGGAUGAUGGGCUUCUUCCUGAAGUGCGGAAGGAAAUGUUAUUUCAUACAUAUUCUGAAAUAUUUAAAUAAUUGCAGGUUGGUCUCAAAUUAGCCACUCCCUCUUUAAUUUUUUUAAAAAAGCAAGAUGAAUAAGUUGGCUGUGGUGUGACUGCUUAAUGAAUUCCAGUGUGAGACUUCCUGGAACAUGCCAGCUGGGCUUUAGGGAAGGUGUCAGUACAGAGACAGCAUUGCUUUACCUCUUUGGUGAUCUGCAUCUAGAGAUGGACAGAGGGCAUGUAACCGUGUUCAGACUUUUCAAUCUCAGCAUUUGACAUGCUUUGCCACCUAAUUCUUCUGAACUGUCUGGGAUUGAUGGGAAAUGGGGACGCCACUAAUAAUAUACUAGCUGGGAUCCUAACUAGUGCUCCAUGGGUGACAUGGAGGAACCUGGAGUCCAGUGGAGGCAUUUUUCACUGAUCCUUCCUUCCCCAUGCAGACCCCCACAUUGCCCCUCAGUAUCCUCAAGAACUUCCCCCAACACCCUGGAACAGAUUUUCAAGGGGGCAAAGGGGGAAGGGGAGAGGGGUGAAAAAUGCCCCCCUUCUGCUGGUCUGGUUUGUGGAAUCACACCCAUGGGAUGCAGCCACCAGUGGAUGCAGCCAUAUUUCUGUCAAAAUGUGCAUCCGUGUGUCACAGUGUGUAUGUUCUCAUGUAUUUCUUUUUAUAUUUAUAUGCCACCUUUGCAACAAGGAGGCCAAGGUGGCGUACAUAGUUCUCCUCCCCAUUUUAUCCUCACAACAACCCAGUGAGGUAGGUUAGGCGAAGAGACAGUGAGUGGUCCAGGGUCACCCAGUGAGCUUUGUUGCUGAGCGGGAAUUGGAACCCUGGUCCCCUCGGGUCUUAGCCCAGCACUCGAACCACUGCACCCCACGGGUGCUCCCUUGUGUUUGGGUGCAGGCAAACACAGGGCUGCACAAAGGGCUCUUUCACGAAUACUGCUGAAUAUGUAUACUGUUGUUGUUUAGUUGUGUCCGACUCUUCGUGACCCCAUGGACCAGAGCACGCCAGGCACUCCUGUUUUCCACUGCCCCCCGCAGUUUGGUCAAACUCAUGCUGGUAGCUUCAAGAACACUGUCCAACCAUCUCGUCCUCUGUCGUCCCCUUCUCCUUGUGCCCUCCAUCUUUCCCAACAUCAGGGUCUUUUCCAGGGAGUCUUCUCUUCUCAUGAGGUGGCCAAAGUAUUGGAGUCUCAGCUUCAGGAUCUGUCCUUCCAGUGAGCACUCAGGGCUGAUUUCCUUAAGAAUGGAUACGUUUGAUCUUCUUGCAGUCCAUGGGACUCUCAAGAGUCUCCUCCAGCACCAUAAUUCAAAACUGAAUAAGAGCUGUUCGACAGUGGAGUGGUCUCCCUUGGGAGGUUGUGGACACUCUUUCCUUGGAGGUUUCUACGCAGAGGCUGGAAGGCCGUAUGUCAUGGAUGCUUUAGCUGUGAUUUCUGUAUUGCAGGGGGUUGGACAAGAUGACCUGGGGGUCUCUUACAAUUCUGCAAUGCUAUGACUCUAAGACCUGUUUCUAGUGCUAAUUGAAUGUGGUUAUCUACCCCUUUUAUGUAUGUCCUCCAGAUAGGAACUACAUCUAGCUUUGUCAUCCUUGUAUGUUUUGUGCAGUUGUAGCCCAGGAGAGGAUCUUCUCUGUAUAGAAUUUCCUCCUCACAGAGACUCAUCCGGCACAUUCAUUCCUGCAUUGCAGGGGGUUGGACCAGAUGGCCCUUGCUGUCCUUUCCAAAUCUAUGAUUUUGUUGCUAUUGUUGUUGAUAGACUUCCUUCUGCAGAAUAGCCCCCUGCCCUCCUGGUUGCCAGAUAUUCUAUGGCUCUGAAUAACGUUCCAUCUUGAAUGGUGUGCGAAGGCCAUUUCCCACUUCCCGUUAUAAACACAACUAAUGUGGCUGCUUCACCUCCGAGCAGUUUCUUCAUUUUAGGCGUUUGCAUUCCAUUAGGAUGCAAAAGUGUUGCUUCCUAAUGAUACUCUCAAAGAGCUCUUAAAGUGAUCAGAAGCCACUGCUAUUCCCUGUUGGCCCUUGCUGCAGUUGGUCGGCUCAUCUUUUUUUAAGUUCAUUAUAUUUUCCUUUUAGGUUUGGGAUGCUGUGGAUCGGGGCCGUUGCUUGAAAACAUACCUUUGCCACACCUGUGCCGUUCGAGCUGCCCAGUGGACCCCCUGUGGGAGAAGUGUUCUCAGCGGAGGGUUUGAUUCUAUGCUUCAUUUAACCGAUAUUGAAACAGGUAAAUAUUAAUACAGGCAUGUGUUUUGGCUUGCAUGUGAAAUACUAUUUUCUUACUACAUGGAACAUUGUGGGGCUUAAAAUGUUAUUUUAAAAGGUAUUCAGGUCCUUAGAAAGUUUAGUUAAUUUUAGUCAGUUUUAGUAUUUUAACUUUUGUAUGUUUUAAAGUAGAGUCGCAAACCUUUCUUGAUUUUACUGUUUUAUCUUCUAUAAACUGCUUUCAGGGUUUUUAAAAUCAAGUGGUGAAUAAAUUUUAUGAAUGAAUAAGUAAAUAAACACGGGGAAAGGGGCCAAACUACACAUGGCAGUAGUAAAUGCAUAUUUGCAUCUAAGGUGCAGCUUUUAAAAAAUGCAAAUUGAAUCAGCUUUUUAUUGGCUGGGUGGGGGGCAAGGUGAAAUGUUAAUUAAUUGGAUCAGAACAGUUAUGGAAGGGAGAUUUCACCAUUUUCUUCAGUGCUUGGUUCCAAAGAAAUUCCCUCAUCUCAAGCUAGCUGCAUUGGGAGGUAACCUCCCUUAAGCACUAGUGAGUGUCCUCUGCCUUCAGAGCAAAUUCCAGCUUCAGAAGACAAAUUUUCUUUGAGACAUUAGCAAGAGAGGAAAGAGUUAAAUUCCCCUCUCCACAUGCUUUGAUUCUUUUAAUUAUCAGGCCCCCACCCCACCUCAGCUGCUGCAAUCUGCAUUUUUUCCCUAACAUCCCCCCCCCCCCAUAUUGGAUGCUAAGACACAUUUACUGCUGUGUCUAGUUUGGCCCUAAGUUGUACUGAAAUCAAUAGGUCUUGCUUCCAAACAAGACUGUUAAGGACGGCCAUUUAAGCGUUUAAUUACUUCAUCAAUCUGUUUUUCUAGGAGGCCUUUUCUAACUUUCUGUUGUUUGUUUGUUUAGUUACUUCCAGUGGUUUUUAAACUAAUUCCUCCCAUGCAAGCUUGACUGUUACAUUAAUGCUGGAGUUGCUCUGUCCCAACUCCUAGCAGUUCAAAAGCACGCCUGUGCGCAAGUAGAUAAAUAGGUACCGCUGUGGCGGGAAGGUGUCCGUGUGCUCAGGUUUCCGUCACGGUGUUCCCAUUGCACCAUAAGUGGUUUAGUCAUGCUGGCCACAUGACCUGGUAAGCUGUCUGUGGACAAACGCCGGCUCCCUUGGCCUGAAAGUGAGAUGAGUGCCGCACCCCAUAGUCGCCUUUGACUGGACUUAACCGUCCAGGGGUCCUGUACCUUUUUAAUGCUGGAGUGCAGGGGCAUGGUGGCAAUUCAAACUAAAGGAUGGCUAGUAAGCCAUGUUAAUAUUAUGUGGCCCCCUCAUAGUACCUUUAUAUUACAGGGCUGUGUGUAGAUGUUUGAAUUUUAAAAAGGGUAGGAAUUUCUCUUGAUUUCUUUUAGAAAAACAGCCAUGAAACGAGCCAAAAUGAAGAUUGCCUGGACAUAAUUUUUCAGCGUAUGCAGUGAUAAUCAAUUCCUUCAGUUUUGUUAUGGCAUGUGUUUUUAAUACUUGCAGCUCCAAGGGCAUACCAUACUCCGAAUAUAAAAUCCAUUAAAACUUACGUUGGAGUAUUCACAUUUCUGGGUUAAUCAAGCUUUCAUAUUACCACUUACGAGUUUUAUGGAUCCGCUUUGCUUGUAGUUCAGUGGGAGAGCGAGUAAUGUACCGAAACUUUCUUUUCAGAAAAGUCCAUUUCUGCAUUGUGUCUUUGGGUCAUUUUCCUUCUUGCAACUGCAUUUCUCUGGUAUUUUCUUUCUCGCCGUCAUUAUAGCGCAACGCCAAUUGUAACUGAAGCUAAUGGACUGAGUUCCCCGUGCUCUGUUGUUAGUGGAUGCUGGAGACAAAAGUAAAAAAUUGGCAGCUGCUUUUCUAAGCUGUAUGGCCUUUAUAUGCGCGUAAAGCAUCAAGUGUCAUACAAAUUUGUUUUUGUACAUGCCCUUCAGGAAGCACAGUGCACUUUAUUAUGUAAGAUAUGAAGUCAAUUUAAGGCUGUUGUUAUGUGAAUUAACAAGCAAAUUGGCACAUGUGGAGAAUUAGUUCCUUGGGUGGCUCUAGGCAGAUUUUUGAGCCAUCAUCAUCAAUAUGAUUAUUGUUGUUGUUAUUAUUAUUAUUAUUAUUAUUAUUAUUAUUAUUUGCACCCCACCCAUCUGACUGAGUUGCCCCAGAUACUCUGAGUGGUUUCCAGCAUAUACAAAAACAUAAUAAAACAUUAAACAUUAAAAGCUUCCUGAUACAGGACUGAUAAUUCCUGAUAAUAAUAAUAAUAAUAAUAAUAAUAAUAAUAAUAAUAUUUUUUUAUUUCUAUCCCGCCUUCCCCAGCCGAAGCCGGGCUCAGAUACAGGACAGAUGAGAUGUGUGCAUGGGUAUUCCUAUCUAAAGGUUGUAAAGAUAGGCCAAGAAUAAUAAUAGAAUCACAGAAUUAUAGAGCUGGAAGGGACCCUGAGGAUUAUCUAGUCCAACCCCCUGCAAUGCUGGAAUAUGCAGCUGUCCCACACGGGGAUUGAACCUGCAACCUUGGUGCUAUCAGCACCAUGCUCUAAUCAACUGAGCUAUCCCUUCUGACUAAAGAGAAUAAAGACUUAUUUGCUGCUGCCCUAAAGGGUGGGAUUAGAUCUAAUGGGUUUAAGUUACGGGAGGGCAGAUUUCAGUUGAACAUUAGGAGACGCUUGUUAAUGGUAAAAGCAGUUUGUCAGUGGAAGCAAUAACUUGGGGUGGUGGCCAGGGAGGUCUUGAAGCAGAGGCUGGGCAGCCAUCUCAUGGGGCUGCUCUAGGUUUGGAUUUUAUGCAUAGAAGAGGAAGUUGGACAAGCUUGCCUACAAGGCUCUAUCAAACUAUUCUCAUCCUGCCUGGAAAGGGACAACUAUAGCACAGUGGUAGAUCACAUAAAGUAGAUGCACCAUAAGAAUUGAUGCUUUUGAAUUAUGUUGCUGGAGAAGACUCGUGAGAGUCCCAUGGACUGCAAGAAGAUCGAACCUAUCCAUUCUUAAGUGAUCACUGGAAGGACAGAUCGUGAAGCUGAGGCUCUGAUACUUUGGCCACCUGAUGAGAAGAGAAGACUCCCUGGAAAAGACCCUGAUGUUGGGAAAGAUGGAGGGCACAAGAAGAAGGGGACGACAGAGGACGAGAUGGUUGGACAGUGUUCUCGAAUCUACAAACAUGAGUCUGACCAAACUGUGGGAGGCAGUGGAAGACAGGAGUGCCUGGCGUUCUCUGGUCCAUGGGGUCACAAAGAGUCGGACACGACUAAACGACUAAACAACAACAACAACAACAACAGAUCACAUGCACUGCAUGCAAAAUGCUCUGGGUUCAACCCCAGACAACUCCAGAUAAGGCAGGGAACGACUUCUGCCUGAAACCUUGGAAGAGUUGUUGCCAGUCAGUGUUGACAAUACUGAGCUAGGUAGACCAACUGACUGAUUUGAUCUAGGGCAGCUUUCUAAAUCACUGGGUAAGUAAGACUGCUCCGAGGUUCUGUAAGAUAGGCAGGUGAGAAUAAGUGGUGCUCGGAAUCAACCCCGCCUGAAGAAGCAGCUUUCAAUAUCAUAUUAAAAUGUUUAUAUUUAAACAGGCAUUUCAAUUCAUUGGCUUUUGACUGAAUUUUACAAGAUGCUUCUGUUUUAUAUAGCUUGGGAAUUUUCCAGUGUAUUAUCAUGCAUCUGUUAUGUCUGUGUGUGUGUAAGAGAGAAAGACACACACAGAGAAGCAGGUUCAAACAACACAGCCAGUUUACUCUGAACACCUCCCUUUUUCCUUUCUUGUUUAUUGUUACUCUGCAUUUCUCACCGAUACGUCAGUAGCGCUUUCAGUAAAAGAAAAAAUCAGAACAAAAACAACCCAGCUUGUUACUGGAAUCCAAAUUGGGUGCAUUCUCACUUGAAAAACAUGAAGCCAGCUGUACAGAUUAGAGCAGCCUUAUUUCACUGAACCGUUCAUUCACCUCUCUCCAUCGCUCUUCACCAGUGCGGAGCUUAUUUCAGCGUUUGAUUAACUUCGCUUAGAUGUCUUCCAUCCAUGGCGUCGUGAGCAAACUUUCCUCUCUUAAUUACUUUUUUCACGCCGGCUUGGAGGAAUUGUUCCUUGCUCAGGCCUCCACAGCACUUCAGGCCCGUGGACUGACGGAGUCCUCCUCCCUCUUCUGCCACUUGUGUGGAGAAGGUUGAAGUGCCUUCUUUGCUUGGAACCCUUCCGUGCUUUCUGGGGAACAAGUAAGGUCCCACCUUACAGGGCUGGCAUCAAGGGCUUGGCGUGGUUGGGCAUCUGCUGAGGGCCAUGCCUCGUGGUGUGGUGGGAGCACUGACAAGAACCCACUGAACCAUUUCCUCUUCCACCAUUUCCUUCUCUUCCCCUUCCUCCUUUUCACCCUUGCAACCUGCUUGAUGGUGGGAAGGAGGAGGAGGAGGAGAUGCCAUUGCCUGCUUGCCUAUUGGUUCCCUGCCUGGCAAGCAAGCAAGUGGUGAUUAUUUAUUUAUUUGUUUGUUUGUUUAUUUAUUUCAUAGAAUUGUAGAGUUGGAAGGGACUCUAAGUGUCCUCCACCCUCCAGAGCAGAAGAAAACAAGCUUGCUCCAUCUUCCACUGACAACCCUUUAUAUAUUGGAAGUUUGCUAUCGUAUCUCGUUGCAGUCUCCUCUUUUCCAGGCUAAACAUACCCAACCAUUCCCCAGUUGGGGCAACUGGCUAAAAUGUCAUAAACGGUUCUAAUUUUGGUUCCUCUGUUUCAUUUUUGUUGGGUUGGUGUUGGUUAAAUGUUUGGUUGGGGUUGGCAGUUACUUUAAUUUGGGUAUAACUGUAAACUGUAUUAUUAUUGUUAUUAUUGUUGUCGUUGGUUUUUAUUGGUUUAUUGGUUGGUUUGUUGCUUGUACAGUGGUACCUCGCAAGACGAAUGCCUCGCAAGACGAAAAAUGCGCAAGACGAAAGAGUUUUCCGUUUUUUGAGUUGUUCUGCAAGACGAAUUUCCCUAUGGGUUGCUUCGCAAGACGAAACGUCUUGCGAGUUCUUGCGAGUUUGUUUCCUUUUUCUUAAAGCCUCUAAGCCGCUAAUAGCCGUGCUUCGCAAGACGAAAAAACCGCAAGACGAAGAGACUCGCGGAACGCAUUAAUUUCGUCUUGCGAGGCACCACUGUAUAGGAUAUCUUGUUUUUAAAUGUUUGAUGGUUUGGUGUGUUUUAUAUUAUGUAAGCCACCCAGACUGGCUGGGGAAACUCAGCCUGAUGGGCGGGAUAUAAAUUAAAUUAUUAUUGUUGUUAUUUAGUCCAACCCCUUGCAACGCAGGAAUCUCAACUAAUGCACCCAUGGCAGCAGUGGCGGACUUUGCGGGCCUCAAACUUCAGCGUUGCCCUGUGUGACACCAAAAUCCGGCAUCCCUCUGCCUCUCUUGCUCCAUUCUAAACGAUAGUUGCGGCAUCCCCUGCGGCAACCCUGCAGCUCCAGGCACAAUGCGACCAGAGUAGUCCUACUCCCCUAAAACUGCCUCUGAUGACAGAUGGGCAUCCAACCUUUGCUUAAAAGCUUCCAGUGAAGUACAGUGGUACCUCUAGUUGUGGACACGAUCCGUUCCGGGGUGCCUUUUGCACCCCGAAAAGUCUGCAACUAGAGUGGCGCUUCUGCGCAAGCACGGAGCACGAUAGAGCAUUUCUGUGCAUUCGCGAAGCGUGCAGAAGCGUUCUGCGUGUACGCACAACGAAACCCGGAAGUCUACACUUCCGGGUUUGCUGCGUUCGCAAUCUCAAAAGCCGCAACGUGAAGCCAACGCAACAAGAGGUAUGACUGUAGAGUCCACCAGCUUCCCAGGGAGCCCAUUCCACUGUUGAACAGCUCUCACCGUCAGAAAGUUCCUCCUGGUUUUUAGUCGGAACCUCCUGUCCUGUAACUUAAAGCCACUUAAAAUUCAGGUCCUGCCCUCCAGAGCAAGCCAGCUCCAUCCUCCAUGCGACACCCUUUUAGAUAUUCGAAGCAAUCCUUUGCACGAAGCCUAGGUUCCUCUGUCCCAGCAUGUAAUUUUAUAUAUUAUUAUUUAGUCAUUUUUGAGCAUGUUGGCAACUCCUGCUGGUCACUGAAGCUCAGCGAAACCCGUCAUACUAAUGUAGUUUUGAAAUUUAUGUUUAUGUGUUGUGGCAUUUGCAUAACAGCGAACAUUUUUAAUUAAACUGCCGUCUCUUUGUCACAAAGGAAACAAUGCCAUUGCACCUGCAGAUUGCUGAGGGGGGGGGAAAUCUUGUUAUUUGGAAUCAAAGACUUGUAGGGUUGGAAAGGGAUCCUGUGGGUCAUGUAGCCCAACCCCCUGCAAUGCAGGAACCUCAACUAGCGCAUCCAUGACAUCUGUGCACCCAACCAUGACAGAUGGCCAUUUGCCUGCCAUGAAUGCAGCGUUCUGAUUAUCGCAACUGAACUGCCACUCUGGGAUGAUUUAAAAGCACUUUCUUUGGUGCACUGCAGAUUGCCUAACAUUACAUUACAUUAGAGUUCAUGAAUUAAAUAUAAAUGCAUGCCCGUCAUAGAUUUGUUGGGUCUAGAUUUAAGAGGGAAAUGUAGGUUACUUAAAGGUAAAGGUAAAGGACCCCUGACAGUUAAGUCCAGUCGCGGAUGACUCUGGGGUCUCACUUUACUGGCUGAGGGAGCCUGCGUUUGUCCGCAGACAGUUUUUCCAGGUCAUGUGGCCAGCAUGACUAAGCCGCGAAACCAGAGCAGCGCACGGAAACGCUGUUUACCUUCCCACCGGACCAGUACCUAUUUAUCUACUUGCACUUUGACGUGCUUUCGAACUGCUAGGUUGGCAGGAGCAGGGACCAAACAACGGGAGCUCACCCUGUCGUGGGGAUUUGAACCGCUGACCUUCUGAUCGGCAAGCCCUAGGCUCAGUGGUUUAGACCACAGCGCCACCUGCUUACUUACUAGGUUACUUAGAGCUUGCUUUAUGACUUUGCUUCAUUUCUCCCCAUUUGUAUCCCACUUCAAGUGCUGCUUUAAAACAGAGAAUGCCCAGAUAAGUAAAUUAGUCCAGAAUCUGAAGAAGCCCUGUAGUUUUAAUGGUGCUCAAGGUGCAGACAGAGAUUUUCCUUAUGCGUCCAAUAAUUAGGAUUAAAAGUGGAGCCAUCCAUAUCACUUCCACUUCUAGAGGGCAUAGCCAUACUUUUCCUUCAGUGGCCAGGGGCAGGGAACUUGUGACCCUCCAGAUGUUGUUGGACUAAAGCUCCCAUUAUCCCUGACCAUUAUCCCAUUAUCCCUGGGGCUGAUGGGAGCUGUAGUUCAACAACAUAUGGAGAGCCAUGGGUUCCCCACCCUUCAUUAAGGCACAGGACAGCAGAACCUUCUUUGUGGUUUUCCUAGCAAAUUCUGUUCAGCCACUUCAUUUUUUUAAAAAAAGAUUGUAUUAAAACUUCUGGAGCCGCUGCAUGCAAAAUGCGUGCUAAACUAUUGAGUUAUGGCUGCUCAACAUAAUUUAAAUGAUGAUUUUAAUGUGUUAACUGUUAAGUUGUGGGUGAACAUAUCAGAUGACACAGCAAUUCUUCGAACAGCUCUUGUUUCUUCACAGCCAGAACACGACUGGGCUGAAGAGUUCAGCCAACCUGCUUAUAUAGAGCUCAACUACAAAGCAACAGUAACAACUUUCUGUAACUAUCCAAUCACUGAACGUCACUUUCAAUUCCUUAUUUGCAUAUGUGGACCUGAGAGAAAACUAUCUACAGUAUCCCCCUGCUGGCCCAGGGUGAGAACUUCAGUACAUAACAGUAACAACUGGGGACUACAGCAAACUUUUGCAGUUUGUAAUGCCACUGUUCAGGAUUUCAACCUAUCUGUUCCAUUUCCUCCACCCUGUUUCUCCCCUCCCCUCAAAACAGUCAGCAUUCUGUGGCAUUUAAGCAUGCUCAGGUCCUCACUUUGGCUGUUUUGGGCUUCUUUCCCUCCUGCUGGGUUGUUGUUUUUUUAAUACGUUUGUAUUUCUGCAAAUUUUCAAGUUCCCCCAGACCUGCUCACACCUGCCUCUCGUGCACGGAAGAUACUGUUUGGACUAGGCAGUAAUAAGAAUUUGCAAGGUGGCCUCUAUUAUUAUUAUUUUUAAAAUACCUUCUGUCACUGCAUAUCACAGGAAACACUGCUUAGCCUACAUUGGAAAUCGGUCGUGUUCCAUUGUUUCUGUAAUUCUGGGAAGAACUAUACCUUUGGGAAGAAAAGGGAUUUUUAUUGUGUAAAAUGUGAAGAAAUGUGAUGGUAGUUACUCAAGCAGCCCGCAUCUGGAGAAAAGCUAUAAAUCAUCAACUAGAACAUUAGGUGCACGUUAAAAGUUUAAACAGUUUUUAAUAAUGUAGACAGAUCUGCUGUGGAGUUGCCAACAUAUAAAUGAGACCAGGACCUGACUUUAUACUACGAAAUUUUACUAAGAGUAGGGGUGGGGAAACUGUCGUGAAAGGGCAGGGCUCUGAGGAAGGUGAAGAGGAUCCCAGGAAGGGGUGUAGCCAUGAUUGGUACACACCAGGACAAGCUGAAGAUGGGGAAGGGGAGGUGGGGACUUAGGACAGGGGUCAGCAAACUUUUUCAGCAGGGGGUCAGUCCACUGCCCCUCAGACCUUGUUGGGGGCUGGACAAUAUUUUGAAAAAAAAUAUGAACAAAUUCCUAUGCCCCACAAAUAACCCAGAGAUGCAUUUUAAAUAAAAGGACACAUUCUACUCAUGUAAGAACACCAGGCAGGCCCCACAAAUAACCCAGAGAUGCAUUUUAAAUAAAAGCACACAUUCUACUCAUGUAAAAGCACGCUGAUUCCUGGACCGUCCACGGGCCGGAUUGAGAAAGCGAUUGGGCCGGAUCUGGCCCCCAGGCCUUAGUUUGCCUACCCAUGACUUAGUAGGUACUUAGGCAUCAGAGGACGUUGAAGGGGCAGCUGACAGUUCAUGAGAGCUGGGGGACACAUCUCCAGAACCAGAGGUACCCCCCCUCCGUGAACAUGACAGGCUCUGAGGCGCCGUGAACAGCGAGAAGUGCUCUUAAGAGACUGAGACAGGUGAGAGUACACAGCCCAGCUUACUAGUCAAGGGACUCCUUGGGUAAAAUGCUUCAUGUGGGGAGAGAGGCACAGCUACUCAUCUGGAGCAAGCUCAGGUGUGUCAAAUAAGAUUGGGAGGAGUAAAAAGAAGAAGAAGAAGAAGAGUUUGGAUUUGAUAUCCCGCCUUUCACUCCCCUUCAGGAGUCUCAAAGCGGCUAACAUUCUCCUUUCCCUUCCUCCCCCACAACAAACACUCUGUGGGGUGAGUGGGGCUGAGAGACUUCAAAGAAGUGUGACUGGCCCAAGGUCACCCAGCAGCUGCAUGUGGAGGAGCGGAGAGGCGAACCCGGUUCAGCAGAUUACGAGACUACCGCUCUUAACCACUACACCAUACUGGCUCUUCUUCUUCUUCUUCUACUGGAGCAAGCUCAGGUGUGUCAAAUAAGAUUGGGAGGAGUAAAAAGAGAAGCAAUGCAGAGACUCUGGGUCUGCUCAACUUUCACCAUUGAUGGACCACAGCGUGGCGGUUUUGGGAGCUGCACCAGGUUGCGAUUUCAGAACUGCUUUUCCAACAAGUUCUUUCUUGGAGAUUCUGGUCUGUUUUGGUGGAAUAUUGAGGUUUGGUGGUUGUUCGAGAUGUGAUUACUGCAGAAUAAAAAGGUGUGAUUGUAUGGGUGCUUCCUUAACUACCCGAGGAAUCCUCAGGCAUGUUAAGAAAAGACAGGGAGAAGUAUUCUUGGGAAGCGUUAACUCGUUGCCAUAAGUUAGGAAACACUUCUUACAUCCCCCCUCCCCUCCACAGGCAUAGAUUUAUAGAAAAACAAGAUUUUCUUAUGCAUAACGCAACCCCGUGUGUGUUAUUCAUCAGGAUAUAAAAGGGAAUGGAAAUUGUGAAAAUGCAUUUGGUUUCACACCUUGGAGUGAACUGUUUAUUAACAUCAUUAAUUUGAUAAGUAUAAUGGCAAUGAACAGGAGAUAAAAUUCAAAUCCUUGUAGCUGAAUUUCCUGUGGCAUUAAUUUACGGCCCUGGAAAGGUUGUUUACAAAGACGAUUGGUAUUAAGCCACAGGAUUCUGUGAAGAUUACCACAUACAAUUAAAUUUAGAAAAGAGUGUCUCCAUGGGAACAGCCAGUGCCUUACUUGAGAGGAUAUGCAAAUCCUUAUUUGCUUUGAGAGUAAAAUUCUGUCUCCCUCCCCUAUCCUAAAUCAGCAACAAAAUAUAUUUUAAUCUAUUGAGGUUUUGCCAACAAAAUGCAUUGCAUGUUGUGCUGUUUUCUCAAAGCCCAAACAGUUGGAGAAAAGGCGACCGGAGCAUUCAUUCUAACGAGAGGGCUUUUCUGACUCUUGUGGGAGACAUUGCUGAGAUGCGUUCAGUGGUUUGCUUCAUGAUCAUUUGUAUAAUUCACCCAAUUUAAUCAUUCCAAAUGGCUAGCGUUUUCCCGAACUUCAUUAACACAGUGGAUAGCAGACUUAAACCAAUAAUUUCCAAACUUGGGUUUCCAGUUGUUUCUGGACUACAAUUCCCAUGAUCCCUGACCUCUGGUCUGCUAGCUAGGGAUGAUGGGAAUCAUAGUCCAAAGACAGCUGGACACCCACGUUUGGCAAACUGGACUAAAGUAUUGCCCAAGGGCAACAUGAACUGCUAAACCACCGUCUACGUUACACUUCCUUUGUUUCAUUUGAAUGCAUUCUGGUGAAAGGACAAGUAGAAAUUCAGAGAUGAUCAUUUGUCUAAUGCAGCCUCGGCCAACCUGAUGCCCUGUAGUUGCUUUGAACUACAGCUCCCAUCAGCCCCAGCUAGAUAGAGGGCACCGGGUUAGCAAAGGCUGACUUCUUCCCAACUCCCAUCAAACAUAAAGCUCCUGUUUUUUCCAUGCUCAUUCUCCUUUAUCUCUGCUGAGCGGCGCUGCUCUGUUCUGCUCCCCUUUACUUUGCAUGCUUUUUGCUGCAGUAUCUUUUGCCGCGCAUGCUGCCUCUCUAGCUGCCAAAUCUCUUCCAGUUUGAGAAUUCUUCUACAUUAAGGAACAGAACUAAGUUCUGCUGCUUUCCUACUUCCUCUCCAUCCCCACUCAGUUCUUCCAGGCUAAUGACUUUUUUUGAGAGAUGAAUUCUCCAGGGUGUCCCAUUACAGAUUAUCUCAUUUUCGUAUUAAACUGCAUUUUUGUUGCUGCUGCUAGGGAAAUGAUCCCACCCACCCUACCAAAGUAGCCUCAUAACUGCAGUUUUGGAUGCAAUGCAGAUGCACGUGCCACAACUGCUCAUUGGAUGGUGGCUGUGAUAUCAUCAAAGGAAAGGGAUACAUUUUCUCACCCUAUACCUCUGCUAAUUUAAUUUAAUUUUUAAUUUUUCACAUUAUUUCUUUAUUCAAAAAAAUCUCCAGUAAUUGAGCCACAACUCCGUGGUAGAGCAUCUGCUUCGCAUGCAGAAAGUCCCAGGUUCAGUUCCAGACGAAGCUUAGAGAAGACCCUUAAUUAAAAUCCUGGACAGCUGCUGGCAGUCAGUGUAGACAAUUCUGAGUUCUAGAAGGGCCAGUGAUCUGACUCAGCAUGAAGCAGUUUUCUAUUUUCCCAUACUGCCCACUGGUCGUAAUAAUUUCCUUUAAGGACAAAACAAUGGUUGCUUAAAUAGACUAACCUCAAAAUGCAUCUAGUUGUAUGGUUUAUAAGCAUUCAUUGUCUCGUUCUUCAGUUAAAAAAGGAUUACCGCAGCAAUUUCUAAUAGAUUUUUAAAUAUUAUGUAACAGGGCAACAGAACAGCAUAAAGUUAAGAGAGUCUGUUUUGUGAAGAAAAUGAGGAUAGAAAUAUUCAAAAUAAAUAAGCAAAAUUCAGAGCUAAAAUGACUGGAAAAAAGCUCUAAGUUUGGUGGCAGGCGAGCACCACCUGCCUCAGUUCUAGUGGUAGUUGUGACCUAGAGAAGGGCAUUUGAAGAUGGUCUUGAUGUGCCAGCAGGUUUGUGCAGGGAAAGGUAGUCCUUGAGAACCUGGAUCCCAACUUUUUUAGGGCCUUCUGUUGUAAGAUCAAGUGGGGUUACAAAUGGACCCAUUUGUUCUAUUGUCUGGGGCCAGUCAUUAUCCUAGCUGUUGUAUUUUGAACCAUCUGUACAUCCCAGACAAAGUCAGCCCCAAGUUCAACAUACAUGCAGUCAAAAACAACCACAUAUGUCUUCCCUCCAUUUCCCUCAUCUUCCUCUGCUUCCCUUGAAUUUCAGAUUGUAAGCCCCUUGGGACAGGGACCUGUUUCGUAUUCUCUAAAACUGCAUGCAUCCCAAUGGUUAAUGCAGUUAAUGGGUUAAUUCUCCAGAGUCAGCUGAGAUGACUCAUUCCCCACAAUGCAUCUGCUCUCUUAGGGCUCUCUUAUCUGUGUUAUUGGGCAGAUUUGGCAAGUGACUGUAUAAAAGGGCUCAAGUUACAGCAUAUUGUGAGGAAUAUUGUGUGGUAGGAGAUUGCAGGAAAUGUUGCAGGCUAUGUGUUGGAAUUCUGGAUUCAAGCGAAGACUUUUUGAAAAUAUUUUUUGUGAAAGAAGAAAGAAAGAACUCAGAGAACUCUAUCAGUUGCAGGACUUUGCAAGCAACUGAACUAAGGAUUUGGUUAUGAACUUUAACAGAGCAAGGACUUUGAAGCAAAGAACCCUCUCUGGGUUCAGAGAAAGAAGACUACUUGUAACAUGUGUAGAUAGUGUGUAGAUAGUAUGUAUAGUAGUGUAUGUUGGUGUUGGCCUAGUAAAGACAACUGUCUUAAACACUUGACUCAGCUUCUGCAGUGCAUUUAUCCCAACCCUCCCCCCCCCAACAUGGUGCUAUAUAGACAAUGCCAACUUUCUGAUGGCAUUCAGGAAAAAGUCAAAGAAUUUUCAUUGAGCAUUACUAGCACGUAUAGUUCUGAAAUAAAAUUGUGAAACCGUAAAUCCUUACUUCCAAAAAAAGUAACCUCCAUUCUUCUUUUUUGUCACUAUUUUAGGAGCACAGACUUUUAGCAGUAGGACUGACUUUCGAAUUAGCACCUUGAAGUUUCACCCUCUUGAUCCGAAUGUUUGUAUCUGUGGAGGAUUCAGUCCAGAAGUCAAGGCCUGGGAUAUCAGGUCUUCCAAGGUAAAAAUAAAAUUGAGUAAAAAAAUUACUUGUAUUUGCUUUUGAUAAGCAUCCUAGGAAGGGAAGAUGCAUGUGGAUAGGUAAUGAUGCUUUUCUGGAAUGGAUAAUUGUCAUUUUCCGUUGAAGCAGCAUGGGAACACAAUUUUAUCAUUCUUGCUGUCUCUCAAAAAGGUAAACAGUCAACUACAAUCUUUGAUGUGCUUUCCCUGUAAAACAAAUUAAAAAGAAUAAAGAAAAUAUGAACACAUCUAAAAAGUUUAUUUUACAUUCAGUUUUAAAUAUCAUUUCACCUCUCUGGUAAGUCCAGGAGUUGUCUGCUGUUAAAGAAUACUUAUUCACUAGGAGACAUCAGUUUGUAAGUAAGCACUUGACUGCUAUAAUACUCAACUGUGAGGUUUUCAAAACUAUCUCUGUUUUGUCUGUUCACUUGUAAGAAUCUUUUUCAUUUUAUAAGCUCUACUCUACUAAUAACUAUGUCUGGAUCUGACCACCACUUGGGGUCCCUAUGCAUGCUUCCCUGGGAGCAAAUUCUAUUAAACCUAUUGGAGCUUACUUGUGAGUAGGCACGCAUAGGAUUGUUCUGCUAGGAUUCCUCUUGCCUGGGAGCAGACUUCCUUGAACAUAAUGGGACUUACUUACAAGUCAUAGCUGUCAACUUUUCCCUUUUUUAAAAGGGAAAUUCCCUUAUUCUGAAUAGGAUUCCUCUCAAGAAAAGAGAAAAGUUGACAGCUAUGUUACAAGUAAAUGUGCAUAGGAUUGCACUAUUAGGAUGUGGCUCAAAUUUCUGCUCAGUCAUGGAAUAUAUAAUGCACAAAUAUCAGGAAAUACAGGAAUUGUACUUCUGAGAGAGAUGAGGCUAAUUAAUUAUUAACUUCGCAAAUUGAGUUGUAUGAUAAAUAUAGCCGACUGCAUUUUUUAAAAACUGACUUAAUUAAGAAAUAAUGGUAAUAUCUCAUUGUGGUGCAAGGCAGCAAUCAAAUUCCCAGGAUUGCAGACCAAGACUGUUGGUUUGUUAUGGCAGAGGCAAUUGAUUAAGUAAUGUAAGGUCUCUUGUGCUUUUCUAUCCAUAGAUAGACUGUGAAAAAACUGAAAGCUUGUCUGCAUAUUCUGAAAUUUCAGUCAGCCCUGCUUAAAUCCACAAUGCUGUGUCUCUUGGACCUGCUGUAUGUGUUCUCCUUGGAAGUCUCAAAACCAUUCUCAUACAACUUCAGAGUUUGUUCUGUAUUAUCAGUAUAGUUCUUUACUGACUUUAAAACCCUUUUGUUCAAAGCCUUUUCAUUCAGUGGUCUUAAUGGUAUUUUUUAUUAAGCCCUCUUGCAUCCAACUAUCUGCACUAAUUCUAUCUUGGCUUCCACCUUCUGCACAAAGAUCCAUUUAAAGCUGGAAUGUUUUGUGAUCUCCUGCCACCCUUGGGGCCAAAGUAAAUGUGACGUCAGAAAGUUCAUGCAUUUAAGGAUGAAUAUGGGAAUAGUGAGGCGCUGGUGGUUAAGCUUAGCUUUCAGCAGCAAAAUAGGUGUGUGGAUGAGGAGCACAGAUUUCACCCACUCCUUUUCUCUGUCUUUUACCAACCCAUAGUCCCUCUUUUCAGUCCCUCUUCUCCCAAGCCAGUCAUAUCAGAGUGGGUUUGACCGUGGUAGUUGACCUCCAUUGGGACAGUGCUGGAUUAAACCCAGUGGGAGGCCCCUAGGCAGUUGAAAUCUUUGGGGCGAGGGGCCUCUCAUAGAUCAUCUCCUAAUAUGCCUUUGAUUUUACGCUUCUACAUGGCUACUCGUGAAUAUUCUAGGAUCUGGAGUCGGUGGGAACUCGUGACACACCAACAAAGCUUCAUAUCUGGAGGUUUCUUAUGCAUGCACUCUAGUGGAAUAGCAAUGAACUAAGAAAGCUUGAUUGUAGUUUUGUUCCAAGAUCAAAGCAAUAUUAUUAUGAUCCAUUGUCAUGGGGCCCCUAAAAGACAUGGGUCCCAUAGACUGGUGCCUACUGUGCCUAUUUGGUAAUCCAGCACUACACUGGGACUUGGAAUAAUAAUAAUAAUAAUUUAUUAUUUAUACCCCGCCCAUCUGGCUGAGUUUCCCCAGCCACUCUGGGCAGCUCCCAAUCAAGUGUUAAAAACAGUACAGCGUUAAAUAUUAAAAACUUCCCUGGUCGGAGCCAAACAGUACAAACUGAGAGCAUUUGCAGAUGACUUAGUAUUGAUGUUACAGGAGCCAGAAUCUAGUACUAAAAGGGUUUUAGAACUAAUUCAAGAAUUUGGUCGAGUGGCAGGAUUUAAACUGAACAAGUUAAAAACUAAGGUUUUAGAGAAAAAUUUAACACCGAUUGAAAGAGAGAGGUUUCAGAAUGAGACAGGUUUGACUGUGGUUAAGAAAGUGAAAUACCUGGGGAUUAAUAUGACAGCCAAAAAUGGGAACUUAUUUAAAGAUAAUUUUGACUAAUGCACACAUAUUACACAUUUGCCCCAGUAUAAUGCGUUUUGUAUUUUAUUUUCACCAAUAUAGGCAUGCUUACUCCAAGAUUGGUAAAUGUUGUUUGGUUGGAUGGUGCGAAUUUUGAAGGAUGUGUUUUGGUUGGUGCAUUAGUUUGAGAAGUGCAAAUUGGGUUGUUCCUCAUUAAAAUGCAGGCAAAAUCAAACUUUUCCAUCAUCGCUGUGUGCAUUUGUAGGUAUUAUUAUUAGCUGGGGCUGAUUGGAGUUGUACUCUGUAGGGCACCAGGUUCAUGAAGGCUGCUCUAGCAGAUUAAGAGUUGUUGACACUUUAUUAUUAAAGUCCAUUGUAUACAUUGGUACAAUUUUGAGAUUCAUCUCUUUUUCUCCUACAGGUUUGUGUGUGUGUGUGCGCUGCUCUUUUCACUAGUUGGCUGCAAGCCUCCAUUUUGCCCUAAUAACACUUUUAUAUAUAAAAAAAGUUGUAGGAAAGUUCCUGUUAAAGAAUCCAACCAACUUUUUACACUAGUUUACCUUUAGUGACUUUGACUGGUCAUAAAUCAUUGGGGAGUAAUUUCCAGCUUAGGGUAGUUCAGUAUGGAUCUAUUUUCUUCCAUUUCCCAUCUUUAUAUCAAGAUUGUUUGUGCAAAGCGGCAAGCACAAUUUCCUCUUUUUCCAUUCUUGUAUCCUUAUGGUCACAUAUGAGAUAAGGAGGGGGGAUGUUCUGUCUGGCGUAUCAUAAUUUUGUCUCCAGUGUGCUCAAUUUAUCCUUAAGUUGGAAAAAGUGGGCUAGGGACUCACUUCCCAGUUGCCUUGUCAUCGUGAUGCAUGCAAACUGCCUAUCCGUACAGCGCAUGUAUUUUAGACAGUGCUUUCUUCUCAGUUCAUUCUUAAGAUCCAUGGCAUUUAUUCCCUCUUAUAUACUUGCUGCAGCUUUGAUCUUAUUUUGCCUUAAAUUGCACUUCUAAGUCUUUCCACUUGUCAUUCAGCUGAGAAGAGCAGCUGAUGUGGGCGAGGCAGUUUCCCCCAACCCUCUUCCUUUCUAAUUGUGGCACAUGCAUUGGUUAUCUUUGCCAGGUCUUGGCAAAACCCAUUCGCUUAAUGCCAGGAUCCCGCAAGAGUCAUUAGCCAUAGGUGUCAGUUUCAUGACAAUUGUCAGAUGGCAAUGGUGGUUGCUCGUGAGUAACCAGGCAGGUAAGUAAAAGACAGGUGAGUAACCUGUCUUUUACAGGUUUUAUUUUGGUGCAAAAUUAUUUGCAGUGCAGAACCACAAGUUCAUGUCUGCCUCAGUCGCUAGCAGAAUCCGGGAGUGGUCCUUUCCGGGUCCUCCUCCAACAUAAGAACUUAGUCACCCCCAGCCGUUUCCUUCCUUCUUUGCGUUUUACCCCUCUGCGCAAGGUGGGCAACGGAAGAGGUGUGUUUCCCUCCUGGCCGGCUUGCAAGGUACGGCACUGGGGCUCCCAGCAGCAUCCUCUGGUCCCUCUCCUUCUUCCCCACUGGAGGUGUGGCUUUCCCCACCACAGGAAGAGGAACUGCUUCGCAAGAUUUUUGGAGGUUCCCUGUGUCCCAACGGCCCCUCUGCCUCCCUUCCCUGUUCCAAUGGCAGUCCCCUGACAACAAUCUUGGCUUUUGUUUUUUUCAGACAAUUAAGCAUGUUUCAAAUCCUCAUCCAUGUGAAGAUAAGCUUGAAAAUAAGUGGGAAGUCUAGGAGCCACAGGAUGGUUGAGUUAGCAUAGUGGGGUUGGAGAAAAUAAUGCCACCAUAUCUGGCAACCAAUGUGCCCCUUGGGUUUCGAUAGUACACGGGUUGAUGAGUCUAAAAAGCUCAGGGCACAAUUUUCCAUGUCCCUCCAGUGGCUAUGCUGACUCAUUUAGCAUAAGUAAAUGUAUCCUCCAUGCAGGAAAGCAAGCAGUAAUACCAUAAUUCAGGGACACAUUCCAUCCAGACAAAAAAACACUAAAGGAGGGGGGUGGCGCUGUGGGUUAAAAAACAGAGCCUAGGACUUGCCGAUCAGAAGGUUGGCGGUUCAAAUCCCCACGAUGGGGUGAGCUCCCGUUGCUCUGUCCCUGCUCCUGCCAACCUAGCAGUUCAAAAGCACAUCAAAGUGCAAGUAGAUAAAUAGGUACUGCUCCGGCGGGAAGAUAAACAGUGUUUCCGUGCACUGCUCUGAUUCGCCAGAAGCGGCUUAGUCAUGCUGGCCACAUCACCCGGAAGCUGUACACCGGCUCCCUCAGCCAAUAAAGUGAGAUGAGCGCCGCAACCCCAGAGUCUGCCUGACUGGACCUAAUGGUCAGGGGUCCCUUUACCUUUGCCUUAUGACCAAGGCAGAGGUAUAACCUAUGGAGGGUCCCAGGAGCCUGGCUUCUGACAUUUGCCCCCUGGGCCUGAGGCUCCCUACCUUUGUGGCAGGUCACCUUUUAAACCAUACUUCCCCCUCCCUUCCCUCAGUUUGCUGGUGGUGAACCAUGUUUUCACAGUGAACUUCCGAAGCAUUGCAGAGUUGUAUUGUGCCAGCUAAAAAUACCAAGAUCACAGAUAUUGGAGAAGUCUUGGGGAUUCUGUUUUUACGGCUUGAUAUACCCAUUGCCAGAUAUUUAACCCUGUUGAAACCCCAGAAAAUGGUUCUAUAUGAAAUGCAUGUAAACUGAGUUCUCUGCAUACCAGGCUUGCCAUUCAUAGGAGAAUUCAGCAGCUAUGAAAACCAACCGAGAGAUUCUUCUGCCUGUAUAAGAGAUGGUGGCAGAUAAAGAACACUUUCAUUGCUUUCUUUUUUACAGCAAAGCUUCUUGAGGGUGUACUUAUCUUUCUGAAAAAAAAGAGUUAAACAUUUGAAUGCCUUUUUUUUUUUUUUUGGCUCGUCAUCAAGAACCGUUUCAGUUUAUCAGAGUGGGCUUUAUCACAGCUGAAAUCUGUAUUAAAUCUACUUGGGGAUUCGUAAAAGAUACCUGGUGAAAUUAUGCACAGGGAUGUGGCUGAAACUGCACCAGAGACUAUUAUUGCUUCAGAUGGAAGAGACAUUCCUGCCUUUCAGAGCGAUGUGGCUUAUGGCGCUGGAAGCACCUCUCUUUCCUACCUGCAGAGCAUUUUAAGAGCCAGCCUGGCUACUGGAAAGAGUAUAUGUGCUCUUUUGGAUCAAUAGGUGGGAGUGUGAAAUGCUGGUGCUGAUUAAUGUAUUUUACACAGUGCAACAAUGUGCAUGGCAGCUUAACUCAAUGAAGAGAAGAGAGAGAAGUACAGUGUAAGGGUAUCAGGGGGUUGCUCGAGAGCAAUCAGGCAAAUGCCUUCCUGGUUGGCUGUAAAGCCUUGUUUUUGGUGCCAGAUAAACCUUCACCAUGCAGAGUGCCCCUCUUCCGUGGCUCGCUCAUUCACUGGCAGAAUCUGAGAGUGGGCGGUCCUUGAAUCUUCCCCAGCAGAAUAAUCGCUUAACCCCCAGUCUACGCCUCCCUUCUCGGCGCUUUAGCCUACUGCGCACGAAAGGCGUGGGCAACGGGGGACCUCCCUCCUCCCUGCUUUGCUCAGGCAAGGUGUCCCGGCACCGCCUUGCAGCCUCCUCCUCACUAGAGGUGUGGCUUCUUUCCUCCGCUGAGGAGGUGCUGCUUCCCACGAUCCCUGGGGGCUCUCUGUAAUCCAUCCGCUCCUUCCCUUCUCGUCCCUGUGCCGAUGGCAGUUCCCUGACAUACAGUCUGAAGUUAGACUACUGGCAGUGGUGUGUGUAGAAUUACAUGUGAAGGAAUGGGGUAGGGAAUACAAAGACUGAUAGUCAAUACAUAGAAUCAUAGAAUCAUAGAGUUGGAAGAGACCACAAGGGCCAUCGAGUCCAACCCCCUGCCAAGCAGGAAACACCAUCAGAGCACUCCUGAGGUUGUCAAGCCUCUGCUUAAAGACCUCCAAAGAAGGAGACUCCACCACACUCCUUGGCAGCAAAUUCCACUGUCGAACAGCUCUUACUGUCAGGAAGUUCUUCCUAAUGUUUAGGUGGAAUCUUCUUUCUUGUAGUUUGGAUCCAUUGCUCCGUGUCCGCUUCUCUGGAGCAGCAGAAAACAACCUUUCUCCCUCCUCUAUGUGACAUCCUUUUAUAUAUUUGAGCAUGGCUAUCAUAUCACCCCUUAACCUCCUCUUCUCCAGGCUAAACAUGCCCAGCUCCCUUAGCCGUUCCUCAUAAGGCAUCGUUUCCAGGCCUUUGACCAUUUUGGUUGCCCUCCUCUGGACACAUUCCAGGACACAAUACGAUUUAUUUAUUGCCUGCAUAUCGCCCUAAGGUCACAGGGCGGGUCACAACAUUAAAACACAAUAUUAAAAACACCUUACAACCACAAAAACAGGCAGGCCCUAAAAACAUGGACCUCAAGUGCCAAAAGCCAGGGUAAAGAGGUGCAUCUUCAGCAUUUUCUGGAAGCUGUACAAUGAAGGUGCCGGAGGAUCUCUGUAUAACCCCUGGACUACCUGCAGCUUCCAAACUGUCUCCAAAGGCAUCCCCAUCUUAAGCUCUUUGUGGUAGUCCAUGGAGCCUUUAAGUUACCAAGGCAUGGAUAACUGUGGCUAGACUGUCACUGUCUAGGGGUGCAGUUGGUGGAUAAACCUCUACGGAUAGAAGGUCCUUUAUGCCUUUCGAAACUCAAGAGACAAAGACAAGUUCAACACCACUCCCCAACUGUGCACCUUAUCUUGCAUGGAAAGUAGAGUCUCUUCUGGAGCUGAUUGAAACAGCUUCCCUGGACAGCUGAUCAACAGAGCCGCCAACUUGUCACGAUUCUGUUUCAGUUUCUUGCUCCAUAUCCACUUGACUAUAGCUGUGACCCCUCCUGGACAGAGCUACCCUUGUAGCAGUUAUCAGUAUAUUUGGUUCACAUUAUUGCAAUACCCGCUAUGUGGGGCUGCCUUUGAGGAUUGCCAAUUAGAGCUGCGCGCUUAUUAACAGAGACCAGACAUGGAGAUCAUAUCCCAUCAGGUCUUGUGAAUAUACAUAGGCUUCCAGCCCAUUUCCAAGCAAAAUUCAAGGGACUGGUUUUGACUUAAAGAGCCCUAUAUAACAUGGGACCAGAGUAUCUGAAGGAUUGGCUUUAGACCUCCAUUAACCUGUAAUUUUGAGAUCAGCCACUGAGGCCUUGCUCUCGGUCCCUCUGCCAUCUGUGGUAAGGGGGAUGGUGUUUGGAGACAGGGCCUUUUCAGCUGUGGCACCCACUUCUCAGAUUCCCUCCCCAGAGAUCACCUGGCAUGAUCUUUGUUUUCUUUUUAGCUCCCAGUGGAAAGCCUUGUUCUUUGCCCAGGCCUUUUAGCUUGUGUGACUUAUUUUUACGCUGGUGUUUUGUUCUGCUGCGCUCUGCUCUGAACCUACUUUUCUAUAUUUACUGUUAUAUUCUUUCUAUCAGUUAAUUUGUAAGACUUGCUGAGACCUUUGGCUGAAGGGCAGCGAAUAAAUAUUACAAACAAGAACAUAAAUAUGGGUGAGAGAGAGAGAAUGAACAGAAUUGAAGUGCUCUGCAUUUCCCUGUGAAAGCCUGUGGGGCAACUUCAAACUGCUGUGUGGUCAGGCUUGAUGCUUUAUAGUCCGGCUACUCCUUGCUCAUGCAACGAGUCCAAAGCUGCAAAAAUGUGGAGUCCAGAUUUGUUGCACUCAUUUCUGGAGUUCACAACUGCAAAUCGAAGGAGGCAGUGCAUCAGUACAGAAACAGCUUUUGACUCCAGCUCAGUGUAUGCUUUUCACAGUAUUAAAAGUGGACGAGUCUCUUGUGUGGCCAAAUGAUCUUUCUUGAAGUAAGCCUUCAGCUUCGAACUCUCUUUAAGUAAGAAAAAAAUCCAGCAUAAUACUGGGGUUUUUUUUGUUAACAUCCGACACUAUUGUGCCUCUAUCUGAAAGCCGUUUGUGAUUGUCCGGGAAUAUUGAGCUUCAGUAAGCAGGCUUUCGAAAACCUGUUUGUAUGUGUGAAAUAAACCUGCUCAUAUAAAGAAGCAAAAAAAACCCCACCAACAACACAUUUCCCUCUUCUACCAAAUGGAUGAGCUUACUGAAGUAUGCCAGGAUUUUUAAAGUGCAGAGUUUAAAUAGCAGUAUUUUCUUUCAGAAACCUACCAGAGCACAAAUUUGGUGAAGUAUCUUAGCACUAAAGCAAUGUUUUCCAACAUUUUUAGUUUGCUGUUUCUUGUAGGCCUGGUAGCCUUGUUUUCAAGCUUUAGAUUUGGAGAGAUGAACAGCCAACUACAGGCCUGAGGAAGCCCUGGAUCUCCUAGCACACAUAAUAAUAAUAAUAAUAAAUUUUAUUUAUAUCCUGCCCUCCCCAGCUGAAGCCGGGCUCAGGGCGGCUAACAACAAUAAAACAGUACAAAAGUACAGCAUAAACAACAUUCUAAAAUCAUUCAUUAUAAAAUUAAUUAAUUCAAGCCACUGGCAACCAUUGGGCCAGAGCUCUGCGAAGAUUGCCGAGGGAGGGAGUCAGGCUGUGCCCUGGCCAAAGGCCUGGUGGAACAGCUCUGUCUUGCAGGCCCUGCGGAAAGAUGUCAAGUCCCGCAGGGCCCUGGUCUCUUGUGAUAGAGUGCUCCACCAGAUCGGAGCCACGGCCGAAAAAGCCCUGGAUCUAGUUGAGGCCAGCCUAACUUCUCUGUGGCCUGGGACCUUCAAGAUGUUUUUAUUUGAAGACCGUAAGUUUCUUAAGGCUUCCUGGAAGGAGAGGAAGUGCCUCUGUUGCUGUGGUGACGGAUCCACACUUCCCUGCCAUUUUGUUCUUCCUCUUGACUCUCCUCAGCUUUGAUUCUACUGCCAAGAUGACUGAGGCAUUGUCGCUGUUCCAGCAGGCUUUGGCAUGCAUCUCGGUGGGUUCUGAGUACAGCCUUUUGCAGAAUUGUGAGCCCAGAUCACGUUGCAAGUGGCUAAUUCCUGAAAUGGAUAUUAUAUGUUUUUUAAGUUGGUGUGUUCAAUACUGCAAGUAUAACGUGGCUCAGUUUAGGUGAGAACAAUGUGUUCCCAUGCAGUUCCCAUCUUGUUUAGAUGGUUUUGUCCCGUAUCUGAACCAUGACACAGAGGUAGGUAGGUGGAUUACAAACCAUCUGAAGAUGUUUAAGGUUUCUUGGGAAAGAGCUGGAGGUCACUAGUGUAGAGCACAUGGUUUGCAUGCAGGUCCAAUCCCUGGAAUCUCCAGGCAGGUCUAGGAAAUGUGAGAUGUAAACACAGGAGCAGUCAAUGACAACAUUCCUAGAAUGUACAUGUUAGAACAUGGGGAGGGAUGUCAGUCCAGCAAGCAGGUAAACUUCCUGGGACGGACUUCCUCCGCAUGUGACCAGAGGUGGGUGUGGCCUCACCUGUGCAGGUAAUGAUAAAAGCACAGGGCAGGCAGCCACUCUCUCUCUCUGCCAUCUUCCUUCGAUGAGGAAACAUCUAAGGAUGCUCUCUUGGCUCCCAGCCAAGAGAGGAGAUAAGGACUAUCUUCGCAUAAGAUAGAUUCUGAAUGUAUGUAACCUUUUUAAAGCUGUCUGCCUUCUGGGAUCAUAUUGUGAACAGAACGUGAGUAAACUCUUUUAUACUUUUAUAAAGACUGUGUCGUGUCUUGUAUUUUAAGAGGGAACAAAAGGGGAAAUUACCAGAGUAAUUAUUAUAGAGGUUCUAGCGAACCUGUGCAGACGUUACCGUUGCGAACUAAAAGGGGAAUGUCUAUAAACUCUGCUGAUAUUUUGGGAACUUGUUAGCACAAGUUGGAUAAGGAUAUAAUUAGUCAAUAUAUCCUCUCCUGCACCCCAGAACAUUCCCAACAGGAAAGACCAUCUAAAAGCCAUUCCUAAUUGGGGAAUAGAUGCUACGGGGCUAGACACACUGAACUACUGCAGUGUUUCUCAUCAAUCUUAGGUCCCCAGCUGUGGUUGGACUACAACUCACAUCAUCCCUGACCACUGGUUCUGCAAGCAGGGGAUGAUAGGAGUUGUAGUCCAACAACAGCUAGGGGCCCAAGAUUGAUGAGAAACACUGGACUAAUGGAAUGGCUCAGGGAUAACAGGGAUGGGUUACCUGUGGCCUUCCAGAUUUUGCUGAACUACAACUCCCAUCAUCCCUGCUGGUUGAGGCUGAAGGGGGCUAGAGUCCAACCAUAUCUGGAGGGCAUCAUACUCCUCAUCCCUUUGAUAGAAAAGUGGUUUCAUACAUUCCUAUGAUCAGGUUCCACCUCCCCAAUGGGGCCAAAAUUCAACCAAGAGGUGACAAAAAUCAAGUGAGCACAAAUAGAAAGGCAAGUUGCUGUCUAGUUCCUUCCUACCUCUCUAUGUUUUUAUUUUUUUAUUUUUCACAGCUCUUUUGUCUUGAUGAUGCAGUGUUAAGCAUCUUCGAAACAAGAGGGGGAAAGAUCCAUGCGGCAUUCCUCGGGUGCAAGUACAACAUAUUUACAUCCGGAGGCACAUUCUGCAGGGCUUUCAAAUAAAACACUGGGUUUCUGAGCGCCCUAAUUACGUAUUUUGUUUCGUUUCUGUUUUGGAGCAUCUUAAUCAGAGAUUAAAAUACAAACGCUUAGUCUGAGACUCCUAGCCACUGUUUUUUUCUCGCUUCUUCUCCCUUUGCUUUCAUGUCCCCCGUCUGCAACUAAUUAGCUUCUGUCCCUCUGCCUGCCUGUCUAGCGCUCUCUGCACUUUUGUGCUUUCCUCCCUUCUGAUCUUUCCAACUGUCAAUAUUAACUCCUUUCCCUUCCAAAGGGUCUUGUUGCCAGGCAACCGUUUCCUGUACUGCGUGCUCGUCGGAGCGCCCCUCCCUCUCCCACUAGAAGGCCCACGCGUUCCUUGUGCAACUUUAAAUAAUUCAGAAAUGUUGCUGCAGAUUUUCCGAUUGCAAGCUCUUCCCUCCCUCCCUCCCUGCCGGCCACCCCUAACCAAAAUUUUCAUUCUCCGGGCAGUUGCUGUGCUAGCAGUGGAGACCUUUUUUAAAAAAUAUGUAAACUGUUAUUUAUUUUGACAGUCAUUUUCCCAGCCAGUAGCUUACAAGUUCUCUUCUGGUAAUGCUCCUUGACUUUCCCAGGGAGUUACCCAUGUGUGAUCAUUUCUUUGCAAAAAUAAAAAUCAAUUUACUAUUAGCAUGCAGAUACUGAAAAAGAAGAAGUUUUAAUUGCUUUGCGUGCCAUGCGUGAUCCCUUGGAAGUUGUGGUGGAAUGCAGUUGUCUCAUUUUAAUAGUAUCCUGAUUGAGAACCAGUACCUAUGGGUUACACCAACGAUAUCUCUUCCAAAAGCAGCAUAGAUUUCUCAGCUUUCACCUAAAAAGGUGACUAUGCAUUUAGAGCCUAUGACUUCCCUCAAAGAAUCAUGGGAACUGUAGUUACUUAAGGCUGUUGGGCAUUGUAGGAAUCAUUGGGGCAAAGUCAUGUGGUUUAAAUGUAUAGCAUAUCUGCAGCCUUAACUGUGAGAGAUGACGAUGUUUUGGUAUGUGUGCAGAGAUUAGAGAGCAUGCUAAAAAUGUAAAAGCCAAUGUGGUCCCACCUCCAUCUUGAGUUCUUCCCCUGAACUUGAAUGGACUUUCUCCCUCCUCUUCUUGCGGCCCACUAAUGUUUUGCAUUAAAAUAGCCUUCUUCUGCUUGCAAAGACAAUAUGUCUUGAGAAGCCCCCGGAACAACGGUUGUUUUAUGGUUUUUAAUCUUUUUUUUUUUAACCACAGGUAAUAAAAGUUUACAAAGCUGCGGUACAGCAAACCUUAGAUAUCAUGUUCCUCCCUGAAGGGAAAGAAUUUCUUACCAGCACUGAUGCAGUAAGCCAAGAUUCAGCUGACCGUACCAUCAUUGCCUGGGAUUUCCACACAGCUGCAAAGAUCUCCAAUCAAAUCUACCAUGUGAGACUUUUAUUUACUUUUUUAUUUACUUCUAUGAUGGCUCAAUCACUAUUCCGUUAAAAAAGAAAAAAGCCCACAGCAGUUUUUCUCUGGAAACCGCUGAAACAAAUUUGCUUCCCGCCAGUCAAAAGGAUGCUGAAGAUUCAUCCUCAGAACUAGGAGGUGGGAAGAUGGACUGUUUUGGAUGGGAUUGCAGUCCCUUGGAAGGAGCAGGUCCAUAGCUUGGGGUAGUCUUGGAUCCCAGUAUUGUCGCUGAAGGUUCAGGUGACCUUGGUGGCUAGAAGAACCAAUUGCCAACUACGGCUGGUUUGCCAAAGUUGGACAGAGAUCACUUGGCCACUGUACUCCUUGCUCUACUAAUUUCUAGACUGUGCAAUGCACUUUCUGUGGGGCUGUCCUUGGAAGGCAACUCGGAAACUGGUCCAGAAUUUUUUUAAACAGCUGCACUGGUUGCCUGUUCGUUUCUGAGCCCAAUUCAAGGUGUUCCCAUUAGCGUUCAAAACCCUAAAUGACUUAGGACCAAAAUAUAUGAAAGACUCCCUCCUUCACUACAGACCUUCUUGGGUGUUAAGAUCAGCAGAGGGGGUGGCGGCUCUUAGCAGUUUCACCACUCUCAGGUAUUGUGAGUGUUUUUACAGAGAGGAUAGAUGCCCCAUGACAGAGCCUUUUCUGUGGCAGCCCCAAAGUUGUAGAGUUCCUUCCCCACAGAAAUGCAUCUGGUACUUUCAUUGUGAAGUUUCCUUUGUAUGCUGAAGGUACAUUUCUUUACCCUGGCCUUUGACCCUUGUGAGAGAUAUAUAAAUAUUAGGAUUGAUCCUAUUCAUUAGGUUGUAAUAUAUUUUAAACUGUUUUUAAUACUGUACUCUGGGAUGCGGGUGGCACUGUAAGUUAAACCACAGAGCCUAGGACUUGCCGAUCAGAAGGUCGGCGGUUCGAAUCCCUGCGACGGGGUGAGCUCCCGUUGCUCGGUCCCUGCUCCUGCCAACCUAGCAGUUCGAAAGCACGUCAAAGUGCAAGUAGAUAAAUAGGUACCGCUCCGGCGGGAAGGUAAACGGCGUUUCCGUGCGCUGCUCUGGUUUGCCAGAAGCGGCUGAGUCAUGCUGGCCACAUGACCAUGCUGGCCAAUAAAGCGAGAUGAGCGCCGCAACCCCAGAGUUGGUCAGACUGGACCUAAUGGUCAGGGGUCCCUUUACCUUUACCUGGGACCUUAUGGGAAAGGAUAGCUAAGAAAUCGAAUAAUUGUUAUUAGUAUUGGCAUUAUUACUAUUUCGUCCUUCAUCCAACAGGACUCUGCUGCAUUAUGCUGCAAUCUGUAGGUGCAGAGCUCAGGAGAAACAGCAGAGCACCCUUCUUUUUUUUUGCAUGGAUAGUUGGAAGUAGGCCUCAUUAAGUUCAGUGGGAUUUGCUCCCAAGUUCUUGUCAGAGCACUACAAUAUUAAUUUCUUCAAGGUGUUAUUAUCCUUGAAUUGAUAGCUUUACAUCUAGAGUUCUGGAUCAGCAAGCUGCCUGAAAAAUGGCACCUUGCCCGGGAGUCUGCUAUGGCGGAGGAUUGUGACUCCAAACUAUUGUUUGUGUAUCUUGCUAGCUUCAGAUUGUUAGGCCCAGGUAGUGCAGUCUUAGCAAUGAUAACAAUAAUCACCUCCCCGCUUUCCACAGUGCCAAGUAAACUUCCCAAACUCUUGUCAGCCUGGAAAGAGCCCAGUUUCUCAGCAGUAUCUUGGAGCCUUAUUAAGUUACCGUAUUUUUCGCUCUAUAAGACGUACCAGACCACAAGACGCACCUAGUUUUUGGAGGAGGAAAACAAGAAAAAAAAUAUUCUGAAUCUCAGAAGCCAGAACAGCAAGAGGGAUUGCUGCGCAGUGAAAGCAGCAAUCCCUCUUGCUGUUCUGGCUUCUGUGAUAGCUGUGCAGCCUGCAUUUGCUCCAUAAGACGCACACACAUUUCCCCUUACUUUUUAGGAGGGAAAAAGUGAGUCUUAUAGAGCAAAAAAUACGGUAAUUAAGUCCGUCUGUGCAGCACCUGGUCUAGAGAUUUUUUGGUUCCAUUUUGCUACGCACUGAUCAUAUUUGCUUUACAAUGGAAGGUUGCAGCUGACACUACAGCCCAGCAUUUCUGUACUCAAGCCAUUUUUGACAUUGUUUUAUUUUAUUUUUGUAUGAAGCACAUUUUAGACAAUAAUUAUGCUUCUUUAACAGCCCUUAAUUUACUCUUUGAUUAUAAAUGUCAAACGAACCAGAGAACUAUUCAUGCAUUUGUUUCAAGUAUAUUUAUAUUUCAUUUACUAUGCAUGCUCAUCAGGGAGUGAACCCCCAUUGAACACAGUGGGACUUGCUUCUGAAGUAAAUAUGCAUGGUGGCGCACCGUUAGAAAUGUCAACCUGGGCUGAUUAGUGAGGUAGCAAAGAGCUGAUUCACGCAUGCUAAUCUCUUGAUUAUUUAGUCCUUUGUUCCUCUAACUCCGUGGGCUUGGAACCAGACGGCUCUCUGCCUGGCCGCAACCGUUAUUUUAUGGUUGAGGUAGGAUUGGAACUCGGGAACAUCAGACAUAUCGCUCUGUCCACAAGUCCCCAUUGGUUCUCUAGCACAUUCUUGGGUUCCAUCCGGAUUCCUUGUAGCUGUCAAAUCAUGAAACAUAUUAUUCAUCACACUGCUCAGUUUUGGGGAGAGGAUGCAGAAGUUCAGUCUUCUAUUCACAGGCAGGAGGAGCUGUGGGUCAGUGUUAGAGCACGUGCUUUGCUGGUAGAUGGUCCUAGGUUCAGUCACUGGCAAGGCAUGUUAAAGGGAAUUAGGUAGCAGGUGGCAGGAAAUACUUCUAACUGAGACUCUGUAGUGCUCUUUCCAUUUAGAGUAGUCUGGACUGGGCUGCUGUACUGGGCUGGUUGGGCAAAUAUUUAUUUAUUUAUAAUAAAUAAAUUAUAAUUUUUCAGUUUCUCAAAAAUAUUUUGACAAAAAUACAGAUCCAAUAUUUCCCAACAAAUAUGUUUAUUUUGACUCCCCCCCCACUCCUUUUGUGGUUUCUUAUAUUUUUUAAAUUUGUAACACUGCAUUUCCUUCAUUAUUCCAAUUAUUAAUUACUCCCUAGUUUUCCUUUAGCAUUAAUUUUAACUGUCUGGUUUAAGUUAAGCCUGCUAACGAACUUAUAUGUGUACAGUGCUACCUCGGGUUACAUACACUUCAGGUUACAUAUGCUUCAGGUUACAGACUCUGCUAACCCAGAAAUAGUAUCUCAGGUUAAGAACUUUGCUUCAGGAUGAGAACAGAAAUCGUGCGGCAGCAGCGGGAGGCCCCAUUAGCUAAAGUGGUGCUUCAGGUUAAGAACAGUUUCAGGUAAAGAACAGACCUCCAGAAUGAAUUAAAUUCUUAACCUGAGGUAACAUUUCAGAUAAUCCACAAAUUUCUCCCAGUCUUUGAUGAAGUUUUUUGGACAAAUAUUUAUUUAUUAAAUUUGUAUACCUCCCUAUACCUGUAGAUCUCCGGGCAGUUCACAGCAUAAUAGUCUGAUAAAAGGUAGGUCCCUAUGUUCCUCCUAGGAAGAAAUCCUCCUUAUACUAAAUAUCUCUAAAGCCGAUUCAUAACUUUCCUUUGGUGUGUAGGGUCUACACACAGUGGGACACAGGAGCAAGCUUCAGGCUUGCAUGGCUAUCGCUAUUGUGUUUAAAAUUCACCUGUGAAUAAGGGACUCAGGCACCUCCACUAAAAAUGAGAGGACAAGGAUCAUAGGUGUUGUGUAGCCAUAUGUACCCUGGGAGUGUCGUGUUAUGUCUGUUGUUCCCUCAGGGCAGACAUUUCUGCUUGCCAGGCAGAAUGAUCGCCCCUCUCCUCUCCCCACGUCCUGUUCUGGGGGGUUCUCCCGAUCUCCGCAGGGCUAUUUUUUGGGGGGUGCACGUGGGGACAAAAGGGGGAAAGCUUCCUGUUGCAAAGGUGGAAGUUAGGCUUCUACAGAUGGGAAUCAUUAGCUGAAUCCACAGGAACCUUGGGUUCAAGGGUUCAAGGUCCCUUCACUUCCCCCAUAAAAUAUUUGAGGAGGCAGUGCCCUCUCAAAAUUGAUGGGCGUUGCCAUUCAAAUGGUGUGUGUGUCUUGUGAUCAAUUAUGGAGUUUAUUCAAGUUGGUGCCCCUGGCUGAAUCCCGCCCUCUGCAGUAGCUUGGGGGUCAUUCCUGUGCACUUCUGAGGGUUGAAAUGUGAACCUGCUCUCAGAUUUCAGUCUUGGGCUUUUGGCACAGUUAGGGAAGCUGUGGCCAUUGGCCUAGUAUCAAAUUCCAAGCAUUUAAUCUGGCUCCUCCCACUUUGGUGUUGCUCUGGCAACUGCUGGCUGUGACCCCACCCACUAUUCUCAGGUGCCCCUAACACAGGCUUCCUCAAACUCGGCCCUCCAGAUGUUUUGAGAUUAGCUAGGGAUCAUGGGAGUUGUAGGCCAAAAACAUCUGUAGGGCCGAGUUUGAGGAAGCCUGCCCUAACAGAUUAUUCUGUGGAAAUGAGGCUCUUGACAGCAAAAACAGAUUCCCUACACCUGUUUUUUUAGGAACAGGAAGUUGUUAGACACCUCCCUGUUGUGAGUUUCUUGCAACUUCCUGAAGAAUGAAGCUGGCUGCUUUUAGAACCGCCAUCUUGUGCAGUGUAAUGAUUUUGCACCAUUUUAAAAAGGCGUUUCCUACAUAAAUCCAUCCGUUUCACAUAUAGCAGGAAGUCUGCGGAAACUCAAGUCUCUUUUGAAAACAUAAAGAAUCAGGGUCAGUUUGCAUCCAUUUAUCUCUGAAAAGAACAAUUCUGUCCUCGCGGAGAGAUGGAGUGGAUGAUUUAAUAGAACUUGCCCAUUCCCAACUUUCCGUGAUUGCCUUUGUCCGGAUUUGCAGAUGCACAAUCCAGUGCAUAAAUUGUGAUAGUAGGUUAGUCAUUUGCACUUCAAAAGCAACGCGCUUCACUGAAUAAGAAACUGCAGAGCACUCAGUUCUGAUGUAUUCAGAAGCUUAAACAAAAUGAUUUCCUUGGGAGUUAAAAAGGAGAGUGUUAUUGAAUGGGGCAGUUUACUGCGCUCUCUAGAGCUAGCGUGAAAUUGAGGGUUGGUUUGGGGGUUUUUUUGGUAAACAAUUACAAAAAAAAAUGCCUUUAGUUUCAUAAAUUUCCAUCUCUAAUCUUUCAGAUGGAAGGCUGCGUGCACUCCCAAUACACUGAAAAGUCAAUUUCCACUUUCAUCAAGGGUAAACACCAUUCAUUGAGCCAAAACAACUUCCAUGGUUUGCCUUUCUUUCUCUCUUUUCUAAAACAGCUGACUUUUACAUCUGAGCCUCUUGUCCAUUCUACACCGGAACAAAUGACCUGAUCCAUCCUUUAUAUAGGAUAAGGCUGUUAAUGGCUACCAGCCAUGAUGUCUAGGUAGAUAGAUGAUAUAUAUGGAUUAUUUAUGGAUUAUUUUAUUGAUACACCAGAAGAAGUGGUUAAUUCAAUUGAAACACUAAGUGUCUGGGUUCAGACCGUUUAAAAGCUGGUAUGGUAAAAACCUCAGACAAAAACAGUUCAGCUAAUAAAUAUGGAAGGAAUAGCUUAGAUUAAAAGUGGUGAAUCUCUUUCACUGUUGCGGCUUCCUAAAAACUGGCUCCAGGGAGGAAUCUGUAGGAAAUAAGCGAUGCUCAUAUUGGUGGCCAUAUUUUAACUAUGUGCUAUGUGAAGAAGUUACUCCUUGGACUUCUGCAAAUGUCGCAUUACUUCUAGGUUGCUGAUACCUCCCUCUUGUGCUUAGGAGUCAACUCCUAGGAGCCAACCCCACCCAUAAAAUAUUUGAGGAAGUUGAUGGGCAUUGCCAUUCAUGUGCCACAUCAUGUGAUUGCUUAUGCUGGGCGGGGCUUACCUGCCGCUCCCCCCAAUAUUUAAUUCAAGUUGACACCCCUGCUCAUGUGUAUGGGGGCUGAUCAUCAGUCACAGCCUGAGCACCACAAUGAGAAGGAGUGAAAAUUAAUGAGGAGGUCACGGAAGAUCUGCAAAAUAUAUUGAAAAGCAUUGAAAGUACUCAAUUAAUUGAGAUUCUCUCCCCCCCCAGCAGAUGCCUGCCCCCCAAACAAAUCCUGCCCACGCCCAUGGUCCUCCAUGGUCAUAUGGAUUUCCUUCCACCACACUCCUGUUGGAUAAAUGCAGAACAAUUUCCACCAGAUUAGCACCUGGAAAGAUCUGCGUUUUGUCUUUACGCACUAUCACAUAGAAAAAUUGGGAAAGAUGGUCACAAAAGUUGAUGUCACGUUCCGGCGUGAGCAAGUGGUCAAAGGAAACGAGGCUGGCGCUGGGAUGUCCUGAAAGGGCAGCUUGAGUCCUGUUUUGCAGGAGUGCAACUUUCUUUUAAGACACACUUCUCAUUUCCUCCAUCAACAUUUUCUGCUUUCGUUGUUAAAAGGGAAUAAUUUGCAACAUGUGUCCCAUCUCCCUGAAGCAACACGAUCGUCACUUGUACAAAUUACUCCGAUACGGCUGUGCAGCAAAGCGAGCAGAGCAAAUUGUAUGCAGGGUUGAUUUUUGCUGCUGCUGCUGCUGCUAAAUCAUAUCAUAGAAAUGAUUUCUGAUUGUUCCGACACAUGUGGGAUUUCUUUGUGCAUUUUCGAAGCAUCAACUAAAUAAAUACUGCGCGGUUCAUUUCUAACGUAAAUUUAUUACUUGUUGUAGGGUUGGAUCAAAUUCCUCGACUCAGUUUGUAGGUGGUGAAAUCAGGGGUUGGAGUAUUUUGCUCUGGGAGAGUGUAGUGUAGUAAACAGGACACACCCCCCCAGCAAAUACCCAGAAAUUUGUCUUCUGAUUAUUAUUUUCUGCUCAAAACUCUAUUCCUUGUUCAUACAGGUAGAUGAAGGAAGUGGUGGGGAAGAGUAGGGCACAGAUACUACUGUCAACAAUAUAUAAAUUGGGUUGGAUCCACAUUUGCACCCAGGUUUUCCACUGUGUUGUUGGGUAGAAGGUGCAUUUUUCCAACAGUUCAGCUGGGGGAGAGGGCAGAAAAGAAAACCCUCAGAGAGUUUGUUAGAAAAUAAUUUUCAGGUUUCCUUUUUCCAUUUAGCUCUGCUCACGUUUAUAUAGUAGCCGUCACCAUGCACGGCAUUCUACAGAAGACAGGCCCCUGCCCUGAGGAGCUUACAAUAGAAAAUUGGAUGCAGGUGAAACAGAAGAAGGGCUGGGGAAGAUUCCUGCAUUGCUGUGGGUUGGACUAGAUGACCCUCGGGAUCCCUUCCAACUCUGCAAUAUCACGAUUCUAUGAUUAUGUGGUUUGUUCUGCUCAGGCUGGAUUAUAGGCCUGGUACAAUGUUGGAACUAGAACUUGGAGCCAAGGCUUUAUCCUUCUGCCGUUCUUCCCAAUUCUCCACACAGGAACGUUACACCUGCCCCAGUUUUGCACCGCAUCCAAAGGAGCCUGCCUUCGUUGCUCAGACAAAUGGCAACUACCUGGCCUUGUUCUCUAGCCUGCGGCCCUACAGAAUGAACAAAAAGAAGAUAUACGAAGGGCACAAGGUAUCCUCCCCUCUCUGCAAACUCGUAAUAGAUCUUGCCCUUUUAAAUGCCUGCUUAUGCUUCUGAUUUACAGCGGGGAUAAAAAUUAAUCGACUUCAACCCUGUUCUAUAUUUUAGUUAAUUUAGAACUAAACUGAGGAGCGAGUAGAGCUUAAAAUACCUGCAAGUGUUAUUAGUUGCUAAUAGCCUUGUCACGUAUAAACCGGCUGCCGCUAACAAUGUAAAGUCCUUAAUGGGACUGUCUUAAUAAACACCUAGGGAAGCAAUUAGGCCAUUAUGGUAAAAACUGACAUGUUUAUUACACUAUGAAUUUUUGGGAGGUUAUAGAUCAUAUCCCAUUUCCUUAAUUAACAUCUUGAUUUAUUUAACCUCUUUCGAUUCCGGAUUCUUGCAGGUUGAAGGAUUUGCGAUAGGCUGCGAGUUUUCCCCCGACGGAAUGCUGCUUGUCACGGGGAGUUCGGAGGGCAAAGUGUUUUUCUACAACUAUCGCACGGCUCGGAUCAUUCGCACACUGUCCGCGCAAAGCCAGGCCUGCGUGUGUGCAACUUUCCAUCCAGUCCUUCCGUCGCUCCUUGCUACAUGUGGCUGGGACGGAGUCAUCAAGAUCUGGCAAUGA